GUGGUCGGUGAGUGACGUCACUGAAUGUUGUUGUUGGUGGAGAAAGAGACUGCUCUGAGGAGAAGAGAGUGCACGAAAGAGACGGCGAGGAGAAGGAGAGUGCGAGGAGCAGGGAGGAAGGAGACCAUGCACUUAGACUUGAAAUGAGAGGGGCUUGUAGGAGGGAGCCAGCUAGCCGUUUGCAAGGAGGGAGAUGACAGAUUGCUGCAUGUAGGCAUGGACACUCCCCCUUGAGAGACCUCCAGGGAGCCAGACAGAGAGACAGUCAGUCUUCCACUGUGAGACAGCAAUCAACUGACAGACAAGAACACACUACAGGAGGGGAAUACAUCCAUCCAUUCACACAGCCACUGAGAGAGUCCUUCAUUUACUGAGAGAGGCCAUCAUUUACUGAGAGAGACCACCAUUUACUGAGAGAGACCACCAUUUACUGAGAGUCCAUCAUUUACUGAGAGAGACCACCAUUUACUGAGAGAGUCCAUCAUUUACUGAGAGAGACCAUCAUUUACUGAGAGAGUCCACCAUUUACUGAGAGAGUCCAUCAUUUACUGAGAGAGUCCAUCAUUUACUGAGAGAGUCCACCAUUUACUGAGAGAGACCACCAUUUACUGAGAGAGUCCAUCAUUUACUGAGAGAGUCCAUCAUUUACUGAGAGAGUCCACCAUUUACUGAGAGAGACCACCAUUUACUGAGAGAGUCCAUCAUUUACUGAGAGAGUCCAUCAUUUACCGAGAGACCAUCAUUUACUGAGAGAGACCACCAUCAUUUACUGAGAGAGACCACCAUCAUUUACUGAGAGAGUCCACCAUCAUUUACUGAGAGAGUCCACCAUCAUUUACUGAGAGAGUCCACCAUCAUUUACUGAGAGAAGAGAUCAGUGAAAGAGACUGCCAACUGAGAGAGUCCACAAUCCAGAGCCAAGAGAGAAGUGACACACACUGAAAGUAAGAAAUUAUAUACUGAGAGCCCACUAUCCACUGAAAUAGUCCACCAUCCACUGAGAGAUACAAGAACUAUACUGAGUGAGUCCACCAUCCACUGAGAGAUACAAGAACUAUACUGAGUGAGUCCACCAUCCACUGAGAGAUACAAGAACUAUACUGAGUGAGUCCACCAUCCACUGAGAGAGUGAGGAAUUAUACUGAGAGAGUCCACCAUCCACUGAGAGAACGAGGAAUUAUACUGAGAGUAUACCAUAAUCUGAGAAAAAAUAAAUAUACUGAGAGUCCACCAUCCACUGAAAGAGUCUGCCAUACAUAAAGAGAUAAAAUCUAGAGUCCACCAUCCACUGAGAGAGUGAAAAAUUAUACUGAGUCCACCAUCCUCUGAGAGAGCGAGGAAUUAUACCGAGUGAGUCCACCAUCCACUGAGAGAUACAAAAAAUAUACUGAUAGUCCACCAUCCACUGAGAGAGUGAGGAAUUAUACUGAGUGAGUCCAACAUCCACUGAGAGAUACAAGAAAUAUACUGAGUCCACCAUCCACUGAGAGAUACAAGAAAUAUACUGAGAGUCCACCAUCCACUGAGAGAGUGAGGAAUUAUACUGAGUCCACCAUCCACUGAGAGAUACAAGAAAUAUACUGAUAGUCCACCAUCCACUGAGAGAGUGAGGAAUUAUACUGAGUGAGUCCACCAUCCACUGAGAGAUACAAGAAAUAUACUGAUAGUCCACCAUCCACUGAGAAAGUGAAGAAAUUUACUGAGUCCAUCAUUUACUGAGAGAUACAAGAAACAUACUAAUAGAGUCCAUCAUUAAUUUAGAGAAACAAAAAACAUACGGUCAGUGAGAGUCCACCAUCCACUGAGAGAAUCCCCCAUCCAUAGAGAAACGGCAUGUACACCGUGAGAGAGCCCAUCAGCCAUUGAGAAAAAGAGGGUACUUACAGAGCCCACCAUCCACUGGAUUAAACCAGAGACAGACACUGAGAGAAACAAGAGAGUCACUCUGAGAUACUGAGAGUCCACCAUUCAGGGUGACAGUCAAGAAACAAGCAAAAACAAAGUCCACCUUUCACUGAGAGAAAUCCACCAAGUAGCUAUCAUCCAUUGAGAGAAAUGAGAGACAACCACUGAGAGAGAGAGAACCUAGUUAUCAGAGGAAAACAGGAGACACUCACCUAAGAGUUCACCAUCCAACAAAACAAGAGAGGUGAAUGCAUCACUGAUAACUAGACUCCACAAAGGUAAUACAAAUUACAGCAUCCACUGUAUGCAAUAAGUGAUACCCAAGGACCACAUGAGACUAUUGUUUAUAAAGAGCACAAUAUACCUAGCCACUGAGACACGGUAUAAAAAAAUUAAUUAAAAAAACCUAAAUCCCACAGACAGAGACUAUUGGCACCACACACUUUAAGGAAUUCAAUAAAGGCUAGUGGCAUCAUCCACUGUUCGGAACACAAGCUAUUCACAAUUGAGAAACACUAGUGGCACAAUCCACUGUUGAAAAAGGAGACAUCCAGCCACUGACAGAUCAGUGGGAUCAUCCACUGUAAGGAAGAAGAGACAUCUAGCCAAUGGGAGACCAGUGGCAUCAUUCAUAUUAAGGAACACUAAGUAUCCAACCACUGAGAGAACAGUGACUUCAUCAGCUGGAAGGAACAAGAAACAUUUAAGCACUGAGAGACCAGUGACAUCAUCUUUUGUAAGGAAAUACAAGGCAUCCAGACACUGAGAGACCAGUGACAUCAUCCACUCUAAGGGACAGCCACCGAGAGCGACAAAAAGAGAUAGCUAGCCACAAACCGAGAGGUCAUCAUUCAUCCUGAAAAAAACAGGAGAUACAUUGAGACAAGUGAUAACACAGCAACUGAGUGAGGCAGGGUACCAAACCUCCAGGAGAAACCAGUAACAGGGCUGAAGAAGAAUCUGAGUGACAAGUGACACAUGGACUAAGAGAGACAUCUAGCUGCUGAGUUUCAAAACAAAUCAGCCUUGUAUAGGUAGUCAGAGACACCUGAGACACCCCUUGCAGAUACCAGAGACACCUCCUGGAAGAGACACUACAGAUUGGACCAGAGAGAGAUAUCCAAGAGGAGUAACCAGGUAACAUGGGGGUGGUGGGCUGUUGACAUUAAUUUAUAUAUAUAUACACAUACACACAUACAUGCUUUCAUAAAUACACAUGAGGUAAGACACUUGGGGUUAAAUUCUGUGGUUCGAGUGGACUAUAUUGCUGUAAUGAUUGAUAUGAUUCUCCCCCAAAAAAUGACCAAAAAUAAAAUAUGUGUUCGUAUUAGAGUUUAAUUAAAUAAUAGCAUCAGCAGGUGCAUAUGACUGUUAUAUGGAGAUUGAGAAUUAGGGAUAGAUGGGUGUAUUUGAUAUAAAACUACAACUUCGGUAAUUUUUGGCUAGUCUGGUAAAGCAUCAUGGGAGUUGUAGUUCUGCUGGAGUGAUACCCCUGGGCUAGAUAGAUGUCAGUAAGGUUUACGCACGCUAUAUUGAUUUGAUUAUUGAGAUUUGUGUCAUUUGAAUAGGUGUAUUGGAAAUGGGGGAGGGGUUUAUUGAUAGUUGGUUAUGUUGAUGGCUUGGUUAAAGGGGCUGUUUUUGAAAUUGAGCUGGCUUGAUUUAUUAUGUAAAUGUGUGGAUGGGAGGAAUAGUAUUAAUGGGAUUUUACAGAUGGAGUAAUACUGGUGCAGGGGUUAUUUAAAUGGUAUUGGUAUUGCUGAAUGGAUAGCAUUUGUUAUAUGGGUGGGAGUAUCAGUGCUGGAGUUGUUAUAAUGUUGGGAGUAUCAAUGCUGGAUUUGUUAUAUGGGUGGGAGUAUCAGUGCUGCAUUUGUUAUAUGGGUGGGAGUAUCAGUGCUGCAUUUGUUAUAUGGGUGGGAGUAUCAGUGCUGGAUUUGUUAUAUGGGUGGGAGUAUCUGCUGGAUUUGUUAUAUGGGUGGGAGUAUCAGUGCUGGAUUUGUUAUAUGGGUGGGAGUAUCAGUGCUGCAUUUGUUAUAUGGGUGGGAGUAUCAGUGCUGCAUUUGUUAUAUGGGUGGGAGUAUCAGUGCUGGAUUUGUUAUAUGGGUGGGAGUAUCAGUGCUGGAUUUGUUAUAUGGGUGGGAGUAUCAGUGCUGCAUUUGUUAUAUGGGUGGGAGUAUCAGUGCUGCAUUUGUUAUAUGGGUGGGAGUAUCAGUGCUGCAUUUGUUAUAUGGGUGGGAGUAUCAAUGCUGGAUUUGUUAUAUGGGUGGGAGUAUCAAUGCUGGAUUUGUUAUAAUGGGUGGGAGUAUCAGUGCUGGAUUUGUUAUAUGGGUGGGAGUAUUAGUGCUGGAUUUGUUAUAUGGGUGGGAGUAUUAGUGCUGAAUGGGUUGUUUGGGUGGACACAGAUUUGCAGUACCGAAUGGAUUGUAUUGUGGGAGUAGCAGUGUUGAAUGGAUUGUAUGGUGGGAGUAGCAGUGUUGAAUGGAUUGUAUUGUGGGGUAGCAGUGCUGGAUGGAUUGUAUGAGUGGGAGUAACAGUGCUGGAUUGAUUGUAUGUCAGGAGUAGCAAUGCUGGAUGGAUUGUAUGGUGGGAGUAGCAGUGCUGGAUGGAUUGUAUUGUGGGAGUAGCAGUGCUGAAUGGAUUGUAUUGUGGGAGUAGCAGUGCUGGAUGGAUUGUAUGAGUGGGAGUAGCAGUGCUGGAUGGAUUGUAUGAGUGGGAGUAGCAGUGCUGGAUGGAUUGUAUGGCGGGAGUAGCAGUGCUGGAUGGAUUGUAUGAGUGGGAGUAGCAGUGCUGGAUGGAUUGUAUGGUGGGAGUAGCAGUGCUGGAUGGAUUGUAUGAGUGGGAGUAGCAGUGCUGAAUGGAUUGUAUUGUGGGAGUAGCAGUGCUGGAUGGAUUGUAUGAGUGGGAGUAGCAGUGCUGGAUGGAUUGUAUGGCGGGAGUAGCAGUGCUGGAUGGAUUGUAUGAGUGGGAGUAACCGUGCUGGAUGGAUUGUGUGGUGGGAGUAGCAGUGCUGGAUGGAUUGUAUGGUUGGGAGUAACAGUGCUGGAUGGAUUGUAUGGCAGGAGUAGCAGUGCUGGAUGGAUUGUAUUGUGGGAGUAGCAAUGCUGGAUGGAUUGUAUGAGUGGGAGUAGCAGUGCUGGAUGGAUUGUAUGGCAGGAGUAGCAGUGCUGGAUGGAUUUUAUUGAGGGAGUAGCAGUGCUGGAUGGAUUGUAUUGUUGGGAGUAGCAGUGCUGGAUGGAUUUUAUUGAGGGAGUAGCAGUGCUGGAUGGAUUGUAUUGUUGGGAGUAGCAGUGCUGGAUGGAUUGUAUGGUUGGGAGUAGCAGUGCUGGAUGGGUUCUAUGAGCGGGAGUAGCAGUGCUGGAUGGAUUGUAUGGCGGGAAUCGCAGUGCUGGAUAGAUUGUGUGGCGGGAGUAGCAGUGCUGGAUGGGUUCUAUGGGCGGGAGUAGCAGUGCUGGAUGGGUUCCAUGGGCAGGAAUAGCAGUGCUGGAUGGAUUGUAUGGCGGGAAUAGCAGUGCUGGAUGGAUUGUAUGGCGGGAAUAGCAGUGCUGGGUGGAUUGUAUGGCGGGAAUAGCAGUGCUGGAUAGAUUGCAUGGCGGGAGUAGCAGUGCUGGAUGGGUUCUAUGGGCGGGAGCACUAGUGUUGGAUAGGGAUUUUGAAUGUUGCACAGGAUACUGUAGCCCAAGCAUGUCAAACUCAGUCUGGAUCGGCCACAUAAACAAGGUUUAAGUUUAUGUGGGCCGCAAAAAAAAAAAUAUACCGUAAAUUUUCAUAGAAACGUAGGUUUAUUAUAAACCCCCCGCCCCAGCAUCCCCCUCUACUAAACCACAGCACCCCCUCUACUAAAUCUCAGCCCCCCCUCUACUAAAUCUCAGCCCCCCCUCUACUAAACCACAGCACCCCCCUCUACCACCCUGUGACAAAUCUGAUCCUCCCGCUGACACACACACAUAUUCACUGACAGACACACACAUACUGACACACACAUACUCACAAACACACACUCCCUGACAGACACACACACACACACACAUACUCACUGACAGAUACAUACAGACAGACACACACAUACUCACUGACAGACAGACAGACAGACAGACACACACACACACAUACUCACUCACUUACAGACACACACAUACUCACUGACAGAUACAUGUAUACAGAAACAUACAUACAGACACACUGACAGACAGACACACACACUCUGCUAUAACACCAGCAUGUACUCGCUGCUCGCUGGACCGCAAAGACGGUCCUUGUGGGCCGUGAGUUUGACAUGCUUGCUGUAGCCAUUGCUAACGCCCAAGAGCAGUGCGAGUUUGAGCGCUGGGCUUAAUUUUGUAUGUUUGUAAUUUUUUUUGUAUUACACAGCCAUGUUACAGACUGCCGCCCACCCCAACCCUAAAAGUGUGGAGGGAUUCAUAAAAAUAACUCUUUUUGUCUCAUUAGAGAUUUUGCCUUUUAGCUGAAAGCAGCAUGGUAUAUUGUUAAUGUAGAACUCCUCUAAGAGGUUUGCCUUGACGGGGCAGAUGGGCUUACACUUUUAUGGCCUUUUGAGUGGUAGCAAAAAACUUCCAUUAUUUAAAUGUGUGUAGGGAUUUGGGAUAGAGUGCCGGUAACUUUUUAAAAAAACCAAUAAUAAAUAUAUAUAUAUUUUUAAAACUAAAAUAUAUUGUGGGAGAUAAAUGCUAUAGCCAUUGCUGCUGCCCAGGAGUACUGGGAGUUUGAGUGCAGGGCAUAAAAGACCACUCCAUUCCUCAAAAGCUCUUCAUUUGGGUUAAACUAGGGUUAAAUUUGGGUUAAACUAGAAUACUCCUCACCCCUAAAAGUGCCUUAGGGGUGAGGAGUAUUCUAGUUUAACCCAAAUUUAUGAGAAAUCAGCUCUUUUAUAAAUUAACCAGAAAACACACCCCCUGCUGUCAAUCAAACUUGAUGGUGCCUGCCUCCUCCCACACAGACCUCAGAUCAGACAUGCGCACGUGCGUAAACCAGCUCGCGGGUGUGCGCGUAAGCUCACGCAUGCACAAGGGCACCAAUUCAGAGGAUUCUUAAUGAGCAUGAAUAAAAGUCUAUUCCCGGGAUAAAGUAUGGAUGACAAUAUUGGUAACCACGUUUACUUAUAGAUAGCGUUACAGUGUAGAAUUAUCUUAUUGAUUUAUGUACACUCUUCAGCUCCCUCGCGCACCGCGUACUGAUACCGGAGCCGGAAUAUGACGUCAUCUUCCGGUAUCAGUACGCGGCGCGCGAGGGAGCUGAACAGGAAGCACUCAGGGGAGAGUGCUCCCCCGCGCGCCUGCCAGCCUGCACGCCAAGUGACACCACUGGACGCCAGGGAAUCCCCUCCGCUCUCACAAAGGUAAGGAAGCUGGGGGGAUUAAAUUUUUUUUUUUUUAAAAGUGUGUGUUAGUGUGUCAGUGAGUGUGUUAGUUUGUGUGCGUCUGUUAGUGAGUGUGUGUCUGUCUGUCAGUGAGUGUGUAUGUAUGUCUGUCACUGAGUGUGUUUCUGUCAGUAAAUGUGUGUGUCUGUUAGCUAGUGUGUAUGCAUCUGUUCAUGAGAGUGUGUGUGUCUUAAGCACUUACCUUUCUCCAGCAUCGGAAAAAUAAUGUCAAUCCAUAUACGUAUCUCUCCUGAUGCAUUGACAGCAUUAUGGCUGUACGAGCAUUAUGAGAGAUGUAGUCUGCAAUAACUUUAAAGGCGAAGGCUGCCUGCUUCUGCCUUAGUUCAUGGGAUUGACUUAAUCCCAAAUCCAAAUAAAAUUCAAAUUACUUUUUAAUAGAUCGAACCCUAAUGAAACCUAUAUGCAUUUAGUUAUAUCUAAAAACUGCUUGCAAAGGCUGCAGAUCUCUUUUCUGAAGCCUUUGCAUUCCUGCCCCCUUCUAACCCCGCCCAGACUUUCUGUGGCUGUCCAAUCACAGACUUCUCAAUGAGAAGUCUUUGCAAGACAGGUGCUCUUGAUAACUGCUGCCUCCUGAGUUAAGCGAACCAAACCAGGAAGCACCAUGAGUGUCGGACAUGCUGUCUGUCUCCCCAACUUCUGUUAAAAACUGCACUUUUUGUAAAUUAAAAAAAAAAAAGACAUGCUGCAUAAAUAAAUAAAUUCACAAGCCGAAGUGCUUUAGGGGUCUGGAGUGUCCAUUUAACCCCUUAAGGACACAACUUCUGGAAUAAAAGGGAAUCAUGAUGGAAUAUUUCCGUCAUGUGUCCUUAAGGGGUUAAGUUUAUGAAAGUGCAUCACCGUUCUUUGUAAACAGAAAACCAGCUCCAAAGGGGUUUUUAGUUUACUUUCCAUGUUCCCAAUCGAAUGAUCAUAUACUGUAUAUCCGGGUGGUACCUAAUUUCCUGUCCAAGGGGCUUAAAGGUGAGUAUAUAUAGAAGUAGGGACAGGGCCAACCUUGCUGUGUUCCAACUUUAGUGACGAAUGUCCAAUCCAAUUCAUUUUGAAUAUAACUAUUGUCCAUUAAAAUGCUUCUCAUAUGCCAGUACUUGGGGGACAGAGCAUAUGUAGCUAUCACUGUGACCACCAAUGCAAUGGUCCUCAGUGAGAAGCAUUGGACACACACACCCAGCUUCCAGAGUCACUGUACUCUGCAUGCCGACGCAGGAUGUAGAAAUAGAUUGUGCAGUUAUCUGACUGUUUACUUAUCUGCCUCACCUGCCAAACAGGUUGGAAAACAGCAGAUGGUAAGGAGAUAUAUGGAUAGACAGACAAUUAUGAGCAUAUAAAGUUACCGGUAUGCAGAUUCUUGCAGAUAUAGGGAAAGGCAUGUACAGAGAACUUGGAUUGUAGGACACGGAUUGAUACAUGGACAUAUAACGAUGGCAUACAUUCAGUGAUUAAAGGGACACUAUAUAGUAAUAAUAAUAAAAAAAACAAAACAUUGGUGUUCUUUAAUCUUACUACAGAGAGAGCGUUAACUCUGAAAAGAGGCUCACACUGAGAUCUGUCUUUGCAGUGCCAUGACCCAGGUCAUUCCAUGCUCAGCAGUUUCUUUAUACUUUGUACCCUGGUGGCCCUCUGGUUUCCUCGUUACAGAAUAGCAUCUUCUCCAUAGACAAUGGUGUUCUGAGACUCCCAUCGUAGUCUUUAGCAGCGAUUCCCAACUUAGUUCUCGACACAAACAGUCCAGGAUUUAGGCAUGUGCCAGUUCUUUUCUAAUGGAAAUACUAAGAAAGCCUGGACUGUUUGUGUGCUUUGAGAACUGGGUUAGGAACCACUGCCAGAACAUGACAUUGUCAACAAAUGUAUCUAUAGAAAGAUACCUCCAAAUUCUCUUUGCAUUCUUUAAGAUGGAGAUAUGAAAUGAACAAAAAGACUCUUAUAGUUAUGAAAUGUUUUCGUGUUCAGUCCUUCUUGACUCCAAAUUUAAUUCAGUCCUCAAUAUGUUAUUUUUAUACACUAAAUGCCAUAGGAUUCUUUUAAUGAGUUUAUCUGUAAGCUCCAGCUAUUAGAUAUAUUUUCCACUUUUUUGGGGGUCGUUUCCCCCCCCCCUUUUUUUUUUUUUAAAUAUCCAAGGCUCGACCCAUCACCCAGAGUUCAUCUCCACUUCAGCUCUAUUGAUAUUGUAGAAUUUACAUGUUCACAUUAUCCGUUUUAAUAUGGUUUAACGUGGACAGCAGUGAUUGUCCGAGAGUGCUGGGGAUGUAUUCAGCCUUUCACUGUUGGUCAGGAUACUGCUAAGGAUUGAGGAAACCAUGAAUCUGCCGUUAGAGACUGGUUGGGAGAGAUCAUAAGAUCUUUAAUGACCAACAGGUAGACAUUCCUAAAUCCCAUUUCUGUGUUGCCAUAACAACCUUGUUCGAUGGAUUUUGCAAAGCCCUGCUAGGAAGUGUUGCUAGUUUUUAGUUUCUAGUAAGUCAUAUUAGCAGCGAUUUCAUGCUCUAAAUAACUAGAAAUACACACUAUUCAGAAGUGAAAAUGAUAUUUAGAUGUGUUAUGUAAUGAUUGUAAUUAUUAUUUGUUUAAAAAAACCAAAAGACAAUUUCGAUACCUGUGAUUGUUUGUUUGUUUCACGAGAAUGUGUUUAUUGAGGGAUUUCUCAUUCAGCUGUCAGACUUCUAUAUUGGUUUUUUAUUUUUUACAGUUUUUAUGUUAAACCGACACUAUAGUCACCAGAACAACUACAGCUUAAUGGAGCUAUUCUGGUAAGUAUAGAGAAAGGGCAGUGUUUACAUUACAGCCUAGGGACACCUCCACUGACCACUCCUCAUAUGGCUACUAGAGGUGUUUCCUGGGGCAGUGCUUGUGCAGCACUGACAAUCAGAGAGAUUCUGUGCAUUUUUAUGAGGAGUUGCUAAUGGGCCACGGUGGUGUUUGGCACCUUCCCCGGCCCACCUCCUUGGCUAAGAUCAUCGGAACUGACAAUCUUUCAUCUGUGUAAGUCAUGUACUGACAACACAUGAUAACACAAUGUGUAGGUAAUUAACAUGCGCUCUAAAAGUUAGCAUUGCUUGGCAAAACGUGGAAAUCACAAUAAAGCAAAAUAUAAAGAACUUUAGCACAAUCAGUAGCUAACUUUUAGAUCCCUAUUAGAGUGCGCUAAAAUAGAAUACAUGAUAGCUCCUGUUCAAGUUAUAUUUUUUUUUUAUCUAGAGAUUCCAAAGUAGUGAAAUCAUAUUUAUUUUUAAAUAUUGACUAAACACGUUAUCAGGAAGUUGUAUAGGUUAAAAUGAUAAGUUAGCACCAUUACCACUUCAGUGAUUUGAAGUGAUCAUGGAGCCUGGAAAUAGAGUUCAGGCUAACUAAUGUCAAUUCUGUGCAUAUUCCUAUGCACAGACUUUAACUAAUUGGCUGAGAGCAGCCAGUUGAUGCGCUCAGCCAAUGAACGCACGUCACAGCCAGCCUUAAAGAAGAUCCGGGGCAUGGCAGGAGGAACUAAGAGGGAAAACUGCUGCAAAAACAGAUUGUGCCAUUAUUGGGAAAUGAGACCAGAGUACUUCUCACAUCACAGCCUCUAAAGCAGGCUUUACCCUUUAAAUAUGUCAAAUUGAUGUCUGCACAGUUUGAAAAGGAAUGGAUACCAAAAACAAAAAACUGCAACAAACUGGUAUUGUAACGUCCCGUAUUAACACAGAGCGUCUACUGGUGCAAAAGACUAGCAGAGAGAGAAGCUUUACUGGUACUUUUACAUGGUUGGGCCUGGCGGAAAACCUUAAAUAAGGCAGGAAACGUAGGACCCCAAUGAAGGUAAAGAGUAGACCUAGUACAAGCAAAGAUUGGGGAACAAUGUAUACUCAUGUAGUUGGCACUACUAGCCAAAGCCAGAAACACUGGACUAGCAAAUGUCUAAAUGCUGAAUUUGAUAAUUUGACAAGCCAAGGUCAAAAAUGAAAAAGGACGCCAAACUGACAAAACGCAUUAAAGGGCUAAUGAUAACCACAAAAAGGCAGUGUAGGAAUGAGCUGAGGAAUUAAAUAGUUAAUUAGUGCUGUACUGAAAAGAUGUUGUGACAGCUCCUCCAUUGGUAGUCUUUAUAUUUCAGAUACAAAUCAAGAUCCCAUGGGGCUGAGUAAACUCUGUGGUACUGCAGCAGGUAAGUAGGAUAGCAGGAAACACAGUUAUUUUGAUAGUGCAUCAUCUGUGCUUAUUAGUAAGGACCCAUGGAUUGCAGAACUUGUUGACAAGAGAAGGCAUUAGGUUGCUAGAGUAGGACCUGCCAAGAAUGGGGUACAUUGGCGUUGUGGCAGGCUUAUGCAAUGUCUAAUCAUAUGCUGUAACUAAACCCCUACUAUGUUUGCCUAGACGAAGUGUUUAAAAAAACAACAACAAAAAACAAUUACAUUCUGUGAGCUUUGAAAUGGCUGUUUAGUAAAUAAGUGAGUGCAUUGGAUCUUGUAUGCCAUACUGACAACGAUCACUUACAACGGCAUGUAAAAUGAUUACCAGACCUGUAUCAUCCAAUCCAUUUUUGUGGGUUUUUUUUGUUUUGUUUUUUGAUUGUUUGUUUGUAAGAUUGCUUACCAUGUGACUAAAUAUAUCCAGAGUAGUUAGGUUGGGAAAGGUCCAUUCGCUGGUUCAGUAAGUUGUAAAAACGCCAAGUCAUAACAGGUGACUCUACAAAGAACUAUGCACCCAUCAAGCUCAGACUUUCUCACAUCUGUUUCUGCUGUUCAUUCAAAACAAUUCCUUCUUGACCCUUAGAAUGGCAGUCAGAUCUCUCCUUGGAUCAAGAAGCUGGUACCUCGCAGAUUCAAAAUUAUAUCCCUGAAUAUUAUGUUUUUGCAAGUAUUCACCCAUUUGCUCUUUAAACAUCUGUGCAGACUCUGCUAAAACCACCCCUUCAGGCAGAGAAUUCCACCUCCUUAUUGGUCUUUCUGCAAAAAUAUGCUUUCCUUUUGCCUUAGACUAAAUCUCAUUUCUUCUAGUCUAAAUGCGUAGCAUCAUGUCCUAUGUAUAGUCCUGUUUAUCAAUAUGUCUGAUUCCCAGACAAUGGUUUGUACUGACCUCAAAUAUACUUGCAUAAUAAUACGGUACUUAAAUAUGAUAAUGCCCUCUGAGGUGCCGUUUUUCUAAACUAAACAGAAUUCAAUUUGUUAACCUUUCUUUAUAACUAAUAAUCUGAUUAACAAAUAUGAUGCAACUACUGGCGUAGUUGAAGUAAUGAAGGAAAAAUAUUGGAGUGCCACGGGGCAGAUUGAACAAAGGGCUUGAUACACCUACACAGUCUGCCUGCAGUUUAACUAAAACAAACACUCCUACUGCACUCUAGACAAUUGUUCCUCAGCACGGUAUCACACAAUCAUUCAGAGGUAAACAUAGAAGUAUGAAAAUGCUUCCAGAGGCGCAUGCACAAUUGGAAGCGAGGAUACACAAAGAUUGUUUACUGCUUGGUGGUACACUAAAACAUAAACUAGAUGCGUUGGGGUCAUAGUACAACCAUCAGGUCUCCAAAUAUACGGUUAUUGGAAAAGGUUCCACAUGGCCUAAAUUACAAAUUGUUCUUUGCUUGUACCAGGAAAAGGGACCAGAACACAACACCAGCAAAAUCUUUAUGACUUUUAUAGCUUUUGGCCUAAAUAAUAUGCUGAUUUUUGCAUGUCCGAUAUUGCAUAGUUUUUUUUUUAAACUUUGUUGCAUACUGCAUCUAAACCUGGCCUUCUCUACCCCACCUCCUUCAUGGAAAAACACUGGUUAAUGUUCUAGCGAUCGCCCGAUGUUCUUUUUACGAUACUGGGGUCGCUUUUUUGUGUCGAUUGCUGAUAACCAGUGUUGAUAUUCUGAACAUUUAGUUUUGAAAAGCAACAUAAUUGCUACACAAAUAGGCAGUGGCGUACACACAGUCCAUGGGGCCCACUCCCUCCCCCCAACACACACACACACACACAUACAUACAGACAGACACACAUACAUACAAACAGGCACACAUACAGACACAGACUGACACAUAAACAUACAAACAGACAGGCACACAUACAGACAGAUACAUACAUACAGACACACAAUGUUUAAGUCACCCCCCUGUUUCCUACCUUUUUAGGUGCAGGAGGGUGACUUUCCCUGGGGUCCAGUGGUUCCUCAGGCUGGUGGGAGUCAGAGUUCCCACUUUGACUCCCUCUGCUUCCUCCCGCGCGGACUCUAUGUAUGCUGGGAGGAGUGACGUGCAGUCACUUCCUUCCAGCGUGUGAUUUCAUCACAGGGGGCCCGGUCGCACUGUUAAAGCACCUUGGACGGCGGCCCCAGCGGUUUGCUGUGCGGUCGGGGCCGCAAAGGAUGGCGGCGGGUACCUGGUCGCAGGGGUCCGCAGGGCCCCUGGUGUGACAAGCCCGGUCGCAGCUGCAAAUAGGGUAUUAAAGGGAUACUAUAAGUGCCAGGAAUACAAAGCUGUAUUUCUGGAUCUAUAGCUCCCUCUGCCUCCCCCUUCCUUCGUGCCACCCUUUAUUUACUUACUUGAUCCCAGCGCAGAUGUCCCUCGGCACUGCGUCAUGUCUCCGCCUUCUCAGUCCCGCGACAUGCAAAUGCUAUAGCUGAGGCUGGAUGUCUUCAUGCAGAGCGUGAAGUUCCGCUAGGUUCCAGGAAGCCCUCUAGGGGCUGUCUGGGAGACAGCCACUGGAGGCAGACUUAGUGCUGCAAUGUAAACAUUGCAGUUUCUCUGGAACUGAAAUGUUUAACAUUGCAGCACUAAUUGCAAUAGGGACACUGCACCCAGACCACUUCAGUUAUCUAAGGUGGUCUGGGUGCCUAUUGUUUCCCGUUAACUGACCAUGCUGACAGCGAUCCACUUUUUUCAUUCUCAGGCAGCCUGUACAUCACUGAGAUUCCAGCAUGUGCAGCACUGUUACUGAUAGGUGUGUGAUUGCUGAAAUCAAUCACACUCCUGUUACUCCUGAACAGUAAUACGUAAUACUGUCUCCGCUCGCUGAGUGCAAGGACUCCCAGAAGAGAGUAACUUGAGGCAACUGCAUGGCGCCUCAUAGGAUGGGGUUUCCAGAUUCGGAAGGGCGUGUGGCGACUUGGAGAGCUAAGUGAGUUAUCAGUAAUAUAAGUAAAUUGCAAGACCGAUACUGAUUAUCAGAAAUAUGCUCAAUACCUGCUCGAAUAACUGGCGGAACCGAUAAUUAGUCUAUCUGUAUAAUGUGCGUACGUAAAUCCCCUUUUUUUUGUCUUAUUUCUCAGCUCGACGUUUCUUACCUUAAAGGGACUCUCCGGUGCCAGGAAAACAUAUCCCUUUUUACCGGCACUGCAGGUUCUUGCAGUGCCUCUCUCCCUCCCACACCCCAUCCCAUGCUGCCCAUGCUCCUUCCCCACCGACGAGGGAGACCUAAUGUGCAUGCGCUGCAAUGGCCGCACAUGCACAUUAGACCUCCCCAAAGGAAUGCAUUAUUCAAUGCUUUCCUAUGGGGAAAUCCCUCUAGUGACUGUCUGAUAGACAGCCACUAGAGGAGGACUUAACUCUGCAAGGUAAUUAUUGCAGUUUAUAAAAAAAAAAAAAACUGCAAUAAUUACACUUGCAGGGUUAAGGGUGAUGGGAGUUGGCACCCAGACCACUCCAAUGGGCAGAAGUGGUCUGGGUGCCUAGAGUGUCCCUUUAACCCCUUAAGGACACAUGAUAUGUGUGACAUGUCAUGAUUCCCUUUUAUUCCAGAAGUUUGGUCCUUAAGGGGUUAAGAGAGUUGUACAGAUCACCAAGAAGCAAAGCUUUCUGGAAGUUGAACUACAUGUCUCCAAAAAACACUCUGAGAGCAAGUCUUGCACAGAAAGCUGAAAUGUACUAGUCAACUGCUUACUCUACUGGUGUGAUUUAAUAUAUAGAUUUUUUUUUUGUGAUCUCAUAUUUUAGCAAGAUAUUUAAAGUGUCAACUGUCACUUCUCCGGAAAUUACAACUACUGCAUACAGAAAAUCACCUAUAAUUUGUGAUUAUUUUUUUCAUAUGAUGCUCCAUGUGAUACUUUUUAAAAUGUAUAUUAAAUAUGUAGUGAGGGACCUCACAAUUAAUUUCAGUCUAGGCAGAACCAGGGCACACAAUGCAAAUGAGGAACAUAAAAGGACACCCUUUAUAAAGAAUACAGAUUAAAGAACAGUGCACACAUAAAAAUACAGUUUUUCAAAUUUUACAAAGCUACUUAAAUUCCCAUCUCUUAACAAAAAAAUCUGGGGAUUGAGUUCCACGGUAUGGCCAUAUUGUGUUAAAGCCCAUCACAACUUCACAGUUCCUCAAUAUUGGUGGGUCUUAACUAAUUCCAACAUGGGAGACAAAUUAAAUGGUGCUAGUGCUAAAUAACCUAAAUUGAAUUUUAAUAAUCUGUUGUAAAAGCAUUGUAAAUAUAUACAAUUUAAAUUACUGUGAUAAAUACAGUGUCAAAACGAAACAAUUAAAGUGACAGUGCUUUGAUGUAUAUACUCACAAUGCAUAUCAUAUAUUUUCUCUAUGAAAAUUAUAAUUAGUGAAAUUACAAAUAUGGGGAUUCAUGCCGCCCGACUGCUAGCUUGAGCUCUUAAUAUUAAAUAAAUCUGUACAUUUCUGCUUGCUGCUUGUUGGCUUGUUUGGCAUAGGACUUUGUGUUUAAAUAGUGUAGGUUUUCUAACGGACACAUUUCCAGUAGUUUCAUGUGUUAAAUCACUCCAACUUCACAUGAUUUAUCUCAUAAAUCUACUGGUAAUAAUAUGUAAAUAGAAGAACCAUAGUAUUGAAAGAAAUUAAACAGGAGUAGUCCCAGAAGAUUGGAAGUUAGCGAAUGUUGUGCCCAUUCACAAGAAAGGUAGUAGGGUGGAGUCGGGCAACUAUAGCCCAGUAAGCCUUACUUCAGUAGUGGGGAAAGUAAUGGAAACCAUGUUAAAGGAUAGGAUUGUUGAACAUCUAAAAUCACAUGGAUUUCAAGAUCAGAGACAACAUGGGUUUACUUCAGGGAGAUCAUGCCAAACUAAUCUUAUUGAUUUUUUUGAUUGGGUAACUAAAAUUAUAGAUCAGGGUGGUGCAGUAGACAUUGCUUACCUAGAUUUCAGUAAGGCUUUUGACACUGUUGCACAUAGAAGGCUUAUCAAUAAACUGCAAUCUUUAAGUUUGGAUUCCAAUAUUGUUGAAUGGGUAAGGCAGUGGCUGAGUGACCGGCAACAGAGGGUUGUAGUCAAUGGAGUAUAUUUGAAGCUUGGGCUUUUCACCAGUGGGGUACCUCAGGGAUCUGUACUUGGACCCAUUCUCUUUAAUAUUUUUAUUAGUGGUAUUGCAGAAGGUCUUGAUGGUAAGGUAUGUCUUUUUGCUGAUGAUACUAAGGUAUGUAACAAGGUUGAUGUUCCAGGAGGGAUAAGCCAAAUGGCAAAUGAUUUAGGUGAACUAGAAAAAUGGUCAGAGUUGUGGCAACUGACAUUUAAUGUGGAUAAGUACAAGAUCAAGAUAAUGCAUCUUGGACGUAAAAACCCAAGGGCAGAGUACGGAAUAUUUGAUAGAGUCCUAACCUCAACAUCUGAGGAAAGGGAUUUAGGGGUGAUUAUUUCUGAUGACUUAAAGGUAGGCAGACAAUGUAAUAGAGCAGCAGGAAAUGCUAGCAGAAUGCUUGGUUGUAUAGGGAGAGGUAUUAGCAGUAGAAAUAGGGAAGUGCUCAUGCCAUUGUACAGAACACUGGUGAGACCUCACUUGGAGUAUUGUUCGCAGUACUGGAGACCGUAUCUUCAGAAGGAUAUUUAUACUUUAGAGAGAGUUCAGAGAAGGGCUACUAUACUGGUUCAUGGAUUGCAGGAUAAAACUUACCAGGAAAGGUUAAAGGAUCUUAAAGGACCACUAUAGUGCCAGGAAAACAUACUAAUUUUCCUGGCACUAUAGUGCCCUGAGGGUGCCCCCACCCUCAGGGUCCCACUCCCGUGGAGCUGAGGGGGGAGGAAGGGGUUAAACUUACCUCUUUAUUCAGCGCCGGGCGGGGAGCUCUCCUCCUCCUCUCCUCCUCUUCGGCUGAAUGCGCAUGCACGGCAGGAGCUGCGCGCGCAUUCAGCCAGUCCAUAGGAAAGCAUUCACAAUGCUUUCCUAUGGACGCUGGCGUCUUCUCACUGUGAAAAUCACAGUGAGAAGCGCGGAAGCCCUCUAGCGGCUGUCAAAGAGACAGCCACUAGAGGCUGGAUUAACCCUAAUAUAAACAUAGCAGUUUCUCUGAAACUGCUUUGUUUAUAGAAAAAAGGGUUAACCCUAGCUGGACCAGUCACCCAGACCACUUCAUUAAGCUGAAGUGGUCUGGGUGCCUAUAGUGGUCCUUUAACGUGUAUAGCUUGGAGGAAAGACGGGACAGGGGGGAUAUGAUAGAAAUAUCUAAAUACAUAAAGGGAGUAAACACUGUAAAGUAGGAGACUAUAUUUAAAAGAAGAAACCACCACAACAAGAGGACGUAGUCUUAAAUUAGAGGGGCAAAGGUUUAACCCCUUAAGGACCAAACUUCUGGAAUAAAAGGGAAUCAUGACAUGUCAUGUGUCCUUAAGGGGUUAAACAUAACUUCAGGAAAUAUUACUUUACUGAGAGGGUAGUGGAUGUAUGAAAUAACCUUUUACCACUUCAGCUGGAAGUCUAACACAGUAAUGGAGUUUAAGAAUGCGUGGGAUAGGCAUAAGGCUAUCCUAGCUAUAAGAUAAGGCCAGAGACUUAUGAGAGUAUUUAGAACAUUGUGCACACUAGAUGGGCCGAAUGGUUCGUAUCUGCCAUAACAUUCUAUGUUUCUAUAUAAUGCAAGACCGGACAAGCCAGAAAUCAUCAGAGCUCAAACAAGCAGCCACUCAUUAGAAGCAGGCUGUAUAUUACAGACCUGCUUUAUAAAGAAAGGCUGCUUAGAAAGUACCAGGCACACUAUGUACCAGUGUUCAUUUUUGCGGCAAUUUUCAAUUUAGUUUUGGUCAUAGUCUUUUGACUAAAAAGCCAUUUUAGUUUUAGUCGUAUUUUAGUCAUCUGAAUUGCCUUUGUUUUAGUCUAGUUUUAGUCGACUAAAUCUCCAGUAGAUAUUAGUCGACACAACUAAAAUGUAAUGGGUUUAGUUAAAGCCUCAGUCUAUCUCUUUUGCCUCUUCCCCAGCCCCUCUGUGUCUCUUUGUGUCCUCCCAGCCCCUCUAGGUGUCUCUCUCUCCCAAGCCCUGGUCUGUCUCUUUUGCCCAUUCCCCAGCCCCUCUGUGUCUCUUUGUGUCCUCUCAGCCCCUCUAGGUGUCCCUCUCCCAAGCCGUGGUCUGUCUCUUUUUCCCCUUCCCCAGCCCCUCUGUGCAGUGUUGAUUUUGGUAGCAAAGUUCAGUUUAGUUUUAGUAAUAGACUUUUGACUAAAAAUCCAUUUUAGGUUUAGUCGUAUUUUUGUCAUCUGAACUGUUUUAGUUUUAGUUGACUAAAUCUCCAGAUUUUAGUCAACACAACUAAAAUGUAAUGGGUUUAGUUAAAGCCUCUAUAUGUCUCUCUUUCCCCUUCCCCAACCCACCUGUGUCUCUGUGUACCCCUCCCCCCCCUCAAUCCCUCUAGGUGUCUCUCUCCCAAGCCCUGGUCUGUCUCUUUUGCCCCUCCCACAACCCCUCUGUGUCUCUGUGUGCCCCCAGCCCCUCUAUGUGUCUCUCCCAAGCCCUGGUCUAUCUCUUUUGCCCCUUCCAUAGCCCCUCUGUGUCUCUUUGUGUGUGUCCCAGCCCCUCUAGGUGUCUCUCUCCCAAGCCCUGGUCUGUUUCUUUUGCCCCUUCCACAGCCCCUCUAUGUCUCUGUGUGCCCCCAGCCCCUCUAGGUGUCUUUCUCCCAAGCACUGGUCUGUCUUUUUUGCCCCUUCCCCAGCCCCUCUGUGUCUCUUUGUGUCCCCCCCAGCCUCUCUAGGUGUCUCUCUCCCAAGCCCGAGUCUGUCUUUUUUUGCCCCUUCCACAGCCCCUCUGUGUCUCUGUGUGCCCCCAGCCCCUCUAGGUGUCUCUCCCAAGCCCUGGUCUGUCUUUUUUGCCCCUUCCCCAGCACCUCUGUGUCUCUUUUUAUUUUUGCUGGCAAAUUUCAAUUUAGUUUUCUGACUAAAAAGCCAUUUUAGUUUUUGUUGUAUUUUAGUCAUCUGCAUUGUUUUAGUUUCAGUCAACUACAUCUCAAAAAUGUCAGUCGAAAUAAUAAACAUUGCAGCAGCUCUGCUUCGAAGAGCACACAGGGCGAUGACUGAUGACAUCACCGCUCUGUGCAGGAGCCUAACGGUCAGAUUCUAACUCAGUCCGACCGAAGGUGUAUCAAUAUGGCAGAGGGUUCUAGUGUUCUGUGAAAGUAAGGACCAGAUUUUCAAGUAUUUUUACAUCUACGUCAUUUAAAAAAAAAAAAGUCAUAUCUUUUCAUUGCAUACUGCAAAGAUUCUUAUAAUACUAAAAUAUCUGGGGACAGUUGUCCUUUAAGUUUUACUUUUCUAUUCUUUUGACAUGGCACCAUCUGCUUCGAGCCUUGCCAACUCCAAUAAGGAAUUGGCUAAUCAGGAGUAAUGUAUUCUCAAAGGAAUGUGGGCCACUAAGUGUCUUUUGUGUUCUUUGUCCUUUUAUAGUACAUGAACUCCGGUCGUUGCCAUGGCCACUGGCAACAGACACACAACCCAUCAGUUUUUUACAGCAAAGUGAACUUAAUUAAUUAUAGUUUGUAUGCCUAGUGCGUAUUGAAACAUCCUAACUCAAAGUACUGAACCGACAUAAACUUUCUAUGGUGAGUUUUCCAUCUUACUAUGCUUGCACCUUUUUAUUGAAAGUUUUGUUUGAGCUGCCGUACACAUAAGAGCUCCAUGCACAAUGCCAAACGUGGCUGUAAUGGUGUAAAAACGCGCCAGCAUUGGGCGGUAAUGGCUAAUUAUUCUCUGGAGUGAUAAGUCACGCUUUGUCAACUGGCAAUCUGAUGCAGAAUUCUGCUUCUGCAAAUGGUAACUUCCAUGACAGUGUGAAAGUGUAUACUUUUUUUUAAAAUUUAUAGUGGAAUAUUAAGGGAACACUCCGGGAAACCAUAAUAGCAUCAUUGGAAUUCAGUUGUUAUGGUACCCGGAGCUUACCAAGUAGUUUAACACCAAGAUCUUGUAUCCAGCCCUGUUUAGCUCCUCCCCAUUAUCCUUCCACUGCUGUUGGAUUCUUGAAAGAGGAAGCCUCGCAGAACCGUGGAAAGUGGCGCAACUGAUUGGCGAGAGCCUCAGCUGACGCUCUAAGCCAAUCAGUAGCUCCCCAUUAAUAAAAGUAGCUUGAGAAUUUUUUUACGUUUCGCAAGCCAUUUUGUUAAUGGGGAGCUGCUGAUUGGUGUAGUGCGUCAACGUCUUAUCCAAUCAGCGGCGGCCCUCUUCUUGGCUGUCCGAGACUUCCUAUAUCUGAGUGAAAUGGAGGAACAGGGGGCAGAGCUAAACGGCGCUAGAUACAAGACUUUGGUUUUUAUUAACCCCUAAAGCUGGUGCCAGGGACAUCCUAACACCAUAACAACAUAAUUCUGAUAAAGUUGUUAUGGUGGCCAGAGUGUUCCUUGAAUAGUCUUGGUCUCGUUUUCUUUGUUCAGGAUAGACUGCUUCAUUCCAGCAAUAAGAGAUCCAAGUGCUUCCUAGUUAGUGAUAGCAAUUGUUUCAGUUUUACAGUGGCUUCAUUAAUCAUUAUCCUCUCAUUCUGGUCUAUUGUGUCUGAUCUUAUUUCGUAAUAUCUUACAGUCCCAGCAUUUUUUUGUAAACAAUCUGCUGUAGGUAUAAGCCAGUCUGCGCAGUGAGAAUUGGGUGCUGGGUGUAUCUACACCAUAACCUUCAAAGCAUCAAUCCAACCAUAACAGUGAUGCAUAGAGUGACCAUUCAAUGCUCAUGAGUUUGGAGCGAAAUAUUAAAUGAGUAUAUUUUUUGACAUAGUAUAUUCAUGAAAUGUAGGUACGCCUGGUGGUCUUCAGCCAUUUCAGACCAAACAAAAUAUCCCCAUGUAUUUAUUAAAUACUCUGCUGAUAAAAUCUGUCCUCCCCCCCCCUUCUUCAACCUUUAACUUUUCAAAGCAGUAUCGCCAAACGUGCUGGUAUCAUACUGCCCCCUGUCAGUCUGUCUACUGUGAACAUGUGGUUCUAUGUGUAUACCCCAAAGGGUCUAAGUAUACCCGUUCCAGCAGGUAUAAUAGGUUAGUCACACACAAUGGUUUUCUUUCCAGUAAAGAAAAACUGGACAGAGAUUUUUGGAGACAUAUAUCCAAACUUCAGAAUAUUCACAAAAUUAGCUCCAAGUGUUGCUCGCUUCCUGGCAUGCAUGUGUAGAACUCAUAGAGUGCCAGAGAAAUGCUGUGGACAUGCCUCUGGCAUGGUUUAAAUAUGCACGGGGUUCGUUUUAUGACAGGUUUUGUGUGCCUUUUUUUACAUUGCCGGGAUGACCAAUACUGCACUGCAAGCAAACUAAGGACUGUAACAUAAAUGUGUGAGUGUGCUAUCUAUUUAUAUGCAGCAUUGACGUUCAUAGAGCGGGUUCCAGUCACUGGAGAUGUAACUGCCUAGACUCCCUCCCCUUUGCUAUGUACGUGUGUUACAGGGAAGCCAGUAUUUUCUAUUGCAUUUGUACAUCUCUCCUGCUGACUCUACACUCGCGCCCCACCCCCCAUCCCCCCCACCACUCGUCUGAUUUUUCUGUUUUCUUCCAUACUGUCCACCUUAUUCUCUUCUAUCUCUUCUUCUGCCCGUUCCAAUUUUCAUUCAUGGUUUGCGUUCCCUCUCCAUCUUUCUCCCCCUCUGUCUCCAUUCAUGCUUUUUUUUUUUUCUUCUGUGUAUCCAUUCAUAUUCCCCCCCUGCCUAUUUUUCUCUCUCUUUUUUGCUCUCUGCCUCUUUGCGUCUCCAUUCAUACACCCCCUCCCCUCUCUGCGUCUCCAUUCAUACUCCCCCCACCCCCCUCUCUCUGCGUAUCCAUUCAUACUGCUGUUUUCCACCCACACUCUUCUCCGCUCUCUGAAUGUUAAUGACUGUGGUGGAGCUGAGGGUCAUAGACGCAUGAAGACGUGAUCUCCCUACAUUAUGGCUGGAAGGGGGAGGGCAGACAGCCUGAACCAGCCUAUUCCAUUUUUAUAAAAAUUGGUGCAGAGAGAAAUGUGUGUAAUAACUAAAAUGUGCUCUAUGUUGCAUGUUUCUGUAAUUCCACCUGUUGAUUUAUAUAACCUCAUCAUAUAACCCCUCAUAUUGGGCUCUAUAACUCCUCCUAUUACUCCAUAUAACCUCUCCCUAUAAUUCCUCCUAUUACUCCAUAUAACCUCCCCCUAUAACUCCUCCUAUUACUCCAUAUAACCUCUCCCUAUAACUCCUCCUAUUACUCCAUAUAACCUCUCCCUAUAACUCCUCCUAUUACUCCAUAUAACCUCUCCCUAUAACUCCUCCUAUUACUCCAUAUAUCCUCUUUCAAUAAAUCAUCCUAUUACUCCAUAUAACCUCUCUAUAACUCCUCCUAUUACUCCAUAUAACUUCUCUAUAACUCCUCCUAUUACUCCAUAUAACCUCUCUCUACAAAUCCUCAUUUUACUCAUAUAACCUCUCUAUAACUCCUCCUAUUACUCCAUAUAACCUCUACCUAUAACUCCUCCUAUUACUAUAUAUAACCUCUUUAUAACUCCUCCUAUUACUCCAUAUAUCCUCUCCCUAUAACUCCUCCUAUUACCCCAUAUAACCUUUCCCUAUAACUCCUCCUAUUACUCCAUUAACCUCUCCCUAUAACCCCUCCUAUUACUCCAUAUAACCUCUCCCUAUAACUCCUCCUAUUACUCUAUAUAACCUCUCCCUAUAACUCCUCCUAUUACUCCAUAUAAACUCUCCCUAUAACUCCUUCUAUUACUCCAUAUAUCCUCUCCCAAUAACUCCUCCUAUUACUCCAUAUAAACUCUCCCUAUAACUCCUCCUAUUACUCCAUAUAUCCUCUCCCUGUAACUCCUCCUAUUACUCCAUAUGACCUCUGCCUAUAACUCCUCCUAUUACUCCAUAUAAACUCUCCCUAUAACUCCUCCUAUUACUCCAUAUAUCCUCUCCCUGUAACUCCUCCUAUUACUCCAUAUAACCUCUCCCUAUAACUCCUCCUGUUACUCUAUUUAACCUCUCCCUAUAACUCCUCUUAUUACUCCAUAUAACCUCUCCCUAUAACUCCUCCUAUUAUUCCAUAUAACCUCUCCCUAUAACUCCUCCUGUUACUCUAUUUAACCUCUCCCUAUAACUCCUCCUAUUACUCCAUAUAACCUCUCCCUAUAACUCCUCCUAUUACUCCAUAUAACCUCUCCCUAUAACUCCUCCGAGUGACUAAUGACCUAAUCUCCGCUAAAUCCAAAGGUCAUUACUCCAUAUUAAUUCUCCUUGACCUCUCUGCUGCCUUUGACACCGUAGAUCAUGCUCUCCUCCUUCAAAUUCUUCAAUCGCUCGGUCUCUGUUACUCUGUCCUCUCUUGGUUUUCCUCCUAUCUCUCCCAACGCUCAUUCAGUGUCUCCUUUUCCAAGGAUACCUCCUCCCCUCGUCCUGUCUCGAUUGGAGUUCCCCAAGGGUCUGUCCUUGGUCCCCUUCUAUUUACCCUUUAUACUGCCUCUCUAGGUAAACUUAUUGCCUCUUUUGGAUUCCACUACCACCUGUACGCUGAUAACACUCAGAUAUACCUCUCCUCCCGGACCUCUCCCCUGCCGUCCUGCAACGUGUCACUGCUUGCCUUUCUUCCAUCUCUGACUGGAUGUCCUCACGCUUUCUGAAACUUAACCUCUCUAAAACUGAACUCCUUGUCUUUCCUCCUCCUAAUACUGAUCCUCCUCUCUCGCUCUCCCUUCAAGUCAGUGAUACCCACAUAAGUUCAUCCCUGCAAGCGCGCUGUCUUGGCGUCAUACUUGACUCUGGUCUCACCUUUGAGUCUCACAUCCAGUUUGUUGCCAAGUCCUGUAGGCUCCAACUCAAAAACAUAGCCCGCAUUCGCCCCUUUCUUACGCAAGAUGCUACCAAGGAGCUUGUCCAUGCUCUAGUAAUUUCCCGCAUGGAUUACUGUAACCCUUUACUGAUUGGUCUCCCCAAAAGCCGUAUUGCCCCGCUACAGUCUGUAAUGAAUGCUGCAGCUAGACUGAUUUUCCUCUCUAGUCGGUCCUCUCACACCUCACCCCUCUGCCGGUCCUUACAUUGGCUCCCUGUAUGCUAUAGGAGUCAAUUCAAAGUGCUAACCCAUACAUUUAAAGCACUGAACAAUUCUAGCCCCACUUAUAUCUCUUCACUAAUCCAUAGAUAUGCCCCUCCUCGUACCCUCCGCUCUGCCCGUGACCACCUCCUGACCGCUGCUCGCACCCGUACAGCCAACUCGCGCUUGCAGGACCUCUCGCGGGCGGCUCCUCUCCUAUGAAAUAGCUUGCCUACUGCCAUCAGACUCUCCCCUAGUCUUCAAUCAUAUAAGAAGGGCCUUAAAACCCAUCUCUUCAGGAAAGCUUAUGGCCUCCCAGAGUAAUCUCUACCUUACAUACCUGUCUCCUGCUCUCUCUCCUAUGGGACAGUGCUUUGCUCUCUCCUCCAGCUCUGCUUCACUCCUACUUGAUAUUUCUUGUCCUAAUGUUUCAAAUACCCACCUCCUAUAGUCUGUAAGCUCAUUUGAGCAGGGUCCUCUUCAACCUAUUGUUCCUGUAAGUUUUCUUGUAAUUGUCCUAUUUAUUGUUACAUCCCCCCUCUCAAAAUAUUGUAAAGCGCUACGGAAUCUGUUGGCGCUAUAUAAAUGGCAAUAAUAAUAAUAAUAACCUCUCCCUAUAACUCCUCCUAUUACUCCAUAUAACCUCUCCCUAGAACUUCUCCUAUAACUCCAUAUAACCUCUCCCUAUAACUUCUCCUGUUACUCCAUUUAACCUCUCCCUAUAACUCCUCCUUUUACUCCAUAUAACCUCUCCCUAUAACUCCUCCUAUUACUCCAUAUAACCUCUCCCUAUAACUCCUCCUAUUACUCCAUGUAACUUCUCUCUAUAACUCCUCCUAUUACUCCAUAUAACCUCUCCCCAUAACUCCUCCUAUUGCUCCAUAUAACCUCUUCCUAUAACUUCUCCUAUUACUCCAUAUAACCUCUCCCUAUAACUCCUCCUGUUACUCCAUUUAACCUCUCCCUAUAACUCCUCCUAUUACUCCAUAUAACCUCUCCCUAUAUCUCCUCCUAUUACUCCAUAUAACCUCUCCCUAUAUCUCCUCCUAUUACUCCAUAUAACCUCUCCCUAUAACUCCUCCUAUUACUCCAUAUAACCUCUCCCUAUAACUCCUCCUAUUACUCCAUAUAACCUCUCCCUAUAACUCCUCCUAUUACUCUUUGUAACCUCUAAGUAUAACUAUUGUUACUGUACAGCAUUCUCCUCUUCAUUCAAUUCUUUCCCAUGUUGUUGGUCAGUUACCCAGUAUAGUUGCCUUGAUAACGCAAUCUAAUGCUGUAAUUCCUUUAUAUUCCCUCAAUGUACUAAUAUGCCUCUCAUUUUAACAGGACAAUAGCAACCAAGAGAUGUACUCAGUAGACCCACAGCGCUAACGUCACCUUCCUCGAGUUCCUGUCUAAAGAGCAUCCUGGGGCCUUGCUGUGCAGGGUCGGGGUCCACUUCCCAUCUUCAUGUCUGUCCAACCUUUGGACACCGGGAUGAGCUUGCCUACCCAAUCUGGUGAGUGAUAGCUCAUUAAAGGGGUUCUGUCACUUUUAUUAUUACAUAAUAUUUUGGGAUAUUUUGUUGUAUUUUCCCCCCAUAUUUAAUAGAUAUGUGUUUGCAAAGUCUUAAAGAAUAAGUUAAAAUGGCUCCGUCACCUCAAACGUGCCUUUUCUUAUUAUUUCCUCCUCUCUUCCUCUUUCAGAAUCUGUUCUUCUUUCCUUCAUUUAUAAUUUGUUUCUUUUUAAAAAAUAGAAAGGUAGGGACUUUAUUUUACGAACGCGUGACAAUUGUGACAAAAGGGUGGCGUUUAAAGCGAUACCGGCAUCCAUCCCAAAAAAAAUCAGUAUUUCAUACAAAAUAGAUUCUUUAUGAAAUGCUCAUUAUAACGGUGUUGGAAUUUAACUUAAAUUCACUGACAAUUCAACCCAUAUAGUAACAGCAAAGUAGCCCAGACACUCAAGGUCUUCAUACAUACAAGCUAGACAUCCAACCCAGUCAAGAGGUAUACAGAGAUAAAGUAGGGACUACUUUGUCUCUGUAGUUCUCUUCUGCCUGACUUUCUUUGACACAAGGUGACACAAGGGGGAGGCUAAGUGUAAAUCCCUGCAAUCGUCAACAGUGAUAGCUGCAGGGAAUUGGCUGUGUUUAUGAAGGAUACCACAGUCUUGCGGGAUCACCCAUAAACCUCAGUGCUGUAUGCUCGCACAUGCGUAAGAGUACAGCAGUGACGUCCGCGCCAAGGAUCACCACGCCGGACCAAGAUGGUGGGGCCCACGAGGGAAAAGUUCAGGUAAGAAAUCUCAUCUUUACCUACCCCCACUUUUCCAUUGGACCACCAGCAGCGAUGUCACCGUAGGGAGACUUUGCAAAUUCUCCAAAUGGUGACCGUGUCGCUUUAAGGCAAGCUCCACUUCCUUUGUCAAGUUUCAGGUGACACUGCUACUUUAAAUAUAGAAAUCCACAUCUUUCUCCUGCAGCUGAGAGCCUCCACCUUUGCUCCCUGUCAGUCAUUGUUAUAGGCUUUGUGUUUGACAUUGGCAGUCUGCGUAGAGAAAGCAUACAGAGGAGGAGAAACAGGAACUAUGAUUCUGUAUCUCUUUCUCUGAUGCAAUAUGUGUCCUGGUUGUGCCAGGGCUGACAUAUUAUGAUGUCAUAUACUAAAUCAUUACAAUACAUUUGAAAAACAAGUGAACAUCAGAUAACAAAAGUUUUUAACACUUUUUAAAAAGCGUAAACUCCAUAGAAGUGACAAUUCCAGUCUAGGAAAGUCUAUAUUAUGGCUUACGUACAAUUCAUUUAUAAUAGUUAGUCUUUCUAUGGUGGGAUUUGACUGAGCUCAAUGUUUUAUGCACACGAUACAUGCAAGAUAAAUAUAUCAUUUUAUCUAAGUGGUCAUUGUGGCAUCCCAUAAUUACUAGCGGUAGGUGGCAUGCUAGUUAUUAUGCAUAUGUGGGUGGGUACGAGCAGGCGGGUGUGGCAGCCAUAUUGUUACCAAACUUCAUGUCAACAUGAACUAUAAUUGUGUAUAGAUUGCUGUUCUGAAAGAAAAAAAACACAUGCAAAAUUAGAUUGUCAAAAUGACACUUUUUUUUAUUUUUCAUUUAUUUGUUGAUCCUUUAUAUAAUGGUAAUCAAAAACCUAUCACACAAACUCUGAACUAUUUGCAUAAACGCUAAACUCUAAUUUUUCUCACUUACAGUACGUAUUCUAAAAGUAGAUAAAUAAAAAUGUCUAAUACUCUACUUCUAUGCUUUUUAAGGUCCCUGAUGGUACUGCUAGCAGUUCAGUUUACUAAAAUUGGCUAUGGAACGUAAAAGGAAUGCCUGAAUUUGAAUAUAAUGCCCUCAUACAAUAGUGUCUCUGUAAAGUUAAUAGGGAUGUGACAGAUCUCAUUCACUCCUUCCUGACUGUAGGAAUGGUGAGAUAUUUCACUGUUUGGAAGGUGGUGAGGUUUAUAGCCUCUUUGUAGACAGUGAAUGGGUGGAAUGGUUUCCCGGCAGUGAAUUUUACUUGUCUACAUCGGGGUGUCCAAAAGGCAGAUCCCCAGUUGUUUGAAAACUACAAUUUCCUUGAUGCCUUGUCAUUCUAUAGGCAUGCAAAGGCACGCAACGUAUCAUGGCAGUUGUAGUUCUACAACAUCUGGGAUCCCCCUUUUUGGAACCCCUGGUCUACAUGUUCUGCAAAGCUAAUGAAAGUUAAAAUAUGUACACACAGUUUUAAAGGGAGAAGGAGUUAAGCUCUGUCAAUCUUCAAAAAAUGAUUUUUGAUGAUUUCUAUUUGUCAUUUUAACAUGUCACUAUGCUAAUCUUCCUCCGCAAGCCAGCUUGUAGCUCUCCAGUUGUUUCAGUGGUUAUGGUGCUUAGAGUGCCCCAUUUACAUCUCGUUGUAGUGGUUAUGGUGGUAAAAGUCUUGAACUCUGUCCCUCUUUUUUUCAAAUUAUUUUGGAGUAGUUUACCAAAACCAGGGCCCUCACCAGUAUCUACACUGUCCAACCGAAACUGCAGUGAUAGGCUGGGGUGGGUUAGCCUUUUGAAACUAAGGCUUUUAACGCCAUUUGGUUGAAAUAUCUUUGUUCUAUACUGCUAUGAAUGUCAGAUGAUUCAAUAGAUGAGAAUUUGUACCUCUUCCCUCUUUUAUUUCGGUGUGUGUGUGUGUGAGAUCCAUUUUUACUUACUACAUUAAGUGUGACAUUGCUGGCAGCUUACAUCAGUUGAAGUUUUGUAUUAUUCCUAAUCUUUCUAAAACUUACUUGAUUAGUCUAGAUUUGUAUAGCCCCAGUCCUUUCAGAUGGCAAUCUGCCAUUGCAGAUAAGCAAAUAGAAUGAGGGUUACAAGUAUUUAAUACUUGGUACUAAACAAGCACUUUAAUGAGUUUAAUGAAACGGUUUCUUUUGUUUUAUUGUAUAUUUAUUUUUUAUGGCAGAACGACUGUGGUUUCAAAACCGAAAGUGGCUUAGUAAGUGCCAUAACCACUGCAGUUUAUUGUAGUAGUUAUGGUGUGAGGAGCCUUUUUGGUUUGAUUAAAACAGGGCACGACUUCUGCAUGGGAUGUUAUAGUGAACUGCAUCCCUUCUAAUGUGGCGAUAUUGCCAUUGACCUUUUCAUCAUUGACCUAGACCACCUACAUCAUUGUAACAUACCAAACAAGAAAAAAGAAAGCCGUCUACAGGCAAUGGCUGUCUAAAAAAUAGACUAGACCACUUAGCCUGUAGAUGGUCACACUUUAUAAGACACUCCAGUUGUGUCUUGGGUCAUAACCCCUGAUUAAUAAAACUAUAAAAUACUCAAAAUAACUAGUACCCGAGUAUCCACUGGAAUAAUGAAUAGUAAUGAUUCUAUACAAAGUGAGAUAUAGAGAUAUAUAUAAUGAGAAAAUACAAUAAAGGAAAAUGGGUCAGGUGAAAGUAGAAAAUAACUGCGUAAUGGCAAAAAACUCCCUUCCUAAUGUCUCUAAAAGUAGAUACUGCAGUACACAGGUUUAGACUUUAAUAUAUAAUGCUUCAUAGGUCAAUAUCUGUGACUGCAGGCUGGUAUCAAUACAUCCAAAGAAUAUAUAAGAGACAUUAAGGACUUGCAUUUACCUAGUAAGUCUCAAGCUGUGGCAUUAUAUAAGAUAUAAUACUAAACUAAAUGAAAGAAAGGAAAAUCCCCUAAGGGCGUUCCUAAACUGGCAAUGAAAGAAAAAUUGACAAUAAAAGUAAAAAAUACCCACAAGUCCUAGGAAGUAUAGUGUAUAAAAUAAAGGAAAAAAAAAUAAAAAUAAAAAAAAAAAAAGCGAUAGCUCCUAAUAUGUGGCAUAUUAUAUAACAGAUCCAUUUGUGGAUAUAUUUUGUCUAUUCAAUAAUUUUGGACUUAGUUUAUAUGUGGCAGUUAUUAUGAUAGAUACUACUCUUAAUACAUUUUAUUUUUUGGAUUAUUUUAUAUCCAAUAUAUAGUAUCUAUUUAUACUCUUCUGCUUAUUCAGUUACUUAUGUCCCAAUAUGCUAGCAAUUGAGUACAUGGCAGUUAACAUUAUAGAUACUUUUUUGAUACAAUUUACUGAUUGAAUUAUUUUCAAUAGAUCCCACAUAUAGUAUCUAUUUAUAAUUUUCUGCUUACUCAGCCUCUAAUGUUCCAAUAUGCUAGCAAUUUAGUAUUAUAUCUUAUAUAAUGCCACAUUUUGAGACUUACUAGGUAAAAGCAAGUCCUUAAUGUCUCUUAUAUAUUCUUUGGAUGUAUUGAUACCAACCUGCAGUCACAGAUAUUGACCUAUGAAGCAUUAUAUAUUAAAGUCUAAACCUGUGUACUGCAGUAUCUACUUUUAGAGACAUUAGGAAGGGAGUUUUUUGCCAUUAGGCAGUUAUUUUUUACUUUCACCUGACACAUUUUCCUUUAUUGUAUUCUCUCAUUAUAUAUAUCUCUAUAUCUCACUUUGUAUAGAAUCAUUACUAUUCAUUAUUCCAGUGGAUACUCAGGUACUAGUUAUUUUGAGUAUCUUAUAAUCAUUGUUACAUAGCUUUUGAUAUUGGGAAAAUUCAGUAUCUUAAAAAAAAAAAAAAAUAAUAAUAAUUUUUUAAAUCAAACCCCCAUUGGUGUUGAUAGGGGGUGGGUUGAGAAAAAUACAUACGGUUCUCAAGCCAUUUUGUAAAUGGGGACCUACUCAGACUCAAGCGGAUGUGGAGGGGGCAGAUCUGAACGCAGAUCUGAACGCCGGACAGAAGACUUUGGGGUUAAAUCAUUACUUCAUAGUUUAACCCCUGAAAGUAACCUGACACCACGGACCUCCAGGCAACAUAUUAACUUCCUCUUGAUUAAGUUGUCAUGGUGCCCAAGUGUUCUUAUAGCUGUUGAUGAAUCCAGAGCACAGAGCUUUUAAGAACAUGAACAUAGAUGAUGGUUUGGUAACAGGGAAAACUGUAAAAUUGAGAAAAAUGGAAUACUACAACGGUAACUGCCCAGAAGUAUUUGCAAGAAAUUCCUGCAUGUAGAAGAAAAGUAUGUGUACCAGUGUACAUAUCUCAUAGUAUGUAAUGACAUGAAUGGGACAAAAGGCUCAACAGAGCGAUGGUGCUAAGUUGCUAUGGUUACACGGAAAUGGAUUUUACCUGGCUGUGCCCACUGGCUGCAAAGAAGUGGGUUUGCUAUGGCGAACAUGAGCGUGUGCUUUCAGACAGAGUAAAGACACAAUGCAAUAUAUGAGGUCACAUCCUCCCAGUACUCUUAAGUCUGUACACUGCACAGCAGUGUAAGGUAGACCUGAAGCAGUCACUGGUGCAGAAAGAAACAGGUCCUCCUCUGCUGGAUACCAGGACAACUACCCUCUCACAGCAACAGGACAAAUGUGAGGGUGAAUAGGGAGGCGGGGUAGUUCUAUGUUUAGGAGUUACAGUCCUUAUCUGAGAGCAUAUAGAUCCAAUCUCAGCAUUAAUUGACAGGUGGGAAAGGGACCAAACUCUUAAAGGGCAAUAAAUAAAAAUCUAUAGGUUUGCUAGCAUUUUUACUAGUACAGUGUACAUAUGGAACUAGUUGCCGUUUAAUUUAAGCUAAUGUUGUGCUUGGCAUGACAGGCACACUUCCUUUUUUGUUGUUUGUUUUGUUUAGAUUACAUCCUACCCCCCCUUUUAAAGUUAGAAAAAUAGAAGUAAAAGAAGAAAAUAAACCAUUAAAUUGAUCUGUAAUCAGUGAUGGGACAUUCUUCAUUGAAGGAAUGUUAAACUCAGUGCUUCUCUGUGAGAGACAUUAACAGAGUUCGGCUUCAUCAUGCUGUUCAUAAUGACACAGAAUAUGAAAUAUAUUACAUUUUUUCAAAAUGUGUAUUUUUUUCUGUAAACCUGUGAGACCUGUUCGCUCCUGCUAGGAGUCUUCAUUAGCUUUCCUGAGCUAAGCCCUGCAGUGCACGACGAGAGCAUCAGCUGCAGUGGAAUGGUCCUUUAAGAUGUGAGGUUUUGGUCCUUAGAAUAUUCCUUUAAACUUACUGCUGGCCAUAUCAACAAUACUUUCAUCUUGCUAAAUUGUUAUAAUUUUUGCUACAGUCAUAAAAUAUUUUCGCCUUCAUGGGAAACUCCAAGUCUGUAGAAAACACCCUAUAUCCCAACCUCAAAUGGCCAGCAGGGUGAGGGGGUGUGGAACUGGGCUAUUCUGGGAAUUAAACAAACACAUUUCUAAAUACAGUGUACAGCUUUGUAAUAUCCUCCUAUAUACAUAAAGGUCUGAACAACCAGGCAAGAGAAGGAGACCUAUUUCAGAGAUAUAUUAGGAUCCUGAGGAACUUGGACGUUUUGUUAGUAAAUAACUAACUCUGCAUGUUUUCUACAUUUUCACAGAGCAUGUGAAACAAAUGAGAGCAUACACAAUCUAUGUAUAUAUAUUAAUAAAUCUCUAACCGGGAUUGAAAGCAAUGUAAGUUCAAACACAGAAAUGAAAGAUAUUCAAUAAACAAAUUAUUUUAAUAAUAGAUUCAAAUAAGAAUAUAGAUUGCAAAACAGUUAAAAAAUAAAUAAGUACAACAACUAAAACAACUCUGUCACCUUCUGGGGUCAUUGGAUAUUUUGCAAAGACCCCAAUAACGAUAUUGCCACUUGCUUCUCAGUAGUCCGAGAGCCUUCAUCUGCCAAGAGUGCACAUCAGCGCACAUGCAUAGACCAUGCCCUUUUUCCUCACAGCUAUCAUUAGUGACACGUGGAAUUGACAAAACUUGACAGUGAAAACUCUGCGUUUGUCAACUUUUGUUAAAGGACCACUAUAGGCACCCAGACCACUUCAGCUUAAUUAAGUGGUCUGGGUGCCUGGUCCAGCUAGGGUUAACCCUUUUUUUAUUUAUAAACAUAGCCGUUUCAGAGAAACGGCUAUGUUUAUAAAUGGGUUAAUCCAGCCUCUAGUGGCUGUCUCAUUGACAGCCGCUAGAGGGCUUCCGUGCUUCUCACUGUGAUUUUCAGUGUGGACUGGCUGAAUGCGCGCGCAGCUCCUACCGCGCAUGCGCAUUCAGGUGGAGAGAAGGAGGAGAGCUCCCCGCCCGGCGCUGGAGAAAGAGGUAAGUUUAACCCCUUCCUCCCCCCUCAGCGCCACGGGAGUGGGACCCUGAGGGUGGGGGCACCCUCAGGGCACUAUAGUGCCAGGAAAACGAGUAUGUUUUCCUGGCACUAUAGUGGUCCUUUAAGUGUAGGAAACAUGCAUAAAACAUAGUCCCUACUUUGUCUCAUGAUUUUACUGUAUUUAAAUUAUGGUGUUAAAGUUACAGGGAACCCACACUCUUUUUAAGGUGCAAAACCAGACCUGAGGCUGGCAGACCCAAUACAUAAGUAGAAAAUGCAAUAUGGUCCAGGCACUCAAGGGUAAUAAGGAGGCAGAUUUAUUGAACAUUCAGUGCAAGAUUGAUAAAGAUCUAAUUUGAGGUCAAAACUUUGCUGCUGUUAGUUCACGGACUGAAUCUUCAAUAAAACUGUAUUACCCUUGAGAGCCUGCAUCAUCUUGCAUUUUCCACCUAUGUCUGAAUGCCCCUUUCCUAGCUGCUUGAGACUAUUCCAGCUUUGUACUAAAUUAAUUUAAAUAAAACAAAAGGUUUAAGAUACUCUAGAUCUAGAAUGGAUAGUUUUCCCCAUGAGUAAAUAUAGCUUAGACCAUCACUUUGUCACUCACAGACAUCUCUAAGCACAGCUAUCAUGGAGUUAAUGCCUGGCUGUCAAUAAGUUAGGAAGACCCACUCAAGCCUAUUCUUUUAGCAUAUCGGACUGAUCCCACACACGGACAGUCUGCAAAUUAUGUGCAGACAGAUCAGCAGAGAUAAAGUGUCCCCAGACCGUGUAGGCUUCCUUUGUGAAGCCACAAGUUGAGACCUCUUUAGUGGUUUACUCGCUAUAGGAUAUACUAUUAAAGGACCACUAUAGGCACCCAGACCACUUCAGCUUAAUGAAGUGGUCUGGGUGCCUGGUCCAGCUAGGGUUUCAGAGAAACUGCUAUGUUUAUAAAUGGGUUAAUCCAGCCUCUAGUGGCUGUGUCCUGACAGCCGCUAGAGGCGCUUGCGUGCUUCUCACUGUGAUUUUCACAGUGAGAAGACGCCAGCGUCCAUAGGAAAGCAUUGUAAAUGCUUUCUUAUGAACUGGCUUAAUGAGCGUGCGGCUCAUGCCGCGCAUGCACAUUCAGCCGAUGAUGUCGCUAUGGAGGAGGAGGAGAGGAGGAGGAGAGCUCCCCGCCCGGCGCUGGAGAAAGGUAAGAUUUUAACCCCUUUCUCUCCCCCGAACUUGGCGGGAGUGGGACCCUGAGGGUGGGGGCACCUUCAGGGCACUAUAGUGCCAAGAAAACGAGUAUGUUUUCCUAGCACUAUAGUGGUCCUUUAAGGUUUUGAAUGUUCAUGGUGAAGGUCUUCCAAAUUGACAAAGAUUAUAUGACUGAUCUAGUCUGAACUUUUAACAUUGAGAGUUCCACACUUGCCCCUACAUAUACAGUGAAAUAUUUGGCAUGAUAAUCAGCCACUUGGGUUUAAAUUUGAGAUCAGGUUCUAAUGGCUAAAGCAGUUUUGUUGUCUUAGUUGCAUCCUUAACGCAAAGCUAUAAAGCAUCUCAUUGUAACUGUACUAACAGUGGCUGUCUGUUAUGGAGGAUAUGCUGUUUGCUUCACAUGUUAAAUAUAUGUCCCAGAGAUGAGUUCUGUGUUAAAUAACAGGGUUCAGCUAAACAUAUAAACACAGCUUACACCAUCCUUGUUGCAGGUCUUAAUUCCCGUCUUGAUGUAUUUGUAUCGGCAUUUUUCAUAAGGAAUUGCCUUAAUGCUAAUAGAACAGUAUUUAUCAAACAGCAACUAGCCUUGUAUGUUCCCUACCAUGGCUGCUCGCAAACUAAUGCCAAUCUCCAGCCAAAUGCACUAAACUGGAUCGACGUAGUCUUGAACCAAGAUAGCCAAGUACAAAUAAGCUGUGCUAUUUAUGAGAAUAGUCUAGGUCAUUGACUGCGUAAUCUUAACCGUCUUGUAGAUUUGAUGGUGGGGUUCUACUCCCAUAACCUGGAACUAUGAAAAGUUAACCCUAAAACAAGUGACUCAUUUGGUGUUUACUAACCAUAACAAUCUUUGUUUCGAUGUGAACUCUCUUAGCCAAAGGAGUAUCGGCCAUCUAAAACAGCAUUGUGGGGAGAGCUUACAUUUUGGUUGGGUUUAAAAAGAUGUGCAUGCAUUUGGUAGAUGGUGGGCUAAGGGAAUUACUGGAGUGGGAUAAUAUGUAUGGUCAUGUAUUUUGGCAAUGAUGAAUUUAGCCUCUGGUAAGCAUUUACUCUGAAUUUCUGUAGUGCUCCUACUUCGCUGUCUUUAGAUGAAGUUCUAUUUUUGAAAUAUCACCAUGUGCCUAUCUGCACAUAUACAAUUUUUAAAGUACACUAAAAUAACCCAAUGUCGGCAGGGUUUGGUGGUGUUUACACAUGUAGCAGGGUUACAUGAGGAUAAUGUGAUGUUUCCAAAUAGCCUCUUGCUUCUAGCUCAUCUAUUGCAAAACUUAAAGGUAAAUUCAUUCCACUGCCCAAAUUAAAAUAAAACAAAUCACUAUUUCAUAGAUAUACCCCCAAUGUAAACUUGCAUGCAUUUAAGCAUGCACUUUUUUUUUCAAUUUGGGGAAUAUCUCACUACAGUUUGCAAAAGCUGCAGGUCUCUUGUCUUCAGCCUUUUCAAGCCCUUCCCCUUUUCCCCCGCACAGACUUUCUGUGGCUGUCCAAUCACAGACCUCUUUGCAAGAUAGGUGCUCUGAGCAAUUGCUGCCUCUUGGGUUUAGCUCCACUGAGCUAAUCAAACCAGGAAGUAACAGGAUCUGUUGUUUGAUCAAAAGCCGGGUUGUAACAAGGUUGGUUUAUAAAUGUGUCAAUCUCUACUUUAUAUAAAAUGAAAAUGAGGACUCCGUCUUAAUACAUAAAGCAGGGGUAAAGAUGAGUAUUUGAACUUUUAAGACGUUUUAAUGUAAGUUUAGCUUAUUUUAGAUUAUUUGAUAAUAUUCACAAUGUUACAUAGUUACAUAGGCUGAAAAGACAUCCAUCAAGUUCAGCUUUUCUCAUAUCUGUUUUUGCUGUGGAGGAAAAAGAAAACAAUAAUGUCCUUUUAACCUGAAACGGACAACCUGCAUGCUAUAUGAAUGAAAGUGUCCCUUUAUUUUAUACUUCCCUAUAAAAUACCAAUAACUUGUGAUUUCAAAAUGGCACAUAUAGUCCACAUUGGGUACCAGUCUUUUGCCAUCUUCCCAUCUUACUUAAACUCGCUUGUCUUUCCUAUUUUUAUCUUACAUUUGGGUCGGAUCCACAUAAGCCUGUUGGAUGUUUUUUGUUUUUUUCUGCUUCACUUUCACCCUUUAUCCAUGUUCCUGUCUUAUCACACAGGUUUAUACACUGAACUUUGAAUUGUAAUGAACUGAAUAACAAAAUCCAGGUUAAAAUAGUUGUCUUUGAGAAUUCUUUUAGCCAAACUCAAAGCUUGACUCUACUAUUGGUGCAAUAUGAAGCUUUUUUUCCCCCGUAUUAUAUAUAUAUUUUUUUUAAUCUUCAUGUGUUAAUCUUUUGGUAUACCUUCUCUCCAUUUCUCCUCUAACCACAUUGCUCACAGUCUCGCCUCAUUAGCAAUUGAUGUCUUCUGCUCACCUCUCUUUUUCUUCUCUCCUUUCAUCGUGCUUCAAUCUAUCAUUCUCAUUUUUAUUUCAUUCACCUGUUACUUUAUGUAUUUGUGCUGUGAAUUCCCCUCUCUUGCCUUCACAUUGUGUCUUUAACUCCAUAUUCUUCUCCCUACUGGGCUCUAGGGAAGCGUUCACCCUUUGCAAGUCCUUUAUUUAGUCAUACACCACGGUGAACAUGAGAUCUGUGUCCCGAAUGGCACAGAUCUUCCUCCGCUGCUCUUUCUGUUCGUUAUGAUGCCAUAUCCAUAGCCUGACAUUCUGACAGAGCAGGAUGGCACCAAGAUCUCCGAGAUCUCUCUUUCUCUGCAUUCACAGAACUCCAAGUGAUAGACCAAGUGCACCAAGACAUUUCUCAGGCUUCCUACCCAAAAAAAAAUGUAAUUGAAGAGAGAUCAAGAGGCAAAUAUAAACAUACAAGGUGUGUUUCUCCCAGGUGUGUUGCCUGAUGAUGUAAUAAAUAUAUCCACGUGCCUAUUAUUUGGACUCUAGUUUUUAUUUCACCAAUAAAGUUCCAUGAAAUUCCAUUAUAAUGACCCUGUUCCAUCACAAUUUCCAUGCCCCUUGUAGAUUUAACACCACAUUUAACAGCUGGAUGUGUGGAUAAUUCCCCUGCAUUUCCCACUCUUCUCACUAGAGGCCAGCACUUGAAGGGAAAACUGCAUUUGAGUUUACCGGUAUAUAUGCAUGUCAUUGUAAGUGUAUGUGUGUGAUUGAUAGGGUUCGUAGUGUCUACUAUUUUAUGUAGAACCACCUGAUCUCAAUGGUAUUGGGAAAUAAACAAUUUCACUAUAUUAAUUUAACAGAAUUGCUAGCAAAUACAGACUCAUUGUACUGUGCUGGUUAAAGGGACACUACCGUGACCCUUAAUGUUUUUAUUUUUUGCUUGUGUGUUUGUUUGUUUGUUUUAGAAACCAAAGUAUUUACAAUACAGUGCUAAGUCCACCGCUAGUGGCUGUCAUACUGACAGACAUUAGAGGUGCUUCUCCUGCUCUGACCAUGUCAAACUCGGUCAAGUGAUGCAGAAGCCCACAGGAAAGCAUUGCAUACAAUGCUUUUGUAUGAGAAAGCUUGAUUGUGCUCAUGGUGCUCACUGCGCGCGCAGAUUAGGUCCCCAGUGCGCAGGGAGGUGUGCAGCACUGAACCGAGCCUCAGCGCUUGGGAAAAGGUGAGUAUAUCCUGGCGCUUGCUUACAAAUCCCUACAUAAUGCUGCUCCAACAUACUUAUCUUCCCUCAUACACAAGUAUGUCCCGUCGAGACCCCUGCGCUCAGCCCAAGACCUACGCCUAUCCUCUGCCCGGUUCCCCACCUCUGAUGCUCGCCUUCAAGACUUCUCCAGGGCUGCACUUAUUCUGUGGAACUCCCUUCCCUCCUUAAUCAGACUUUCACCCAGCCUCCACUCCUUCAAAAAAUCUUUGAAAACUCUCUUCUUCAUUAAAGCGUAUCAAUUAAACUGUCAGCAGGUUUCUCAUCCCCCACCCCAUGACUUCUUUCCUGCAACUGUCAAAAAUGACCUACCAAGCACUCAAUAAACCCUUCUCUAACAAACUAUGUAAUUCCCCUACUUUAACCCUUUGUGUCACUAUACCCCACUCCCUCUAGCAUGUAAGCUCAUCGAGCAGGGCCCUCAACCCCCUCUGUUCCUGUACGUCCAGUGGUCUGAUCUCAAUUAUGUGUCUGUUAGUCCUCCCAUUGUACAGCGCUACGGAAUUUGUUGGCGCUAUAUAAAUAAUAAAAUAAUAAUAUAAUUAAAAUGUAAAAUUUUUAUGGCAAACUGAGCGGGACCUUCAUAGAUCUAUGGACAAGGACAUUGUAGCAUUAGGAAAUACAGGUUUGUGCUCCUAAUGCUGUAGUGUUCCUUUAAUAAGCUAAAGGGAAAAACGAAAUUUUCCGGGAUAUCACAUUCUUACGUGGUGCUCAACAGUAUGCAUGUGAGUCCAUGAAUAUCUAGUGGAACUGGAACAUUUAAAGGAAACCUACUGGACAGAGGUCAGAGAAACAGACGGAUCUUAUAGUCCUGAAAAAAAUUACUAUUUUAUUUGUUGUUAAGUUUAAUAAAGUUAACUUGCCUAGUUUCCAGCGCCCAGACUUCUCUGCUGCUGCCGCCGUCCGUUCAGCCUCCGUCUUCAUCAGCAAGCCAGCUGACGUCUCCCGUAUUCUCAUCCAAUAGACAAGAGAAGCAUAGGGGAAGAGAUAUGAAUGCGCGACAAAAAGCAACGAAUGCCCAAUCAAAUACUCUCAUGCUCUGAUCAGCAUUUGAUUGAAAAAACAAUUCUGACUUGGUUCUCACAGAGGAAGCUUCACUGGUGACUGUCAGGAAGAUAGCCACUAGAGUUGUGUUUAACCUUGCAAUGAAAAUAUUGAGGUUUCUAUAGAACCGCAAUGUUUUACAUUGCAUGGUUUAAACACAGGUACACUGCACCCAGUCCACUUCAUUGAAAUGAUGUGGUCUGAGUGCCUAUAGUGUCCCUUUAACGUUUCUUCAAUUACAUCUCCCAUAAACAUCCACCAAUCAAUUUGCUUUCCUUGUGGCCGGGCUAGGUUUAUGCAAAAGAUAGACAUCACUUUGGACUCAUUCUGCCCCCUAGUUUUCUUGGAAUAAUUUAAGUUUGUUCUUAAACAGAAAUAACAUGACAUGAUAUUGCAGCAAUAAACGGGCUCAGAUGUCUGCCUAUUGGAUUUAUAUGAUUGGGAGGUAUUGCCAUUAGAAACUCAGCCUCGUAGUCAAGAAUGCUUGAAUUCCAAUAAAUGUUUGUUAAAGUGUAUUACAAAACAGUGUGUUCCACUGAGAAUUUAGGACAACAUAGCCAACUGAAAAAAUAUUCUGUUCAUCAUAUAUCCAGAGACACUGUCACACGUGGGUUUCAGCACAACCUGUUCACUAACUAAAAAGUUAGCUAACUGUUUCCUUUUUAAAUACUGUUUAUUCGUUUUUAAUUCACAUCAAAUGCUUGGCUGUUGUAACUGAGCCAGAGCAUAACAUGCAAAUAAUUUUAGCUGCCAUAAUGUUAACGUGUGGGAGCCGUGAGGUCACAUGUGUGCCUACAGAACUUUUGAAAGAAUGCCCAUUUUUUUCCACUCAAUAAAUAAUCUCAAAGCCCUCGAAGUGUUCAAACUACAGGCAGGUUCAUUGGAUCAAAAGUAGCAGAGCAACAACGUUUCACCCUAAUAAGAGGUUGAUAAAGAUGUCUUAGGUUGAAACGUAGUUGUUUUGCUACUUUUGAUCCAAUAAACUUGCCAGCGCUUUCUUCUCUUGCCUUAUCGUUGUGGGAUUUGCUGGUCCUGCUUCAGUGCACCUAAUGUAAACGGGAAUUAAGUGCGGUUCCUUUUUGAUUUUGAUUAAAAAAAUAUUUUUUUUACUGAAGUCUCAUUGGGAAAACCUCUUUUUUGAAGAGUCCUGUUAAUAGAAAACUGUAAGCACCAAAGCCACUACAGUGCACUGUAGUGGUUAUGAUGCUGGAGUGCCCCAUUGUAAGUAGUCUAUACGUUUUAGAAUGGGCACCGUGACCCGUCUCCUUUACAGCUCAGUGGGAGACAGAAACCUCUCUUCACUGAAUUGGUUAGGAGCUAUCAGCUAAUGCCGUCAGGUGGUUUAGAAGCGUCUGGUCAUUCCGCCACACUGACGAGUAAGUCUGUGCCAGGGAAGAAGAGGGGACUUGUAGUAGCUGGGAAUUUCCAAAGCUGAUCUUGUCAACCAUGUGUAUCCGAAUGACAUUUCCUUGGAAGAAACAAUUAUAGAAUAGAUAUCCAAGGCUGCUUUUUAGUUUUGUGUUUUGGUGACAAAAUAUUGAUUUCAUAUAUUUAGAAUCCUGCUUUGAAUAUUUGGCUAUGAGAUAUUAUUGUUCCUGAAUUGUGGUAAAACGCCAUAUUGUGUUUAUAGCACAUACCUAAGUGCCAGUGACUCUCAUGUUGUAUACAUUGAUUUUGUGCAUUUCCCCUUCACAAUAUGAAUUCAUUUGGGACCUGUACACAUUGUACAGCAUAUGUAAUAUGUAUAAGUAGCUAUGUGGAAGGCUGUUAUAGGAUUACACAAAAAAGUACUUUAAGUAGAAUAGAACUGAGUGGAGCCCAGUAAGUGGCCAUUAUUCUCCCAGGAAGGGAUUGCUGUUGCCAUGGAGGUUUGCAGAAAAUGUUGGAGUUCCGUUGGCUCUCACUCAAAAUAAAUCACAGAUUGCUACUGGCUUCAAGGAUUUAGAAACUGUAUUCCUAGUUGGAAUCCUAUGAUUUAUAUAAUUAUCCCAUCUUAAAAGUGAGCUGGUUGUCCAUAUCAGUUCUGUAGGCAAUUUGCCAUAAUGCAUUAGUUCCAUGCCCCAUGCUUGUAUGAAUUUCUUCUCAUAUGUCUUGCAUGGCACAAUUUGUAAAAUGAAGAAUAAGUAAAGAGGAGAAAAGGGGGGUGGGGGGGAAUGAAAAGCUCUACUCGACUACAACCAUCUCCCAACUGUCUAGAAUUAAGCUCCCGUAUCAAAAAUUCUAGCGGUGAGAUUGUAAUGAUGGUAAGUAUGUCUGUUUGACGAGUACCAAAGCCCAGGGUGGGAGCCUCAGGUAACCAAUUUAGGAUGGAUAGUCCCUAUUUUAGGUCCAAAUCAUUUUGUACCUCUUUUGUGCCUUAAGGUCCCUCUUUUCUAGACAGAUCAUUAACACCCCAUAAUGUUUUGAACCUACAGUAAAUGUGUUUAGAAAUCAGUCAAUGUAAAUAAGAUACAUUGUUCCUGUUCUAAAUUACAUUUUAGUUGCAGAAAUUGUUACCACUAAAUUACCUAAAAUGUCUCAGACAGGUCCCAAAUUAAAGUGUCCCUCUUUGUCCAUUUGAAAUGUUGGGACGUGUGGUGUUGGUAUAAUUUUGAUGAGUCCCUUCACUUUUGGUAAAAUAGUUUUCAAAUAGUUUGUCAAAAAAUAGGCUCUCCUAACACCCAAACUCUGGCCUCUCUGCGAGGACAGGUACAAUAAGGAACUUCAUUAACUUCUCUACAUAUCUCAAAACAGAAUGCACGUGUUAUGGUUGAUUAUAUAUUUCCUACCUAUUCUAUGUUAAACUUUGUGUAUAUUGUGUAUAAACCCCUUAAGGACACAUGAUAUGUGUGACAUGUCAUGAUUCCCUUUUAUUACAAAGGUUUGGUCCUUAAGGGGUUAAAGGGCCACUAUAGUGUCAGGAAAACAUACUCGUUUACAUACUCCUUGGGUCCCCCUCACUCACUGGGCCCCCCUCCCGCCGGGCUCUAGGGUGAGGAAGGGGUUAAUCCCUUACCUUUUCUCGAGCACCCGGCUCCCUUGGCGCUGGUGAAACUCCUCCUCCUUUCCGUGUCAUGCUGAAUGCGCAUGCGCGGCACAAGCCACGCGCGCAUGCAGUCAGUCCAUAGGAAAGCAUUCUCAAUGCUUUCCUAUGGACGCUGGCAUCUUCACACUGUGAAAAUCACAGUGAGAAGCGCCUCUAGCGGCUGUCAAUGAGACAGCGACUAGAGGCUGGAUUAACCCAUAGGUAAACAUAGCAGUUUCUCUGAAACUGCUAUGUUUAAAGCAGGCAGGGUUAAUCCUAGAUGGACCUGGCACCCCGACCGCUUCAUUGAGCUGAAGUGGUCUGGGUGCCUAUAGUGGUCCUUUAAUAUUGUUUUUGUAUUUUAUUGUACCAUAAUGUAUCAAUGCAAUGUUUUGUGGACCCAGAACAUACUUGAAAAUUAGAGAAAUCUCAAUGUAUCUUUCCUGGUAAAAUAUUUUAUAAAUCAAUAAAUAAAUAAUAUUUGUACAAAUCGGUGUGCAUUCUUGUACAAAAAUCAGAGGGGGCAUCCUUAUAACAAACAACUGUAGGGCCUUUGGACGAUUUUAAAAGUGCAUGUAUGAUCUUAAAUAGCCAUUUUAAACAUGUAGCAUUUGCCCUAGUUGUUCCCAAUAUAUCUUACGUUACACAUUUUAUAUAAUGUUUAAAGCCUGUUAUUUUUAGUUUCAGUGACAGGUUCACUUUAAGAUGCAAAGUUUACAUAAUCCCAACAGAGACACUAUCCAAGCAUAAAUUCAACCCUUCUCAUCCCAAAAUAGCACUUACACAACAUCGAGAAUAGGGAUUUACAGGCAGAAUUCUUCCUAUGCAGCCAUUACCGUGGUAAAGAAGUGUGCUGAGUGCUGAUUAACUGAUUUCCUCGCAUGACGCGUCAUUGAAGUGAAAACCAACUGCUCUGAUCUCUGCAAAAGUGCAAAUUUGUACUGACCCCUUCCCUGAAAGAGACAGGCAGAGUUGUUAAGGUUGGUCUGAUUAACAUGUCAUUAACAACUUAAAGGUGAAAUUCUGUCCAUUAACUGAGCACUCUACUGUGUUAACAAAAAGAUCUGUCAUUUCCUUUCCUCUUCAGUAGUUCUAAGUAUGGUGAAAGCCACAAAAAACAUUCCUGUAAUCAAUGCAGUCUCCCUGUGUCACAUGAUCACGGGCUCUUAUUAUUCAGACCCGUAAAAAUUAAGAAAGGGGAGAAAUGUCAUGUGAUUUUAAUAUUGCAAUCAGGAAGGGAAGCCGAUGAGGUAAAAUCGUUUCUACAUUUACACAAUAAUUUGAAAACGGGUUUAUAUUUGAAGCCUCGCCCCAGCAUAUAAAAAGAACUAAGAACGUUCUGCUUUAAAUUGUCUUAGCAUCGUGGGAGAUGGAGUCCACAUCAGCUGGCGUGAUAAAGUUAAAGGGCUACCCAACCACCAUGACCACUUCUGCUUUUAGGGAGUCUGUAUGUGCAGUGUUUCUGCUUAAAAUGCUGCACUUACAGAGAUAUUUACAUUUGGGUGCCUGGGGUUAGUUGCACGUAGGCAGCUGGUAAUUCUGUUGCGCCCUACAUAAUGUCAGUUCUGUGCAAAAAACACAUCUGUUUUCAACGUGCCGGCAAAUGGUGGCAAUUUGCUUCUCCCCUCUCAGCACUGCCUGCAAGGUAAAACCGUGAUUAUUCCAUCUUUUCUACCUCCCUGCCGCCCUGCAUUGAUCAUAGUUUAAUUUUUUUUUUUAAUUCCCUCGCCUACCUGGCUCAGAGGGUGUGAAUGUGCUCUGAGCCGGUGGAAUGGUCCAAUUAAAUGUUGAUGCUACUCUAAACAUUUUUUCUUACUUUUGAGAUUUUGGUGUGCCUUUUGACCUUGGAUGGAUUCGGAUAGCCCUGUUGUAACAUACUUUAAUCCGCUUUCUUGGUGAGAAAGCCUUGCAUGCUGCUCAUUCCACACAUUCUUCAAUGCCUAAUGAGACUGCUUUUGUGUCUGGUGGAGGUAACACAGAGGUAAAAAUAUAAAUGAUGAAAAUUAGCUCAGUGUGAAGAAGGAAACAAAACGAUAAAACAGUUAUUUCAUGUUUGGGUUUUCACAACACAUUUUAUAAAAUUGUCAUUUACAAAAACAAAAUAAUUUGUACUGUACAACAGCAAUGUUUUCAGUAGCAUAUUCAAAAAAGGUUCGACAUGGCCACUUGAUUUUGAUCGUGGUCUGGGUGCCUAUUGUGUCUCUUUAAGACGAAGGGUUAAAUACCUGUCCGCAAAUGCUAUAGGGGUAUUUUUAUUAUUAUACAUGGGAUUUACUGCAAGCCUGAGUUCUAAAUUAGACCUAUCUGCUUCCAGUAGUAGCAAACCAGUCAAAGAUCUCAUCUCAAUAUACUGCUGAGACAGCUCUAACCAAACUGACCAACAAUUUGAUUGAUUACUUUACUCUAAUUCUUCUUGAUUUUUCUGCUGCUGUCGACAUUGAGGAAUAUCAGCUUCUUUUUCUCGCCCUCUGCAAUCUGAGUUGACACGACUACUUUUUCAUCGUUCUUAUCUUACUUCUACCAAUACUCAUUCAAUGUAUUUUUUUCCUGGUAUAUCCACCUCACCCUACCUCUUUUAAUCGGCAUUCCCAAGGAUUUGUUCUGUUUUCACUAUGCACAACUUCUCUGGGUGAUCUGAUCAUUUACUUUGGAUUCCAGUGUUACGUUUCUGAUUGCUUACACCCAAACCUACCACAUUUCUCUUGACCUCUCUCAAUUCCUCCCGUAACAUGCCACCAGUUGCCUCUCCUCUAUUUGUGACUGGAAGAGUGGCCAUUUUCUGAAACUCAUCCUUUUAAAAGUAUAAAAUCUCUUCCUGCAAAUUCUCGUCUCUUUCUGCACCUUUCCCUUCAGGUCUGUGGUACUGACAUUAAUUCUUCUUUAGACUCACUGACUCGUUACCAGGGUUGUCCUCCUGCAAUCCAUAAUGAAUGCAACUGCCCACCUUCUCUUCCCACUGUCCGUCAUUACUUUGGUCCCUCUAUACUUUGUAAUUACAGGUAAAGGUCUCCAUGACAGUUUACCGAACUACCUGUCUUCACAAAUCUAUUUCAUCACAUCCUCUCCACUCUACUGAUGGAUUGAAUACUUACUUUGAGAAGGUACAUCAACUAGCAAGUUAAAUGAACACAUGAAACCCCUAAAACACGUCAGCUUGCUAAAUAUGUUUAGGAGUUCACAGUGUUUCCUCUUUGUCAUUAAUCAGCACUUUUUUAUAAAGUGACCAGAUUGCAGCCGCUUGGCUUUCACUCAGACAGCACUAUCAGAAGACAAUACUACUAAUCAAGUAUAAUGCAUCCUGCGCCUCAAUGCUUCUUUUGGAGAUGCAUCAGAUUGUCCGUGGGGAUCAUCAGUACUGAUGACCUCCCAGUGGGUGUCGGGAAACUGGGACAAGAGACCUUCUCACCACUGGAUUAAGAGAAGUUAACUCUAUUUACAUGUUUUGGGGUAUAAGUUUGCCCAGGAGACUACCUAACUCUUCAACGUUUUAAAGAAAUAUAGUCUACAUAGUAUAGGUAACUUCUUUACCGGACGCAUGUUCUUCGUUUUCAUUAAUCCUAGCUUUUCCUUUUUUUCCAUAUAAUCUUUACAGACGUAUGUAAUUAAUACACCUACAAUCCAUUUUCGCUUUAAUUAGCAUGUACUUUGCCAUUCUUUUUUUGUAGUUUUUUCCCCUCUUUUCGUUUAUAAGCUCAUUAGAGCAAUGCUGUCACCACCAUUUUUCUAUGUCUUUUCGAACCUACUUGUGUGUCUUAUCCAUCCAUUGUACAGCUUACAUUCACAUGUAUUUGCAGGUAUAUUGCACCCAUCAUCCAUUUAGGCCAGUGAUGUGUUCCUUAGGAUAAUACGGCAAUGUUACUGCUUUUGAUUUCUCAUUUUAGCUGCAAGGUCUAAAUACACAACCAUACAUCAUACCUGUUUUGGGAAAACAGUCCAUUGCCAACACAAAGGUCCUGUUAAUACUCCAUAUAUAGGGACUGUAUGUGAGAUCAGAGUAUUUUUACAGCCAGCAGAUUGAUACUAUAAUCAAAACUGCAAAAAGUCUCUAAGCUGGCUCUGCUUUCAUUCCUCCUACCUUGGCCUUAAAGUUUAAAUUCACUUAAAUUCUCACUUCAGUGAAUAACCCUGUAGGUCUCCUAACAUUGUACAAAUCCUGCCUCAAGUGGGCUGCGGUCAGUGAAAUGUGGGCUAUGCCUAGGGUUACCAGAUCCACCAUGUUUUCAGGGACACCUAUCAAAAAUACAUAUUGACGGGCAGCACAUGAAAAGGGUUGCCCUGUAGUAUGUAGAAUUCAGAAGAAGGUGUAUAAGAUUAAUUAAGAGUAAUUAGGCAAUGAAGAAUUCUGCGAUCAUGGUAGAUCUGGUAACUCUAGCUAUGCCACAAAAAUAAUAUAAAAAUAGUAGAUGUGGUGGACACCCGGAUAGGAAUACUGGUUUCGCCGCCAGAGAUGUCUUUUUCCCCCUGGUAGCAAACUCUGCUGUAGCAAACCUGGACCCUGUAGCAAUCACGAGUAUUUUUUCCCAUUAGCGAUAAUCCAAUAGCCAGUACAGCUUUCCCCCACAGGCAUUAGUCGACACUGAAUGAUGGGGGUGAACUGGUUUAUUGGAGGCCAAACACUGCCUUUUAUGCAACAGCCCCUGCAAGUGGUUUCUGACUCAACUUUACAGGGUAAUCCCUCCCAUAAUCCUCUGGACUAUUGGAAAAUAAACAUCUAAAUUAAAUUAUCUCUCAGGUACAGAACAUGUACAAUUUUUAUACACCCCAAAAUACACACAACACAAUCAGGUACCACCUCAAGUCUUAUAUCCCGGAUAGCCUGAAUCUGAGCGCACAACAUAUUCAGAUCCCACAAACGCAGCCAAAAUGCCACCAAGGUAAAGUUCUGACCGACCGAACACGAGGCUCCUGCCCAAAAUAGUUCCAUGGAAUCGGUGUUAGCAGUCGAUGUCUUUCGGGGGUAUGAAAACACACAAAAUACCAAACGUAGUUCUUAGCCCGUAUGCGAAUUACGUGUCCCUCAUUCGUGGGGAUGCUCCCACUGAACAGUGUUCUUUUCAGAUGAGUAGAAACAAACGCAGGCAAGAAUGGAAGUUCAACGGUGUUCGGGAAGUCGAGUGUCCGAUUUUAGUUCCAUGCACUCGACGACCCAACGACAACUGCCUGUAUUCGCAGCACAAAAUGGCCGCCACCACAUGUUCGUACAUACGAAUGGUGACCACCCAGCAGACCGUUUAGAACACUUCGGUUACAAUCGUUAUUGAGGUGUUGACAGGAGUGAUGGAGGUUAACAAGCAGCAUACGGGUGGUCUGGUAGUUUGUGGUUUUGUUCGUUAUCCAAACAAAACAAGAAUAAAACUUGGGUGAAAACAGUUUACCCAACGAACCGGAGAAUAAAAAGGGGAUUUAGUAAUCCAGUGACAGGGUGUUCUGUCACAGUAGCAAAUGCUAGAUCAGGUAGGUUCCUAGAAGUUGUAGAAGGCUGGCACAGCAUCAUGCGAGUUGUAGUUUUUAUUCCACAAACAAUGGGAAAAUGAUAAUACAAAUACACACGCUGUGAUGGGGCAGGAAGAAAAACAGCUUAACACGUUUUGGACAUAGAGUCCUUGCUUCGUAAGCUCCCUGACAUUUCCUUGUAUCUGUUGGUUACUGGGUUCUUAAGUGCCAGGAGUUUGCACCUUGCCAUAAUAACUUGCUUCCAACGUGAGGUAACCCGCUAUAUAUACCCGCAGUCCAAUAAUAAACACCAGCCUGCUAUUUAUGUGUGGAAUGCAGAGCAGCAAAUGGCUGUCAAGCUGCAGAGCAGCACAGUGUGUCUCUACCUGUGUAUAUGUCUGUGACUCUUUGUGUAUAUUUUUAUAUAUGUUGUGGUGGCAUUAUUUUUCCUCAAUACACGUUUUAACAUUUACAGAUUUUUAGGCUAGGUUAGUGUUUGGCCUAGGGGUAUUGUGUUAGGGUUUGUGUGUUCAGAUUAGUGUUAGGGUUGUGCGAAGAUAGGUUUAGAGGCUGAAAUUUACUGUUCGGACAGCAGUAGUGAAUUUAUGUCCUAGAACUGUCUGUGAUUAGUGGGAGCUACAGUCCAGGGUGGUAUGGAACAAGCUGGAUUAAAAUAAAAGGUGGUGACGCUUGUAGUAUUACUCCCACUAAGCUCGAGCGAAUGUCCCAGUUCUGGUGAAGAUUUGGGCCCCCAAAAUGCACAGAGGUGAUUCGGGCUUUAUUACCUAUUAGUUAUGGCAAAUAAAAAAGGAUUCUAAAACAUUAUAUGCAUAUCAUGUUAUUUAUAUUUGUGUGUGUUUAUAGAUAGAUCAUAUUUGUGUAAUACAGAGAGAGAGAGAGAGAUAGACGUUAUCAUUCAUGAUAAACCAAGAGAAGAAAUAUCUCAAUAACCCGAAGAUGGCCUUAUUUGCGCCUAAUAUACUCUUUAAAAAUCAGAUUUUUGGGGCAGCGUUUAGUGUGUUAACGUUAGAGCUAAAUUUAGAGUCCUUGUCUUUUUUAAAUCUUAGGGCCAGUGCUGGCACAUCCAGGAACUGAUGUGCUGAGAUUAGUGGGAGUUAAUCUCAGACAGCAUCGAUUUAUUGCAGUAAUAUAUUUAUAUACACAUACGUGUAUAUACAUUACAUUGUAGUCUAUCUCUUUAAAUGCGUGUGUGUGUGUGUGUGUGUGUGUGUGUGUGUGUGUGUGUAUGCGUGUCUGGCUGUCUGCUCUGUUCCUCCCUGUUAGUAUAGGUUCCCACUCUCCAUCCUAUAGUUAUUUCUGUCUGUUCCUGCGUGGAUUGUACCUCAAUAAGAAUAAAAAAAUUAGAUCUAUUUAUUUUUUUAAAUAAAUCAUGAAUUAAUCUGAAUUUAUUUUUUUUUAAUCUAAUUUUGUUUAUUUUAUUUUUUUCUUCCUGGGGAAUUCAUAUAUUUGUGUUCCCUGUCCAUCUAUCUCUACAUCUAUAUAUUAUUUUGGAGUACAUGUCUAUAUGACACUGUUACAUUGCCUGUAUUUUUGGUUGGGCAUCGGAUGUAUAUAAUGUAUACUGUGUACCGCAGUCUGGUAGCCGUUCUCCUUAAUCCCUUGGCACUGGCAGCCUUUGUCCGCAUGUAUACACACCCUCCGUCUCAGUAUAGUAUUAUAUUUAGGGUGGGGGGAUUAUUGCCGAGAUCCAUGGGCUCAGGGCAGUAAAUCCUGACCCACCAAAUUGUAUAUAUGUAAAUAACCAAUUCACUCUUCAUAUAUAUAUAUAUAUAUAAAAUUUUAUUUUUGUAGACUAGAGUACGUAUAUAGCUUGUAUCUGCCUCUCCCGUCCCCCCCCUCGUCCCCCCCCAUCAUGUAAAGCUGGUUCUAUUGUUUGUGUCUUUACUGCAUCCAGUCAUCCAGCUUCUGACCUCAACUCCCAGCAUCCUCAGUGCUGUAUUUAGACAGGUAGAGCAACUGUAACUGGUCUCAGCUCCACAUUCCCUCCAUGCAUGCAACAUUCACACUGAACUUCACGCAGAUACACAAACAUACACAAUCUUCGCCCCAUGUGUUUGAUGUCUCCCCCCCACCUCCCCAGUUUAUUUGUCUCUUGUGUGACAGCCAGGCUGUGUUAUUCCUGAGCAGUCCUUAUCCCCCAGAGCUCUCUCUUCUCUCCCUCUCGCUCUCUCCUGUCUAUUUUUAUCUGGCUCCUCCUUUCAGUUCUAUUUCAGUCUCUGUGCUGCAGAACCUUCCACUUGCAGCCCAGCGUUCACUAGGCAGGAGGGGGAGGGAAGGGUGCAGGCCUAACGAAACCUCUACCCACCUUCUAAACACCCUGGACACUGCCACCCCGACUUCGGACAUGGAUUAACUGUCCUCCGUGGGCGCCCUGAGCCUCUCUUGAAGAAGACACAAAAGUUGUGGGCUUGUUGGGAGAAGGGUGGACUUUUUAAAUUUUUUAUUUUUGUGGUGAAGACAGUUGGUUGCUGGUGGAGGGCAGGAUUGGGAGAGUUGGGGAAUGUUGCUGGUUCCCAGGGCCCUGGCGCUGCCUGAUAUGCUGCAGACUAUCUAUGAGACAGAGCCCUGUAUGUCCUCUGCAGAUGGAGUGAAGGGGCGAGAGCCAGCGCUGGAGCUCCUGAGCCGGGCACAGGGACACACGCUGCCUGCUGCAGGUGAGUAGAACCCCACCUCUGCUUCCAUCAUUCCUUUCAUCCACGGGGAAUUACUCCUGUUACAAACAGAAAGUCUCCCGUCACUCUACAUCCAUCUCUACAGAGAACAGAGUCCACGUCUCCAUUGAUUGAGAGAAUCAAGCUCCACUCUCACAAAUAAACAUGCUGAUCUGUAGGAGACUUUAACUAUCUCUCUCUGUGCUCUGUCCAUUAAACUGUUCUCUUUCCUCAUUUGUUGACACUUUCACUUCUCCACCUGUUAUAUGAGCAUGUUUUCUUAGCCCCUCUCACCAAUUCUCUCAGGUCCACUCCGUUCUUGAUGAUCAAGGACUGUCCUAGACACUUGUAAGCCUUUUGUGUUCUGCCCGAUAUUUCUAGCAAUUUGCAGGUAUUGGCUCAUCCUUUGCUUAUAAUUCAGGACCUCUGUUUUCCAUAUGUUGAACAUUAGGUCUCAGUAAUUAACACUGCAUGUUACCCUGUCUGUAAUAACAUCAUAACCUUUAUUCCUGAAGCAACAUUUGAACUCCAUACAGUCCCACAAAUCGAUCUGCCCUACUCCCCUUCUCCAGUACUGAAAGGUGUCCAGAAAUUACCCUCACAUACUAUGUUUUAAUGCUGGUUACACUAUAAGGGACCGACUUGUUAAUGAACACAUCAUAUUUCUCUUACACCCUGUAGAUACCCCCGUUUUCCCUCAUGUGUACCCUGUGACUGUGCUCCCCUGAGUACUCUUACAAACCCCCAGUUCUUCCUCACUGCGUAUUUUCUGGGUUCCCCCAGUGAAUCCUCUGGGCUUCCUCUGGGCUCCCUUGGUUCCCCCCAUGCUUCCUUUGGGCUCCCUUGGUUCCCCCCGUGCUUCCUGUAGGCUCCCUCGGUUACCCCCAUGAAUCCUCUGGGCUCCCUAGGUUCCAACUGUUCGUCCUCUGGGCUGCUUCGGUUCCCCCUGGAUGUACUUUGGGAUCCCACGAUUCACCCUGUGCAUCCUCUGGGCUCCCUCUGUCUCCCCUGUGCAUCCUCUGGGCUCCCUGUCUCUCCAGUGGUUACUCUGGGCUUCCCCUGUGCAUCCUCUGGGCUCCCUCUGUCUCUCCAGUGGUUACUCUGGGUUCCCUCUGUCUCCCCUGUGCAUACUCUGGGCUUCCUCUGUCCCCCCUGUGCAUACUCUGGGCUCCCUCUGUCUCCCCUGUGCAUUCCUUGGGCUCCCUCUGUCUCCCCUGUGCAUCCCUUGGGCUCCCUUGUAUCCCCCUGUGCAUCCCUUGGGCUCCCUUGUAUUCCCCUGUGCAUCCUCUGGCCUUCUUUUUAUCCCCCGUGCUUCCUUUUGGCUGCCUCAGUUCACCCUGUGCAUCUGCUGCAGCCCCUCUAUUCCCCCUGUGCAUCCUCUGUGCUCCCUUAGUUCCACCUGCCCAUCCUUUGGGGCUCACCUCUAUGUACUUUGGGCUCCUUUGAUUUUCCCUGUGAAUCCUUUUGGGGAUCCCCCUGUAUGUAGUUUGGGCUACCUCUGUUUCCUGUUCGUCUUCUGGGCUGCCUUAGUUCCCUCUGUGCAUCCUCUGGGCUCCUUCAGUUCCCAUGUCAUCGUCUGGGCUUCCUUUAUUCACCCGGUGCAUUGUCUGGGCUCCCUUUAUUCACCCUGUGCAUUGUCUGGGCCCCUGAAUUCCUUCUGCAUCCUUUGGGGUCCCCCCUGCAUGUACUUUUGGUUCCACCUCUGCAUCCUCUGGGCUGCUUCAGUUCUGACUGUGCAUCACCUGGGCUCCCUCUGUUCUCCCCUGUGAAUUCUCUGGGCUCCCUUGGUUUCCCCUGUGAAUUCUCUGUGCUGCUCCGGUUCCUCAUGUGAAUCCUCUGGGCUAUUUCGUUUCCUCCUGUGUAUCCUUUGAGGUUCCCCCUGUAUGUAGUUUGGGCUACCUCAGUUUUCCUGUUCAUCUUCUGGGCUCCUUCAGUUCCUCCUGUGCAUCCUUGUGGCUGCUUCAGUUCCCCCUAUGCAUUGUCUGGGCUCCCUGAAUACCCUCUGCAUCCUUUGGGGUUCCCCCUGUAUGUACUUUCGGCUCACUCAGUUCCCCCUGAACAUCCUCUGGGUUGCUUCAGUUCUGACUGUGCAGCCCCUGGGCUCUCUCUGUUCCCCCCUGUCAAUCCUCUGGGCUCCCUCGGUUUCCCCUGUGCAUACUUUGGGCUACCUCUGUUCCUCCUAUGCAUCUUCUGGGCUCACUCAGACACUCUGUGCAUCUUCUGGGUCUCUCGGUUCACCCUGUGCAACCCUGGGGCUCCCCAGUACCCCUUGUGCAUGCUCUGGGGUUCCCCCUGUAUGUACUUUGGACUAUCUCAGUUACCCUGUGCAUUCUCUGGGCUACCUCGGUUUCCUCUAUGCAUCCUUCAUUUCCUACUGGGCAUCCUCUGGGCUGCUUUAGUUCUGACUGUGCAUUCUCUUGGCUUCCUCAGUUAUCCCUGUGCAUCCUUUGUUGUUCCCCCUAUAUGUACUUUGGGCUAACUCAGUUACCCUGUGCAUCUUCUGGGCUCCCUCAGUUCACCCUUUGUAUUCUUUGAGGUUCCCCCUGUAUGUACUUUGGACUUCCUCAGUUCCCCCUGUGCAUCCCCUGGGAUCCUUAGAUUUCCCCAUGUAUUCAAUGUAUUUCCCAGUUCUCUUGUGCAUUCUCCAGUUCUCCCUCUCAGAGUAUCCCUUGGGCUUCCUCACAUCCUUCUGUGCUUUGCGCCUAUUCUGGGCUCUCUCAUUUCCCCACUCCCUUUAUCCACUGGGCUUCCCCAAUUCCUUUCUGUGCAUCCUCUACGCCACCAGCUCUCCCCCCUGACAUCCUUUGGGCUUCCUGAUCCCUUUCCCAGUCUGUUGACUCUCCCGAUCCCCAAUCCCCCCUGUGCUUCUUAUGGUCUCCCUUGUUUUCAUGUGUUUACUUUGAAGCCCCAAACCCAUGCUUACCCUUGAUCCCCAAGUCUUUCCUUAUUUUCCAUCAGCUUCUCUCAAUUUCAAUUGUACUAUAUUUGAUCUCCCUGAAUUUCUUCACCCAUUCUUCCUUUGGAUUUCCCAAUUAACCCCCUUGGUCAAUUUGAGCUCCCCGAUUUCCUCUAGUGCACCCCAAUUUCCUCACAUGCUACCUAUGGGAUUCUUCUGAUCACCCCAACUGCCCUCUCCCUAUGCCCAUCACCUAUGCCCUGCUUAUUCCUUUUUUUUUUCUACCCUGGGCUCUCCUGGAUUAAAACUCAUUUAAAGUCCCACUACAUUAUCUCUCCUCCCCUAAAUCUGCUUUGGGUCACCACUCAUCCCUCAUUUGCAGGUUAUAUUGAGUCUUAAUCCCCUCCCAAAUUUGGAGAUUGAAAUGCUAUGCAUUCACCUCCCCAACACUAGUAAUGCUUUUGCCUUCAAACAUUCACUAUUAUUAAUUUCACAAACCAGAUAGUCACUGAAUUUCAAUGACAGACACACUUCUCAUUCCAUAGGGUCUAUAUGUCCACAUCACAGACCCGAAUUGCUGUCUCUGUACCUCCAUUUACAGGCUGUUUUUCAGACAUAUUCAGCCUCUCUUCUGACCUUAUCUAAUCAUUCUUUAUCAUGUCGCUGUACCACAUACCCAUCUAAUACACAAUCAUCAUGCUUCUCACCACCUAAUAUAAAGGCAACAGGACACAUGACAUACCCCUCACAACCUUCUUAAAUAUAAACACAUCAGCACUCAAAUCUUUCACUUUAUCAUUAUAUGCAGUUAUCAGGAUACUUAUAUCUCACCGCUGGUUAAUCCAAACAUAGAUAUCUCUCACCUCCUCCUAAUAACACGUAUCAGAGCAUGAACUGCUUGCAUUCUCCAAAUACACCAUUGCCAAGAAACAUCUCUCAUGUCUUCCUAAUACACAUACAUAGGGGUGAUUACCUUUCACCUCCUAAUCCACAUACCUCACAAUACAUUGCCUCUAACCUCAUAAUCCACAGACUCCAGCACACAUCACCUCUCACCACCUAAUCCAGACCCCGGUACACCUCACCUCUUAAUCCACAGACCCCAGGUUACAUCACCUCCUAAUCCAGACCCGAGCACACAUCACCUCCCACCUCCUAAUCCAGACCCAAGCACACAUCACCUUCCACCUCCUAAUCUAGACCCCAGCGCACAUUACCUCUCACCACCUAAUCCAGACCCCAGGACACAUUACCUCUCACCUCCUAAUCCAGACCCCAGCACACAUUACCUCUCACCUCCUAAUCCAGACCCCAGGACACAUUACCUCUCGCCUCCUAAUCCAGACCCCAAGACACAUUACCUCUCACCUCCUAAUCCAGACCCAAGCACACAUCACCUUCCACCUCCUAAUUCACAGACUUUACGAUACAUUACCUCUUGUCUCCUAAUCCAGACCCCAGCACACAUUACCUCUCCUCUCCUAAUCCAGACCCCAGCACACAUCACCUCUCACCUCCUAAUUCACAGACCUUACGAUACAGCACCUCUCACCUCCUAAUCUAGAACCUAGCACACAUUACCUCUCACCUCCUAAUCCAGACCCCAGCACACAUUACCUCUCACCUCCUAAUCCAGACCCCAGCACACAUUACCUCUCACCUCCUAACCCAGACCCCAGCACACAUUACCUCUCACCUCCUAAUCCAGACCCCAGCACACAUUACCUCUCACCUCCUAAUCCAGACCCCAGCGCACAUUACCUCUCACCUCCUAAUCCAGACCCCAGGACACAUUACCUCUCACCUCCUAAUCCCAGCACACAUUACCUCUCACCUCCUAACCCAGACCCCAGCACACAUUACCUCUCACCUCCUAACCCAGACCCCAGCACACAUUACCUCUUACCUCCUAAUUCACAGACACACAUUACCUCUCACCUCCUAAUCCAGACCCCAGCACACAUUACCUCUCACCUCCUAAUCCAGACCUCCUAAUCCAGACCCCAGCUCACAUUACCUCUCAGGUCCUAAUCCAGACCCCAGCGCACAUUACCUCUCACCUCCUAAUCCAGACCCCAGGACACAUUACCUCUCACCUCCUUGCAAUACACAUGCCACAGGACAAAAACCUCUCACGUCCUCCCAAUACAGAUGCCAAAUCACAUCCCUCUCAUAUACCCCAAUAUUUGUAGAAAGAUUCAGUGUGUGCUAUUAACUGGUGAGAUAUAUAAAAAAUUUUUCUUUCUUUUUUUGUUUUUUUUGGUGCAUGAAAUCCCAGAAUUGUUUGUUUAUUUUUUGUUUUUUUGGUUAUGCCACACAUAUAGCGUGUGUUAAUAUUCAGACUUACUACAAACACAUAGUAACAGAUACUGCUUGGUAUAAUAGGGUGUUUCUCUUGGUAAUGAAUCCACUGCACAGUAUAUGCUAAAGGCAGACCAAAACCAAAGGGAAAAUUAGGGGCAGCUGGUAGCUAAUCAAAUUGUUAUAGGGCUCCCCAGGAAUCCUGUAGUAAAAACAGGGGGAAAAUGUAUUUUUCCCCUUUUAUUAAAAAAAAUGGGGGUCCUUUGGACCCUUAGUAGCUAGUGAGGGUCCUAUAUUGUGCCCCUAUACUUUAAAAAAAAAUGUAGUGGGCUCUUUGGUUUUGUCAAUAGCUCCCUUCCUUCAACCCAUGUUUUGUUGACAGUAAUUUUACCUGGCUGGAGGCAGCGAAUACACUUCUGUGUGAUGAACAUGUAGGGCCGUGGUGGCCCAUAUUUUAUUAGAAAUACAUCCCAAUUCUCCUGUUUUCCCGUAGGUGAGGCCCUCCGAAUUUCUCUAGCCUUAAUACCACGACACACCAGUAAUCCAUCGUAAAGCGCAUUCCUUUGGUCGUAUGAGUCUACCCCCACCCCCAACACAUUCUAGUGGCCUGAACACCUGGUUACUUAGUUGUUUACUACCCUAGAAGUGGGAAGGUUGUUUUGGUCCGCUAUAAAUGUAAUUAAAAUAAUAAAUUAAUAAAACAAAUAAAGAACAACAAUAGCUUCAUACUUAAAGGGGAACUGCCAUCGUUUUGCUAUUAACAAGUCUGUUUCACUUAUCCCAUUAACCCCUUAAGGACACAUGACAUGUGCGACAUGUCAUGAUUCCCUUUUAUUCCAGAAGUUUGGUCCUUAAGGGGUUAAACUUUAUUGUAUCGUCAUCAUUAACUGUGAUGUUGUGUGCAGCAGAGGAACGUAUAACUAUAAAGCACAUUGUCCUUCACAGAACAGUAUUCUGUGUGCACGCAGAAGUGUUAAAAGGACAUGCACAUGCUGCAUCAUGGGAUAUCUGUGAAUUGCAUCAUAUACUAAUGUGCUUUGAUAGCUUUUAAUAUGAUGUAAACACAAUGUAAAAACAAAAAAAAUGAUAACUGGCAUUUACUUCGUUCUCAGUUUAUGCAAAAAUAUUCAGGAUGAACCUUGUUUAGAAUAUUCAGCCCUUGCAUCUUCAUCUUCUGGCCGUGGAAAGAAGCCCUCUCCUCACUAAUGACUCUCUGCCCAUGUGCUAUGAAGGUUUUACAUUGGGUAGAGUCUAAUACAGUUGUUUUCCAUUAUCAGUUUUGUUUGGUACUGCAUUAUAAUGGGAACACAUGGGUGGCCUAGUUGAACGGAAUCUGUAGUCCUGAAAAUAACAAAUGUUGUUAUUUCAAGACUAUUCUCUCCCUUCCGCUAAUACACAGACAAUAGAACUCCACUCUCACCUUCUAUUAGAGAGAUACCAGAACUAAUCCCUCUCACUUUUUGCUAAUACACAGACACUAGAGCUCACCCUUCUUACCUUCUCAUAAUACGCGGACACUAGAACUCAUCCUUCUUACCUUCUCAUAAUACUCGGACACUAGAACUCAUCCUUCUUACCUUCUCAUAAUAUACGGACACUAGAACUCAUCCUUCUUACCUUCUCAUAAUACGCGGACACUAGAACUCAUCCUUCUUACCUUCUCAUAAUACGCGGACACUAGAACUCAUCCUUCUUAACUUCUCAUAAUACGCGGACACUAAAAACUCAUCCUUCUUACCUUCUCAUAAUACGCGGACACUAGAACUCAUCCUUCUUACCUUCUCAUAAUACGCGGACACUAGAACUCAUCCUUCUUACCUUCUCAUAUUACGCGAACACUAGAACUCAUCCUUCUCAUAAUACGCGGACACUAGAACUCAUCCUUCUUACCUUCUCAUAAUACGCGGACACUAGAACUCAUCCUUCUUACCUUCUCCUAAUAUGGAGACACCAGAACUGUUACCACUCAUCUCAUCCUAAUACAAAGACACAGGGACAUAAACCUCAUAUAGCCUAAUACAAGAAAUAGAAACCAGGACGCCUACCUUAGUUGCUAUCAGUUUAAGAAAUACCUGUGUAUACACUGAUCAGCCACAACAUUAAAAUCACCUGCCUAAUAUCAUGCUGUGCCCCUUGUGCUGCCAGAACAACUAAUGCGACAAGGCAUGGACUCCACAAGACCUCUGAACAUGUGGUAUGGUCCUGUGGUAUGUGCACCAAGACAUUAGCAGAAGAUCCUUUUAAGUCCAGCAUGUUGCGAGUUACGGCCUCCAAGGAUUGGAUUUGUUGAAAAUGUUCAAUCAGAUUGAGAUCUGAGAAAUUUGGAACCAAGGCAACACCUUGAACUCUUUGUCAUGUCCCUUCAAACCACUCCUGAAAAUUUUUGCUGGCAGGGUGCACUAUCCUGCUGAAAGAGGCCACUGCCAUCAGGGAACACCAUUGCCAUGAAGUAGUGUACAUGGUCUGCAACAAUCUCUAGGUUAGUGGUACGUCUCAAAGUAACAUCCACAUGAAUGCCAGGACCCAAACUUUCCCAGUAGAACAUUGCCCAGAGUAUAACACUGCCUCUGCCAGCCUGCGUUCUUCCCAUAACGCUUCUUGCUACCAACUCUUCCCCCAGGUAAACGACGCAGACCCACCUGACCAUCCACCUGAUCUAAAAUAAAUUGUGAUUCAUCAGACCAAGCAACCUUCUUCCAUUGCUCUAUGGUCCAGUUCUAAUGUUCAUGUCCGUAUUUAAAGCGCUGUCUGCAGUGUAUAGGGGUUACCAUGGACACUCUGAAGGGCCUCCGGCUACGCAGCCCCAUACACAGCAAGCUGCUGUGUUCUGACACCUUUCUAUCAUGGCCAGCAUUAAGUUUUUCAGGAAUUUAAGCUACAGUAGCUCUUCUGUUUGAUCGGUCCAGACUGGCUAGCUUACGCUCCCCACGUGCAUCAAUGAACCUAAGGCGCCCAUGACCCUGACUCCGGUUCACUGCUUGUCUUUCCUUGCACCACUUUUGAACCCACUGAAACCAGGAACACCCCACAAGACUUGCAGUUGUGGAGAUGCUCUCACCCAGCUGUCUAGCCAUCACUGUUGGCUGGAUCAACCGCAAAAACAGAUGUGAGAAAGAUUGAACUUGAUGGACGCAUGUCUCUUUCCAGCCAAUGUAACUAUGUAAAGUCACUCAGAUCUUUUCGCUUGCCCUUUUUCUCUUGCUUCCAACUCAUGAAAUUCAAGAACUGACUGUAAACUUGCUGCAUGAUGUAUCCCACCUGUUGACAAGAGCCAUUGUAACCAGGAUAUAAUCCUAUCAGUGGUUUUAAUGUUGUGGCUGAUCAGUGUGUAUGUACAUCAUAAUUUCCUGUAGAAUUUCAAGCUCUGCACCAUGUCCUAUAGAUACCGUCUUUCCCCGGGUCUUGUAUUAAUUGUCCCACCGAAAAACACACUAGGGCUUAUUUUCGGGGGAUGUCUUAUUUUCGGGGAAACACGGUAAGUCGAAGUCCAAGAAACACUUUUACCCCUGAAUUAUUUACCCUUUUCUUUACUUCUUAAGUAUAUAAUAUAGUUUAUAAGGACAUUCACAGUGCUAGAUGCUGAUUUUGUAUAAUCCGCUAUUAUUGCAGUAUAUAUUUUUUUUUCUGAGUAUAUACAUGUAUGUUUUCCCUUGUUUUUUUCCAAUAUGUUUAUAUGAAUAGCAAAUACAUCGUAGCUACCAUACACACAGUGUGAUGUAUCUUUUUGUCUAUAUAUAAUUCCAACCUGUAUAUUUUUAGCCUCAGUGAUGUCUGCAGACUGCUGGAAUGCUUCUCAUGAACACUAUCCCCCACUAACCCCUCUGCUGUGUAUGUGUGUGUCUUAUAUUCUCAGCCGUUUCUGUCUUUCUAGAUCUUAUUUAUUAUGCACAUUCUGUCUUAUCGAUAUAGCUACCUGCUCAUAUUCCAUAUUACUCUGUCUGUCUAUCAAAAGCCACGUUACCCAGCAUUCUUUUCUCUCCUCCCGUUUCUAAAUCACUGUCUCUUUCACUCUUUUGAUGCAACUGUUUUCUCUGUUUGUCUAUAUUUAGCUUUGUUAAUCACAAUAAAAGCGCACAGGCUCUUUUUAUCAUACAUUUCCCUUCUUUUAUUUUACUGAAAAACUCCCUUACUCUGUAUCUGGCUGCCUCCGUCCGUUUUCCAACUCAUGCUAUCGGACUGCUCCCUCGCUAAUGCUCUUCCAUGCCUUCUAAGCUUUUGGUCCAUGAUUCCGAUCUACAUCCCACUGCCCGUCCACCACUGUUUAUACCUCCGAUAUCCCUCUAAAUCUUGUCCCCCUUCUCCUCACAUCAAGUUCCACUAUUCCUAUUUCUCCCAUAUCCUUUACACUGUCACCUAUUUCUCUUUAGCUUACACUCUUUUAUCUCUCUCUGAUAUAUUUCCAUCCCCUUUUGAUUGUGCUUUCCCACCCCUCUCUAAAAACACUUUUCCAUCAUUUAGGAGAUCACACUGUCCCCCCUUUUCCUUCCUUUUGGUCCACCCACUUGGGAUCACAAUCUGCCAUACUUUUCAACCUCACACUUUGUCGUCCUUCUUAAUUUCCCCCUUCUCACCCUUCAGGAUCCCACUCUUUGCCAUCUUCUCUCAAUCAAAAGGUCCGCCAUCCACCCUACAACCCAUGCUCUAUCAUUCCCCAUUCUCCCAGUGUCCCUCUUGAGUUCAUGCUUUCAUAUCCCCCUCUCUACAUUACACACUCCCAAUCUCUCUACCUCAUCCUUCCUAUCUGUUUCUACCUAGCCCUAUCUAUUUCUCUCUCUGACACCUUGUACUCUGUCCCUCUCUCCUUAACAUGCUCCUGUUCUUCUCUGUUUCUCUCACAUACUGCCAUACCUCUCUCUCACAUUCUCUCCUACCCUUCUGUAGCUCGCAGUGUGCCUGUCUCUCUAGAGCACACAAUGCCUGUCCCUCUAGCUCGGCGGGGGGGCCUGUGUCUCUAGAGCACACAAUGCCUGUCCCUCUCACUCGCAGUGUGCCUGUCCCUCUCACUCGCAAUGUGCCUCUCCCUCCCUCUUCCCUCUUGCUCUCAGUGUGCCUGUCCCUUCCUCUUGCUCGCAGUGUGCCUCUCCCUCCCUCUUGCUCGCAGUGUGCCUCUCCCUCCCUCUUGCUCGCAGUGUGCCUCUCCCUCCCUCUUGCUCGCAGUGUGCCUCUCCCUCCCUCUUGCUCACAGUGUGCCUCUCCCUCCCUCUUGCAUGCAGUGUGCCUGUCCCUACCUCUGCUCGCAGUGUGCCUGUCCCUCCCUCUUGCUUGCAGUGUGCCUGUCCCUCCCUCUUGUUCGCAUUGUACCUCUCCCUCCCUCUUGCUCGCAGGGUGCCUGUCCCUCCCUCUUGCACGCAGUGUGCCUGUCCCUCCCUCUUGCUCAGUGUGCCUAGUGUGCCUGUCCCUCCUCUUGCUCGCAGUGUGCCUGUCCCUCCUCUUGCUCGCAGUGUGCCUGUCCCUCCUCUUGCUCGCAGUGUGCCUGUCCCUCCUUCUUGCUCGCAGUGUGCUUGUCCCUCCCUCUUGCACGCAGUGUGCCUGUCCCUCCCUCUUGCACGCAGUGUGCCUGUCCCUCCCUCUUGCACGCAGUGUGCCUGUCCCUCCCUCUUGCACGCAGUGUGCCUGUCCCUCCCUCUUGCACGCAGUGUGCUUGUCCCUCCCUCUUGCACGCAGUGUGCCUGUCCCUCCCUCUUGCACGCAGUGUGCCUGUCCCUCCCUCUUGCUCGCAGUGUGCCUCUCCCUCCCUCUUACUCGCAGUGUGCCUCUCCCUCCCUCUUGCUCACAGUGUGCCUGUCUCUCUAGCGCACACAAAACCUGUCUUUCUAGCUCACAGUACUCCUCUUUCUCGUGCUUUAAUGCUCCAUCCGCUGUCUAGCUAAGCCUCUCCCAUCUCUCUAUUUCUUCCCUCCCGAGCUAGUUUGUGUCAGUUUUAGUCGCUCUCCCUUCUGUCUUUUGAUCACACUCUCCUUCCAUCACUUUUUAGCUUGCGCUCCCCUCCCCACCGCAUUUUACCAUCUCCUUUGUACCUCGCACUCCCCUGUCCCUCAAUUCUCUAUCCCUAUAGCUCACUCUCUCUUAUUGUCCUAGUUCACACGGUCCUAUUCCUUUGUAGGUCACAAUUCUUCAUCUGUAUAUCUCCUAUUCCUUUACAGCCCACACUCACCUCCCUGUAUAUACCAUCUUUAUAGCUCAUACUCCUUCAUCCCACUAUCCACAAUGCCCCUUAAGCUCAAAUGCUCCUGUUUUUAUUCUUCAACUCUCCCUUGAAGAGUUUCUUUUCCCUUUAGUUUUAAGUACACAGAACUCUUAUUGUAUUUAAUACAUGUUUGCCAUUACAUAACAUUCAGAUAAACGUCUUCAUUCAGCCUAUGAGUUCACUUUGUUUCUACAUGAAACUCACCCUUUAACCUAAUUAGGUUGUUACCACUGUGGAUAAAAUACAUGAAUCACCUUAUUGUUUCGUGUAAGUUGAAAUUCAGGGGAUUAGAUCACUCUUCUUGGCCUUCUUGUGUAAAAUUUCCAAGUCUGAGUUUGAAAAAUACCAUAGGACUUGUCAGGCAAUUUGCCCAACCCACUGGAACACCCCAGAAUCUCCUUUCUUCUCUGAGGUCAGAGAGACCGCCAUACAGCACUAGAGAAAAGACUGUAAAUUGAAAUACUGGGCUUAGUCUCUCUUUAAAAACCCUCUUUUCAAUAUGAUGGUUAAUUAAGGUGUACUGCAGGUGAAUUCAAUGACAUUAGUCUCUAAAUUCUAUAUUCCCCAGAGGCAGAAUGUGUUGGUGUGCUAUAAAAAAUGAAUAGCUAGGAAAGUUUGGUUGACAGUAACUAGGUGUCAUGUUCUUCCCUAAUUAGACUCCUGCUAACAACCUCUUUCUUUAUUUUAAACAGUAGAGGUUAGCCCUCUGCUCUCAGCAGCGGUGCCAUCUCCCAGCAGUCUCCCCCAAAGUCCUGGGGAGCUGAGGACAGAGCCAAGAGUAGGUGGCGCACCUGGAGGAACCUUGGAUCCUGUGACACGGGAACAGCAACUCCAACAGCAGCUACUUCUCCUCAAACAGCAGCAGCAGCUACAGAAACAGCUCUUAUUUGCAGAAUUUCAGAAACAGCACGAGAAUCUGACCAGGCAGCAUGAGGUCCAAAUCCAGAAGCACCUCAAGGUGGGGAACGUUGCCUUGCGCCAUGAGUUGCCAAAUGGUAGAUCUUCAGAUGUUGCAGCACUGCAGAAUCUACCUUGCUUUAUUAGCUGUAAGGCUGGCAAAGCAUCAUGGUAGUUGUAGUUCUACAACAGCUGGGCAUCUGAUUCCUGGCCUACACAGCUUUGAACCAUUGCUUGUGCCUCACUAGUGACUGCUCCAUCUUUGCUUCCACUGCAACCACUACUUCUGUGUCCACGUCACUGUAAAGACAGUUCGACAUUUUUCUUUAAUUUUUCUUCAACACUGCUCCACACAAAGAAACAUCCUUCUCACCAAUUUUUAAGAGUCCAGAGUUGGUUCCCAAUGCACCUCAGUAUCUUUGCUUGGGACAGCUUAUUGGCCCAUCCAAUCUAAGGUUUGUUCUUCUUCUCUUCAGAACCUUACCACUGCCUCUUGCUUCCAUCAGUGAGAAUGCAAUAGUUUUCUUUCAACCAUAAGAAACCUUUACAACCUGUAACCAACACAUGGACUCCGUCUCCCCCCUCUCUCCUGGAAGAGACUUUCUCUCUGCAAGGAGUGGUCUUUCUCCCCCCACUACAUGAACCCUCCCUCACUUCCCAGCAAAAGAGACUAUGCCUAUCUCUUCUGUGACUGUUCCUAUCCUCUGCCUCUCUCUCCUGCAAAGAAUACACGUUCUCUCUCCAACCAGGUACUACUGUCCCCAUUCCAAGUAAAUGAGUUGUUUUUAUUACAUGUUUAUUAAAUGGACACUAUAGGCAUCAAAACAACUUUAGCUUAAUGAAGUAGUUUUGGUGUGUGGAUCAUGCCCCUGCAGUCUCACUGCUCAGUUCUGCCAUUUAAGAGUUAAAUCACUUUUAUUUCUGUUUAUGCAGCCCUAUCCACACCUCACCUGCCGGUGACUCACACAGCCUGCAUGAAAAAAAUGGUUUCACUUUCAAUCAGAUGUUAAAUGUGCUUUAGACGUUUUUACCUCCUGUUCUGUAAAUUGAACUUUAAUCUAACACCGUGUCUACCUGCUGGAUCUAGAAGGCUAUCAACAGAGCAGAGGAUAAGAAAUUCUAAAUAAAACCAAAUGUGCUAUAAAGGAGGAAGUUUAAACUUUAGACCUCUCUUUACAGGAAAUGUUUAGGAAAGAAGUGUAAGUCACAUGAAGGAAGGAGUGACUAGGGCAGUAUAAACAAAGUGAUUUAACUCUUAAAUGGCAGAGUAUUGAGCUGCGAGACUGCAGCGGCGUAAUCUAUACGCCGAAACUGCUUCAUUAAGCUAAAGAUGUUUUGGUGCCUAUAGUGUCCCUUUAAAUCGUAGUAUGCAAAUACUUUCUCUCUCCAAGACCAAAUACCACUCCUCUUCUCUCCUCUAACCCAGAUACUAUCACUUCUCUCCUCCAACCAACAUACUGACACUUCAUUUCUCUUCUCUAACCCACAUACUUUCACUUCUCUUCUCUAACCCACAUACUGCCACUUCACUUCUCUCCUCCAACCCACAUACUGCCACUUCACUUCUCUUCUCUAACCCACAUACUGCCACUUCACUUCUUUGCUCCAACCCAGAUACUGACACUUCACUUCUCUCCUCCAACCCAGAUACUAUCACUUCUCUUCUCUAACCCACACACUGCCACUUCACUUCUCUUCUCUAACCCACAUACUGACACUUCACUUCUCUUCUCUAACCCACAUACUGCCACUUCACUUCUCUCCUCCAACCCAGAUACUGCCACUUCACUUCUCUCCUCAAACCCAGAUACCGACACUUCACUUCUCUUCUCUAACCCACAUACUGCCACUUCACUUCUCUCCUCCAACCCAGAUACUGACACUUCACUUCUCUCCUCCAACCCAGAUACUGACACUUCACUUCUCUCCUCCAAUCCAGAUACUGACACUUCACUUCUCUUCUCUACCCAGAUACUGACACUUCACGUCUCUCCUCCAACCCAGAUACUGACACUUCACUUCUCUCCUCCAACCCAGAUACUGACACUUCACUUCUUUCCUCCAACCCAGAUACUGCCACUUCACUUCUCUUCUCUAACCCACAUACUGCCACUUCACUUCUCUUCUCUAACCCACAUACUGACACUUCACUUCUCUCCUCCAACUAACAUACUGACACUUCACUUCUCUCCUCCAACCCACAUACUGACACUUCACUUCUCUCCUCCAACCCACAUACUGCCACUUCACUUCUCUCCUCCAACCCACAUACUGCCACUUCACUUCUCUCCUCCAACCCACAUACUGCCACUUCACUUCUCUCCUCAAACCCAGAUACUGACACUUCACUUCUCUUCUCAAACCCAGAUACCGACACUUCACUUCUCUCCUCCAACCCACUGACACUUCACUUCUCUCCUCCAACCCACAUACUGCCACUUCACUUCUCUCCUCCAACCCACAUACUGCCACUUCACUUCUCUCCUCCAACCCACAUACUGCCACUUCACUUCUCUCCUCAAACCCAGAUACCGACACUUCACUUCUCUUCUCUAACCCACAUACUGCCACUUCACUUCUCUCCUCCAACCCAGAUACUGACACUUCACUUCUUUCCUCCAACCCACAUACUGCCACUUCACUUCUCUCCUCCAACCCAGAUACUGACACUUCACUUCUUUCCUCCAACCCACAUACUGCUGCCCUAAUCUCCCAGUUCAGAUCUCCUGACCCCCACUUCACACUCCCCACUCAGGAUAUGUUCGCUUACUCCGUACAUGAUGUAUGUUUAUCUAUUCCAUUGACAUAAUUCUGCAACGCCUCAAUCCAACGACCCUUCGAACAUCUUCUAUUUCCCUGCUCUGCCCUUACUUACCUAGAUACUCACACCAACCCACAUGCUUCUUUUUCCCAUAUGUAUUUCUUUCUCCCUUUUCUUUUUUAAACACCUUGCUUUAUCUUUAUUUCUUGUGCCUGUCUUCCUGUCUGCAGCAACAGCAGGAAAUUCUGGCCGCAAAGAGGCAGCAGGAACUGGAACAGCAGAGAAAACGUGAGCGACAGAGACAGGAGGAGGCCGAGAAGCAGAGACUGGAGCAACAGCUGCUGAUACUGAGGAACAAAGAGAAGAGCAAAGAAAGUAAGAACACACUGGAAACCAGGAAAGGUCAGGAAACGGUGACCCGCCUGUCAUGCUAAGCUGUAACCAGCGUUUGUUACUGAGCCUAGAAAGAGACCAACAGAAUCUUACUGGCUUAUACUGGCCAAACGUAUGUUUGAUCUUUGCUGUAUGCUAAAUGUCGUCCUUAACCUGCAAUAUCAUUUUAAGGUGCCAUUGCCAGUACAGAAGUAAAGUUGAAGCUCCAGGAGUUCUUGCUGAGUAAAUCUAAGGAGAUGCCGGGGAACCAUUCCAUCUUGCAGCACCCAAAAUGCUGGUAAGAGUGGGUUCUGCUGCUGCUUCUUCUUCCAACUUCUCUGAUCGUUAUUCUUCUCUUUGCUGGUCCUUGUGCUCAGUGUUUCCCAGUUCCUAGGAAAGUCCACUGUCACCUGUCCCUCUGCUUCUCUCCCUUUUCUCCUGCUAUAGUGCCCUCAUCUUUCUCUAAAAAUACAAUCUCUGUUAACGCUCCAUCUUUGCUUUUAGGGGCACCCACCAUACCUCACUGGACCACAGUUCCCCUCCACAAGCUGGCUCACCCGCCACUCCUCCCUCCUACAAGCUGCCUCUUAUGGGGAACUGCGACGGGCGAGAUGACUUUCCACUCCGCAAGACUGGUAACUUUUUGAAAUGUAGGGAUAAAGGGGCGGGGGAUUCAAUUACACAAAGCACGAAAAAAAAGUUGUGAAGAUAACUGAGAGGACUGUGGGAGAAGUAAAUACUUUUCUGGAUGGCCAAUACUAACAUGAGUUAACAAAUAAGUGCUACUCGCACAUGAUGUGUUGUGUGGUUUUUCCUAUUUAUUGAUAAUACCAAGGUGCAUGUACUCUGCCAUCCAUUAUUCUUUUUUUCCAUUUACAGCCUCUGAACCCAACCUUAAGGUACGCUCCCGGUUAAAGCAAAAGGUUGCAGAGAGACGCAGUAGCCCUUUGCUUCGCAGAAAAGAUGGGACCGUUAUCAGUGCAUUCAAGAAGAGAGCCAUUGAGAUCCAGGGUAUGAAUGAUACUCUCUAUUGUAGCCCUCACUUCCCUUCCAUGCCCCUUUAUUCUGCAUUCAGCAUCUAACUCCUGUUCCCCCAUGCUCCUUCAACUCCAGAAUGCUUUGCGCCCUGUUCAUGUUGCCUUGCACCAUCUGUCAUCAACCUUAUGCUAGUCUCCUACUUCAGAACGUUCCUUGCCCUCCACCCUUCAUUCUUCUUGUAAAACCCUCUGUUCUGCUGCUUUCAUUACCCAUCCUGCUCCGUCCCUACACCCCCAGUCUCAUCGCUGAGGUGUUGGUGCUCACCCUCCCUGCAGUGUCAUCGGUGUGUAACAGUGCUCCAGGAUCCGGGCCCAGCUCUCCAAACAGCUCGAAUAGUGCCAUCUGCGAGAACGGACUGACUGGGAGUGUGCCCAAUAUUCCCAGCGAGGUAAGGCGUUUUAUAGAAAAGGGCAUACAAAAGGGGGGAGGUAAAAAGGAUUCAUUAUACUGAUGAAAAUUCAUAGACUUCUAGAAGUGAAAUGUGGUUUUCUAAGAAAAAUAAAGUUAUGAGAGCAACUUAGAGACAAAAGAAGCUUUUACUCUUAGCUACUGGGGAAUAGUUGUGAUGGUAAAGUUUUUGAGUAACUGGACUUUGUAUGGCCACAGACUGGCAACUAAGCUCUAUUUGUUCCUCCAUUCUUUGUAGAUGCUUCCCCAACAGAGAGUUCUCACCCUGGAAGGGACAGGCGGCCCUCUAGGACUAUACACCUCUCCCUCCCUGCCCAACAUCUGCCUGCAAGGGAGUGCCAGCAACCUCAGCGUAAGUACCUGUACAAUUUAAUGGAAUUGAUAACCGCCAUCGUAACUUGACCAUAUACUGUUUUAUUCCUGGAGUACAGCUGUGUUACCUCUAGGGCUCUCUCUCCAGGGCCAGUUCACCCCCCAGGAGGGGGCAGAGCGUCAGAGCCUGCGCCCAGGUGGCCCCUUCCUCAGUACUGCGCAGCUGCCCAGCCUGGACGGAGGGGAGAUAAGCGGCCUAGGAGCUCCUUCACUUCUUCAGCAUGUUCUAUUAUUAGAGCAAGCAAGACAACAAAGCGCCCUUAUUACAGGUGAAUCUGCGUAUAAUCAUUAUUUUCCUUCAUGGUUUUAUUUUAUUGUUUAUUUCUGUUUCUCUUUUAUUAUUCUUCUCUAAAUCCAUGUUUCUCCCCUUUUAGUCCCUUUUCUCACCUUCUCUCUAACAUCAACUAUUGAACUAUGUCUGUAAUCUUUCCUUUAUUUCUCUGUAUAUUUUUGCUUUGCAGUUCCCCUGCACGGUCAGUCCCCCCUGGUGGGUGGGGAACGUGUCUCCAGUUCCCUCCGGUCUGUCAGUAAGGGCCAACGGCAUCGACCGCUGAGCCGCACACAGUCUUCUCCCCUCCCACAAAGCCCUCAGGCCCUCCAGCAGCUGGUUCUCCAGCACCAGCACUAUCUGGACCAACAACAACUCAGCAAGGUGAGUGUAGAUGCCCUAUUAAUGUGUCUGUACCGUUUGCCCCAUUCUAGGAGAAGAUGACACGCAUAGUAUUUUCUCCCCACAGGGUGCAGAGAGUAUUCGACAGCCACCUAUACACCCCGAGGAGACAGAAGAAGAGUUGACGGAACAAGAUGGAGGAGACAGGUGUCGUGCCAUAUUCACCUUAGACGGAGGUACAGAGAGUGAAGAAACGCUAGAUGAUGAAGAUGGAGGAGAGGAUGAGGAGGAAGAAGAAGAGGAACGGACCAAUGGUUCUGAACAUGCACUGAAAAAGGUUAGGAUAGUUUAGGAAAGGCACAUUGUGCAUGUGGCUGGAGUUGGGAAUCGUGCUGUUGAGUGAAUGAGAAGAUCCAAAUGAUGUUUUUUCAGUAAGUGUUUGGAGUGGUUUUAUUAAGGAUAUUGACGUAAACACAAAUUGCUUAUGGUUUGACAGGGAAAGGGAUUUAUUUAUGUAAAAGGAGGAGUGGAGAGUUAGCAUGAUCAAAGAGGCAAUAAUUUUCACUGCUGUAAGGAUAGGAGGCCAUUAUGGAGAGCAGUAAUAAAGUAAUGUGAAGAUUAAAAAUAAUAAUAUGGAGGAGCAAGGAUGCUAUUCUGUGAGAAUUGCAUUGUGUCCUGUAUGGUUGAUGAAAGGUGGUACAGGUGUGUACGGUGUCAUGUCAAUAAAGAGGAGAGAUGGAUGCUGGGAGGGAAAGAGAUGAGCAAAAUGGUGAUGUUUAAAAUGGAAAGGAGCAAUGGAUGCUGUGUGGAGAAGAAAGAAUCGAGGGAUUCUGUGUCUGAGGAGAGAAUACUGAGUGAUAUGCUGUGCAGGAGAGAUGGUCAGGAUACGGUGUGCAGGAGAGAGGGAUGCUGGGGGCAAGACAGGAUCAAGGGAUUCUGUGCAGGGAGGAAUGAGGGAGGUUACUGUAUGUUUGGUGGGGGGGGAUGUAAUAAUAAAAGAUAUAGAGUGGGGAGAGGAGGAAACAGGUAUAUUGUGCGGGGAAAGACAAGAUUGCAGGAUGCUGUCUGAGGAGACAGGAUUAAAGGACGCUGUACAGAUGGAGAGGAGGGAUACUGCAAUAGGGGGUGAGGAGGGAAGCGGUGUGGGGGAUUAAUAAUAAAUAGGGAUGCUAUGCAGGUUAGAGGGAGGAAAGGGUAUGUGCAGGUAAGCAAAGCCACAUGGGAUAUGGGAUUCCGUACUGGGAAUAAAUGACUGACAUGUCUGCUGACAAAUACUCCACUAUGAGAAGAAUAACUAGUAAUAUUCUGCAGGUGGAGAUGGCAGAAAGGAGGAGUGAUACUCUGCAGUGUGUACACACUGUGCUUGAUGUAGAAGCAUAGUUCAUUGAUGAGCAGUGUGUGAGUCACUCUCUUAUGACUCAUUUUCCCUCUGGUGACUGUGCUGUGUUAUGGCACCUCCCCUUUGACCUGCUCAUAGAGGGGCUGCAGGUAGUGGGAGGGAAGUGGGACCUGUCUGAAGAAUUGAUUGUGAGACGAGGUGACAAUGCCUGCGUCUGCUCUUCCCUCAACCUCCCUCCUUUCUGUACCAUUAAUAUGUCUGCCGCGUUCUUCUCCCAUCUAAUUCACUCUCUCUCUCCCUAUCUCAGCUGUUCCCGGACACCUUGCCCCUAUACCAGGGCUCGCUCUCCCACACGGCACUGAGUCGCACCCAGUCCUCCCCUGCAGCUCCACUCAGUGCCUGCAGUACAGAGCCACGUCGCAGAGUGCUUUCCACCACUGGUGAGACAAUAUAACGAACACCUUCAAUCACACACAAAUUAUGUACGCACAUUCACAUGUCUAUUCAUGCUCGUUUAAUAUGUGGGGGCUGCUAUAGAGUAAGUAAAGAUUCACCUACACUUUUAGCAUAUUACAGAUCAUUAAAAAAAACGUUAUGUUAUAGACUGAGUGGCGAUACAGAGGCAGAUCUUUUAAUUUAAUUUAUCUACUUUAUGUCAAAAAGGAGGAAUAGUUCAUAUUUUCCAGGAGAUUUUUGGUCAAUUAGUCCUCUUUAUGAGAAAAUCGACCGCCCACUAACUGGUUGUAAUGGGUGACAAUGGAGUGGAGGUUAUAGGAGGUCGUGCAUGAGUGCUUUUGAGAAAAAUUUGUAUGAAUCAGAGAAAGUCAAAUAUUAUGUUAGCCAAAUUUCAUCUUUUACCAUCUUACUUUUUAUUUAUAAACCAUUCUUAUCGAGGGCUGUUAUCCUAAGCACUUUACAGAAUAUAGCUACUGAUGGGAAUCCAGAUAGAACAGUGUAUCAUUAGACACUCUGGUAGGAAGUGAGCGGAGAAGCCUGUCUGUGGUUAGCAAAAUGGGCAUUCCAAUCAUAUUACAGAAUCUUCUGGACAAUAAAUGAUCAGAUUAUCAAUCAGUAAAAUCUCAACUGUAGCCUGCUUUGCCCGCAACUAAGUAAUCGCUUACAAAUAAAAUUGAAAUGCCCUUAUAUUCCGUAACCUUACCAAUCAUUUGUGUUCACAGAAUGUGCCCUGUAAAAGCAAUUUAGAAUAAAGUACAUGUUGUAAAUGUUAUUUUAUUUUCAUUGGUGUGUUUAUUGGGCAUUUAAUGCCGUAUCCUCCGACUGCCCUUAGAAUUUGCAAAGCAGGUUUGGAGCAUGCGGAGAGAAAAGACUUCAAACUAAGAAUUUCAAUAAAGAAGCUGUACUCCUUUCACCUUUGCAAUGGAGAGAGAUUCAAUUCUAGAGUGUUUACAACAUACUAUAAUUCCCAAUUUUCUAUGUGUUCUAAUUUUCAUCUUUUUAUGAUGUAUUCUCACACUAAAGAUUUUUGGUAGUCUGAGCUUGCAAUACCUGCAAACAAUUCCAAUACCAAUCUGUGUGUCUAAUAUUGCAGAGAAUAUAUGGACAUAUCUCUUCUCUGGAAAUUGCACUGUUCAAUAUGGUGACUAUAGAUGAGAAUCACGUAAAAAUUUGUUAACCUUUUUCCAUUUGGUGUUUGUUAUUUUUGCUUGUUUUUUUUUUUAUUUUAUUGGAUUUUAACCCCUUAAAGACACAUGACAUGUGUGGCAUGUCAUGAUUCCCUUUUAUUCCAGAAGUUUGGUCCUUAAGGGGUUAAAGGGUGCCUGUCAUGCCCAAGAUCACUAAUGCUCUUUUGCAUAAACGUUUGCUAUUAACAGUACAUGUCCAAUGUAGGGGACUGCACUAAUUUCAGUAGGACAUGUCCUUAAAGGGUUACUAUAACUCUUUGGAGCAGGGGGACCUUUUCUGUGUAGUAUGCCCUAUUGGGUACUAUGCAUAAGGUCCCCAUGCUCUGAUUCUAGUAAAAUCUGUUUAAAAAAAAAAAAAAAUUGGGUUUACUUGCGUUGAAUCCAGUGCCAGGACAAAGAUUCCAGUGCUGCCUCCACCUUACAUCAAUGUGGUUGGACUAAUUGCUGGCUUAGAAUAUAUGUGCGCACUCCGGCGGGCCAGCUAGGGGAAGGAAGGUCUUUUUUAACACAAAUAAAAGGAAGGAGGCAGGAGGGUUUGCGCACAGGGUGGGGAGAGCUAGCUUACGUUUGCAGGUGCACCACCUAAAAGUGGAAUAUGUUAAAGUCUGUCUGAAACAUGCAGUGUGCGCUAACGACAGAUGUAAUAUAUGUACAGGAUUGACAGUUCUGCGCUGCUAGUUUAACGUGUACUGGGGGUACAACCAGCAAACAACUACAAGUAAAGUGAUCAUUGUGGCUGCAGUAUUCCUUUAAGUAAAAAAGAAAAAAAAAAAAUUAAAUAAGUAUAAACGUGAUGCUAUAGACCCUGGGCUUGACCUUAACCCCAUAGUCACAGUAUUCAAACGAAAAAAAGAAGGGUGGUCCAGUCAUUUAACUUUUAAAGUUCAACAGCCGUUUAAUGUAGCCUAUCAGAAGGCUUCACAGGGCGACCCCAAGUGGGACGAAUUAAAGAAGCGCGCAAGAGAUGAUCAGUUGCAGGAUAAAGAAGUGUUACUAUAAUUUGUCACACCUCAUAAAUACAUUACAAAUACUUAAAAAGGGCAGUUUCCCUUUAAAAUUCUUUAGACUGUCUCUGAGCUGCAGUUGAUCAUAUUACCACCGGGGGCAUCUGAGAGCACCCUUUUAAAUGGAAAGAUGUGCUUCCCAUACAGCCACUUUUAAUUAUAACUAGAGGACUAUAUUUAUUGGAUUGGCUAUCUUUGGAUAGCCUGUGUGUGCCAGAAGUAUUUUUAGCAUGCCAUGUCCCUGGGCCAUUAGAUAUAAUGACCUUAUUGAACCAAAGAUAUUAUCAAGGUGAGAGAAAACAAGAUGGCUGCUUAUACCAGACGAUGAUCAGACAAAACAUCUUUAUUUUAGUUGGGUUUUCAGUUAAAAAUUACAUUGUUUAGAUUGCAAUGUAUAAUGCUGGACAGUGGGUUUUGUUGUUUACGAGUAGUUAAACUGUAAAAGGGUGCUGCAUGUAUUUAAAACAACAUUGAGGCUUCCCGAAACUUUAGUUAUAAUGCAUUUUAUAUAAGUGCCAGAGGGCCGAAUCACACGUUUCAUUUGUUGCUGUGUAAUGUUUCAGUGCUGGCAAUCAUUUUAAAGGGUAACUGUCACUCCCGUUUAUUUAAAUAUAAUCUAUACACCCUAUAUUUAACAAACCCCCAUAUAUUUAACAAAUUAUGUCUUGUAUGGUCUGAAAAAUAAAAUUGAAUUCUGGAACUGUGUGCCUCCAUUUUGGAUUUGAAAAUAGUAAGUGGAAGAGGUGAAAUAGAAGCUGUGUUUCUAAUUCUCGCCCUUUCAAUGCAAUGCGUGCCUUGUUUGUGCCAGAACUGAACUGGACUGUGAUGUCCGUUGCUAAAUCCUUAAUAUAAACGAAAACAGAGCGUCUCAUGAAAAAAGGUGACUUGUAGGUGAGAAUUGAUGGUAACUCUAAAAAUAAAUUAAACUUUGUAGUGUUUCGAUCUUGUCUCAAUGUAAUUUUUUUUGUUUACUUGUCUGUUUAAAGCAAAAAACGAAAUUUAGCAAAUCUAGUUGCUGACUGCACUCAUGAUCAAUUUGGGAGACCUGUAAAAUGAUUCAUUCAGCUGGUUUGGAGCAGGCUUAGCCUGUCUCUGAAUGGGCAGCAAGUGAUAGGGGAUGAUUUGCUAAACUGUGAAUUGUAGUAAGCUGAAAAGCACGUUUGUAAGCUAAGCCUGUUUUGGAAAUAUUCUCCAACCAUUAGAAUUUUUUAGCCCGAAUUUGCAACUCUGUUUCAAUUCGCUUCCGUUGACUGAUUAGUAAAUAAAUCCUAUGGGCCGAAACGGUUGAAACAGCUAGAUGAGUAUUGACUGAAGAUAUUUGUAGCUUCCUGCUGGUGGUCAUGUGAGCAGCUCUCUAAGGUGAAGGAAUUGCACAAGAUUUUUGGAGUUUUCUUAAAGGGGAACAGUCUCUUCUCAGAAUGUUUGUUUAUUAUUAUGUUGAUUUAUCCCUUACAUUGAACAAACAUCUGUUUGUUAGGUUAAAAAAAAAUAAAAUGCAUAAAUCUACACUGCGGUAUUGAAGCUAUCAUGGAACUGAGCGCCUCCAUCUUGGCUCCCUGUCAGAGAUUGUAAUACAAUCUGCCCUUUGCACCUGUCAGUCAGCAUAGAAAAUCUGGAUUGUGACAUAAAUUGUUAAAUACAUUUACUUGGUCUCUCUGAGUACUAUAAUCACCGCAGUCUAAUAGUGGUUAUGAUGGUAGGAGUCCCAUGGCACAGUCUCGCUGUUUUUGAGAGUUUGAACACAUAACUGGAUCGUAUGGGUGUCCGUAGUUCAGCCUCUCCUCACAGAUUUCACUAAAGCAAAAAUUCUCCUUCCACUUUAGAUACAAAAAUUUGUCAAUAUUUGGACGGAAUUAAUUGGUUGAGAGUAACAGCUGACUCUCCUCAACCAAUGACCUCUGGCCAAUACAAACAGUAUUGGUAUCUCUACAGCAGACAUAGAAACUACGGCUUUUGAAAUAUUUGCAAAGAAGGACCUGACCUCUGGCACCAAGGGUACCCAGGUCAGUGGAAUGGUGCCAUGGAACUCCUCCUGGUUGUAGCGUUUAUGGUGCAUAAACCGAGCCCCAUGUGGAAAAAAACGGUUAACAAAGUUAUUGGUUUUGGUUUUUAUUCAGUGGUGUAUAUUCAGGAACGAGACAGUUUCUCUUCAAAGAAGUUAUAAAGAGUGUUUAAGAAUAUUUUUGCGAAACAAAUACCCUCAAAUCAAUCCUUAAUCAUCAUGUUUCAUCUCAAAACUUCCCCUCUCUCUUCUAGUGUUUUUUAUUUUAUUUAUUUUUUAUCACUUCUUCCAUGUUGUCUAAUGCCCUUUUCCAUCACAGGCCUUGUCUAUGAUACCCUGAUGCUAAAACAUCAGUGCACAUGUGGGGACACCAACAACCAUCCAGAGCAUGCUGGGAGAAUACAAAGUAUCUGGUCCCGCCUGCAGGAAACUGGUCUUUUGGGCAAGUGUCAGGUGGGUUUAUGAAUAUCCACAGAACAGUGAGUGAUUGGGGUUCAUUAACGAUUCAGUGGGAUAAAAAUACCAACAGAAAAUGGGGAAGACAUGGGGAAAAAUAGGGGAAACACAAGUCACUAGGGAAAGAAACAUAUCAUAGUCCAGACAUGUUUUUUUGCUAACAGAAGCCAAACACAUCUUUUUGUUAUUUUUUUGGAGGGACAUAUCGGGGUGGUUUUUGUUUUGGGUGGUGGGGGGAGGAGCACCCAGGAGGGACAAUAGGAAUGACGUGAUGUUCUUGUCACAGCGCGUGCGGGGCAGGAAGGCCACGUUGGACGAGAUUCAGACGGUACACACAGAACAUCACACCCUUCUGUAUGGGACCAGCCCACAGAGCCGUCACAAGCUGGAGAGCAAGAACCUGCUGGGUGAGGGUGGAGGAAAACAAGGGGGUUGUGGUAGAAGACAAUUGUGAUUGAAUAUGUAUCUUUAAGAUAGGGUUCUGGAAAGGGUUUUAGAGCUUUGGGAAAUGAGCUGGUCAAAAAGAUAGUAGAGAUAUAAGCGUAGGAAAUGUAGUGUGUGAUAUGAUAAAUGGCAUUUAAAGGUCGUGUAAUGUUUGCCCAAGAAAAGGAUGGAGGGUGGAGCAGCGAGGCACAUGGGGGAAAAAAGAGCGGACAAUUAGGUAGAGCUAUUGCCUGUCCUCUAAGCAUAUACACUUGUCUAUUUAAGCAUAAUACACCAUAUUAAAGGAUCAACCAUGCUUUAAUGUAAAUGCCUUUUAUACAAAUUACCAUGCUGAGACAAAUUCAGAGACACGAGAGAAAGGUGUGAACUUCACUAUUCCAGACAGAGAGAGAAACAGGAAGAUAAAAACUGACCCAUUUGAAAUCAAAGUUGGAUUCUUGUAAGCCGAAAGCACUGAGCACGUUCUCAGUCUGGAGCUGGGAUUCCAAUCUUAGCUAGUGACCAGCGCAUCAACACAUGAGUCUAAAUUAAUGGCAGUUUGCAGGCUGCUGUAAAGUGCAGAUUUUCUGCCAUAAAAGUAUAACUUAGCACUUUUAAUGACGUUAAUAUAACUUUUUGAACUUCUCUUAAUGUUCAGCAUAAACUGAAGCUUUGCUGUACCUUAAAUUAAGACGUACCAUUAGGUAGCGCAGGCAGAUUACCCUGUCCCUCUAUCUACACUUAAAAUAUUGGUGACUGUGUGUGAUUUUUUAAAUUUUGUUUUGUCUUGUCUUCUUUUAUGAAACCUUUCUGCAGGACCUUUGUCUCAGAAGCUUUAUGCGGUUCUACCCUGCGGGGGGAUUGGGGUAAGAAUGCAUCCAUAAUUCGAUCUAUGGAAUUUGCCACACUAUAAUUCAUAUACGUUUCAAUUUAGAAAGUGCUUCUGUAUGUCACUGUGGUGUGUUAUGGGCAAUCUUGCAGGCUGAGUAUAGUUUGUGUUUUAGUUGAUCAGCUACUACUUUGUACUAAUGAGCUUAUUGCUACCUAAAUACGUCAUCAUCUAAAGGGACACUAGUCACCAAAACCACUUUAGCUUAAGGAAGCCGUUUUUGUGUAUAGAACAUGUCUCUUAAAGGAUCACAUUUAUUACUGAUCCUAUAGUACUAAAUCCACCAAUGAGGUGGCUUGCCCCCCCUUAGCACCUCUAUAAAAAUUUUAAACUCACCUUAUUUCCAGCGCCACGCGGGUCCGCCUGCGCUGGGUCAGCCCCCUUCAUGACAUCAUCAAAAUGACCGAUUUCCUUAGUUCCCAAAUGCCGUUUUGGCCAAUCAGGACCUCCUCAUAGAGAUGCAUUGAAUCAAUGCAUCUCUAUGAGGAAAAUUCAGCGUCUCCAUGCGGAGCAUGGGGACGCUGAACGGCAGGGCUGCUUACUGUGCAGCACUGAGCCAGGAAGCACGUCCAGUGGCCAUCUAAAGAGUGGCCACUUGGAGGUGUCCCUAAAGGCAAAGUAAACACUGCCUUUUCCCUGAAAAGGCAGUCUUCAUAUGAAAAUGUCUGAAGGGAGCCAUUAUACUCACCAGAACAACUACAUUAAGCUGUAGUUGUUCUGGUGACUAUAGUGUCCCUUUAAGUUUCACUGCUCAAUUCUCUGCCAUUUAAGAGUUAAAUAACUUUGGUUCUGUUUAUGCAGCUCUAGCCACAAAUCUCUUGGCUGUGACUAACACAGCCUGCAUGAAAACAAAAUGAUUUCAUUAUCAAUCAGAUGUAACUUAAUUCAAAGGUUUUCAUCUCCUGCUCUGUAUAUUGAACUUUAAUUGCAUUCAGGAGCUCCUGUAGGGUCUAGCAAACUAUUAAUAAAGCAGGAGGUAAGAAAUUCUAAAUUAAACAGAAUUUGCAUUAAAGUAAGUUUAAAGGGACACUCUAGUCACCCGGACCACUUCAGCUCAAUGAAAUGCUUUCCUAUGGACACUUUGAAUGCGCGAGCGGCAGUUGCCACGCAUGCGAAUUCGGCUCCACUGAUGUUGGAGGGCUGCUGACGUCGGCAAGGGAGGAGAGGUCACCAGCGCCAAGGGAGCCCGGCGCUGGAUUAAAGUAAGUAACUGAAGCGGUUUUAACCCCUUCAGCACCACAGGAGGGGAACCCUGAGGGUGGGGGCACCCUCAGGGCACUAUAGUGUCAGGAAAACCGCUUGGUUUUCGCGGUUUUCCUGACACUAUGGUGAUCCUUUAAACAUUAGAUCAGAGGUAGGCAACCUUUUGGUAGUACUAUGCCAAAACAUGAAUUUGGCAGUCCCUUAGUGUGCCGGUCCAAUUUUUUUAAUUUGAGGUGUUUCUGCUUGUGUUAUUUAUGGGUGCAGUUGCAGUUGCAUUGUAACGUAUAUGUUCAUGAGUAGUUUGUGUUUUUGUGUAUGAUACCUAUGAAUGGGGGCUGUUUGAGGAAUUGUGCGUCUGGAUGAUAUGUCACAUUGUGUGGGGCGGUUUGUGGUAUAGCAUGAGCGGCUACCUGUGUGCUUGUAUGUGUAUUGUCAGUGGUGUUGUGUUUGUGGGCACUAUGUUUGUGUUUGUGUGUGGGCUGUUUGUAUUUGUAUAAGGAGGAGGCUUCUUCUACAGCUCUGUGUAUAUCUACCAGUGUGGAUGGCUUUGCUGGGGUCCAGUGGGGAACGGGUUGGUAAGGUACCAGUCAAGUGCAGGAGCUGCGAUAGCUGCUGCAGGCUGAUCUUCUCCAGUGCAGAUUCCCAUUCACAAGUGCUGGGAGGAAGUGAUCUGAGAUUACUUCCUGUAUGUGCUGCAAUGAGUGAAUUGAGUGUCUGACAUCAUGCAGUCACUGCCUGGUUUGCAGUAGAAAAUAUCUGAAGUCCCACUGGGACUUCUGAUAGGCCAGAGCCCUUUUGUCUCUGGCCGCGUCGAGUGCCGUGCAAGGACGCCUCAAGUGCCAUGCGUGGCACACAUGCCAUAGGUUGCUGACCCCUGCAUUAGAUGACUCUUUACAGGAAGUGUUUAGGAAGGCUUAGCAAGUCACAUGCAGGGAAGUAGGGACUAGGGCUGUAUAAACAGUGAUUUAACACCUAAAUGGCAGAGGAUUGCAGGGGCAUGAUCUAUAUCUAUAUCUAUGAUCUAUGAUCUAUAGACCACAAAUGCCUUUUAAGCUAAGUUGUGUUGGUGCACAUACUUGCCACACAAUGACCUGUCCGCUUGCAUUUAGAGAUCUAUUCUUGCGCUCUCCAUAAGAACUUCCAAAGUGUUUCCACAUAAGGUUUCCUUCGUUCCCAACUGUGUUUUCAAUUGUUGGGGAUUUUCCUUAUAACGUUGCAUGGUUUCUACCCAUAAAUGACCCUCACCCAGUACUUGCAGUGUUUUCUACUUUUGGACAUUGUUCCACUACUCAAAUAGUUCUCUACCCGCCUAUGCUUCUCUCCCAGUUUUCUAUAGUGUUGUAAGUUUAGACUAGACUCCUUUGGGAAACUAAUAUGUUUAUACCUCCAGUGUGUUGCAGUGGUUUCCACUUGAACAGAUAUGAUAGGACCCAGAUAUGUUUUUCCUUUGCAAGGUUGCCUUUCUAGGUGACCCAAAUCUUUUCCUUCAAAUAAAUAAUGCAUCUCUAAUGGCAGGUGGACAGUGACACAGUAUGGAAUGAACUACACUCUCCCCCUGCAGUGCGGACAGCCGUGGGCUCUCUCCUCGAGCUGACUUUCAAAGUGGCAUCUGGAGAGUUGAAGGUAUGUCACCAUAAUGGAUUGAAAUCAGUCAGGCAGGUUAGAGUCAUUGUGAAGUGCUGACACUAAUUCCCCCGUCUAUGCUUCUUCCUAAUGUUCUUUCUUUACUAUUCUUUUCCACCUUACCCUUGUUUGUCCACAUCUACCCUUUCCCAUUAUUGUCCUCCUCCUUUAUAUUACUUUCUAUGUACAAUUCAUCCUCCUGAAGAAUGGCUUUGCAGUUAUCCGUCCACCAGGACAUCAUGCCGAGGAGUCCGUUGCCAUGUGAGUAUUGUGACAGUAUUGUCUUUUUAGCAGUUCUUCUACAUGUACUAAAUGAGUGUUCUUCACUUUAUUCUGUCCAGCAUCUGUCAUUCUAAUCUUCAGAAUGUUCUGUCUCUCAUAACAUGCUUCUCUAUCUUGUUUCAUUCAGACAUGUCUGUCUUUCAACCAACCCUAUCCAUCCUACCUUCUAUAGAAUUGUCUAUCUUGCGUACCAUACAUAACCAUCUUAUCUUCAUAACUCACAUCCAUUUCUGUUUCCUCUUAGAACUUUUUUUGUCUUGACCUUCUAAUACCUUGUAUUUCCUUGGGAACUUUCUAGUGACAUAUCUAUUCAAUUUUUUUUGUAGCUUUAUAUCUCUUGACAUUCGUAUCAAUGCAGUCUUAUUCAGAAGUGUAUCUUUCUCGUCAUACACAUAUAUUCAUAUUUUCUUCACAACCCUUUCCAUAACUACUGAUUUACAUAUCUAUCUAAUUUUCUUAAGAAAUUUGUCUCCCCGUGCUCCCCAACUCUUUGUGGCACCCUCACUUUUUAUCUUUUUAUCGAAAUACCAGCUGUUCUAUCCGAUUUGUGUCAAUCAGUGAACUUUUCCCCAUUCUUUCCCUUCUAGGGGUUUCUGUUUUUUUAACUCUGUUGCUAUUGCGGCCAAACUACUGCGCCAGAAGAUGAACGUGGGCCGGAUACUGAUAGUGGACUGGGUGAGUUACUGUAGGUUCAUGACUAAUAUACGAAAAUAUGGGACUCUGAAGUUGGUCUAAACCUUAAGCCAAAGGAGUUUGGACUUUCAGGAUGACCAACAACUUCCAUAAAAUCUCAUAGGCAAAACAUAAUCGUACUAGAAUGAGAUUAUUAACGGUAUAUAUUUUAAUAUUUAAAAUAAAUGUUGCUUAAAUGUUCAUUUGGAAAACUGUAAAUCCAUAAAAUAUGUCCCUGUCAUUUAACACAUUUUGGUACUACAUGUGACUAACCCUUUUACUCAUUCAACAUGUCACUGCUAUUGAGUCACUUUGCUACCACAUGGGCUGAUUCUGGAAGUCAUUAGCGUGUCACUGUUAAUUGGGCUCCAUUUUGUUUCGUGUGAAACUAACUCUCAAUCAUUGUGGUUGUCUUUCCACUCCAGGAUAUUCACCAUGGCAAUGGCACUCAACAAGCAUUCUACAGUGAUCCAAAUGUUCUCUAUAUGUCUCUCCACCGUUACGAUGAUGGUAACUUCUUUCCAGGCAGUGGCUCUCCAGAAGAGGUGUGUUGGGUAGUGGGGAUGAGGAAGACUAGGACAGUGGUGGGUGGGUAACUAAAGAGGGCACCAUUCACCAGAAGGUGUAUUUUUUUAUGUCACAGGUGGGCGCUGGCUGUGGAGUGGGGUUUAAUGUGAACAUUGCGUGGACUGGUGGUGUGGACCCCCCAGUGGGUGAUGCUGAAUAUCUUGCUGCUUUCAGGUAUGUCCCAAUGUUUCAUCACAUCACCAUUUUUUGCUUCUUUUCAUUUCUCAUCAUUGACGCUUUCCCAUAAUUCCAAACAACUCAACGAACAUAGAGUAGUAAUCGGGUACAAAUGUAAAAUGUAAAAUCUAUAAACUUUGAUGGCAUAUGUCGGUUUGGGUUUGUAACAAAAAAGACUUUGUCCCUUUAAACUCAGCAGAAGUUUAGUUUAUUUCCUCUUUUCUCUCUGUACCUGCUGCCCUUCAUGCAUUCUCAUUGCUUGUCACCAAAAUCUGUUUUCCUUCACAUCCCUAAUCCGUACUCCAAUGGGGCCUAUCCUCAUUAACGUAGAUGGCUCCUCCAGAUUUUAUUUAACCACACCGGCCUUUAUAAGGAAAUGCUAGAGGUGUUUUUCGAAAUCCUUAUCAAAGCUGAAGUAUUAGCUUGUAAAAAUAGUAUACAAUAUACUGUAAUACUCUUUAGACAUUUAAUUCCAAGUCCCCCAAUGCCAAGGCUGAGACCAGAGCUAUGGAGUAGGACAAUAAGUAUUUUGUUAUGACCUGCACGCUGGUUUAUAAUAGCAUAUACAAAGUGGUUGGAUCACAAUGAGAAAUACACAUUUGCAAACAAUGUACAACCCACCUACAGCUUGGUAUAGAUAAUUAACACAGGUAAAUGUCCAGUAGUUGGUAAUACAAAUAGGUAUGUCACAAUAACACAGGUAAAUGCAGAGUAGAUUGAUAUGGCAAUUUAAUACAUAUAAUUGUAUAAGAAAGAGGGAGUAGCACCUCAAAGUGUUCUCAGAUGGUAUAUGCAACAAAACAGAAGGCAUAAACUUGAAAUAUAUAUAUAUAUAUAUAUAUAUAUUAUUUUUUUUAUUAUUAUUUAUUUUAACUCUAUUAAUACUUUAGUUUAAAGACUUUUCUAGAUCACAUUGGUGUACUGCAAGCAUGUCAAACUUGCGGCCCACAUUGAACAUAUUUGCGGCCCGCCUGCCCUGGGGCUGCUUUAUGCUGUGGCUGCGACCAGCCGCAAGACACGAAAGAUAUUUUGUCUUCUCUCCGGCGGCCACAAUAGUGCAGUGUGGCUGACUGUCUGCAGAGCAGGCAAACCACUCCCCCUUCCCUCCUGCUCGCAGUGCCGGCCACUCCCCCUUCCCUCCUGCUCGCAUUGCCGGCCUUCCCUCCUGCUUGCAGUGCCUAGAGGAGCGUCUGGCCUGCUUGAGCAGCGCUGGAACUGGAGGGCGGGCAGUUCAUCUUAAGGUAGGAGAAGAGGGGCUUGUGGGGGACCUUACUGUGUAAUGUAGUGUAAUUUGGGGUAAGGAAGUGCAGUGUAUUAAUUUAAUGAAGGCAGGGGGACAGUGUAUUUUAAUUUCGGAGAGGGAGGGAGGUAGCCAGUGUAUUAAUUUAAUGAAGGGAGGGGGCCAGUGUAUUUUAAUUUGGAGGAGAGAAGUGGCCAGUGUAUUUUAAUUUGAAGGAGGGCUGGGGCCAGUGUAUUAAUUUGAGGGAGGGCGGAGGCAAGUGUAUUAAUUUAAUGAAGGGAGGGGGCCAGUGUAUUUUAAUUUGAGGGAGGGAGGGGACAGUGUAUUAAUUUGAGAGAGGGAGGGGACAGUGUAUUAAUUUGAGCGAGGGAGGGGGCCAGUGUAUUAAUUUGAGCGAGAGAGAGGGCCAGUGUAUUAAUUUGAGGGAGAGAGAGGGCCAGUGUAUUAACUUGAGGGAGGGAGGGGACCAGUGUAUUAAUUUGAAGGAUUGAGGGGGCCAGUGUAUUAAUUUUGAGGGAGGGAGGGGACAAUGCAUUUGAGGGAGGGAGGGGGCCAGUGUAUUAAUUUGAAGGAUUGAGGGGGCCAGAGAAUUAAUUUGAGAGAGGGAAGGGCCAGUGUAUUCAUUUGAGGGAGAGAGAAGGCCAGUGUAUUAAUUUGAAGGAGAGAGAGGGCCAGUGUAUUAAUUUGAGGGAGGGAUGGGACAGUGUAUUAAUUUGAGGGUGGGUGGGGGACAGUGUAUUAAUUUGAGGGAGGGUGGGGGGCAGUGUAUUAAUUUGAGGGAGAGAGAGGGCCAGUGUAUUAAUUUGAAGGAUUGAGGGGGCCAGUGUAUUAAUUUGAGGUAGGGAGGGAGGGGACAAUGUAUUAAUUUGAGGGAGGGAGGGGGCCAGUGUAUUAAUUUGAAGGAUUGAGGGGGCCAGUGUAUUAAUUUGAGGGAGGGAGGGGACAGUGUAUUAAUUUGAGGGAGGUGGCAGUAUAGUUGGGGAGGGUGGGGGCCAGUGUAUUAAAUUGGGGAAGAGAGUAGGCACUGUGUUCAUUUGAGGGAGGGAAGAGUCCAGUGUAUUAAAUUGGGAGAGGGCCUGUGUAUUAAAUUAGGGAGGGGGAGCAGUGUAUUCAUUUGAGGGAAGGAGGUGGCAGUGUAUUAAUUUUGGGGAGGGUUGAGGCCAGUGUAUUAAAUUGGGGGAGGGGGUGGGGCUGUGUAUUAGAGUGGUGGAAGGGGACAGUGUGUUAAAUUAGGGGGAGGGGCAGUGGUGGGAGGGGGCAGUGUGUUAAAAUGGGGGAGGGAGAGAUGCAGUGUAUUAAAUAGGGAGGGAGAGGUGCAGUGUAUUAAAUGGGGGCAGUGUUUUAAAUUAGAGUGGUGGAAGUGGGGGCAGUGUGUUAAAUUGGGGGGAGGGGCCGUGUAUAAAAUUAGUGGUGGGAAUGGGGGGCAGUGUAUUCAAUUAGAGUGGAGGAUGGGCAAUGUAUUAGAUUGGGUGGAGAGGGCAGUGUAUCAGAUUAGAUAUGGGGGCAAUGUAUUAAAAUGGGGGGGGACAGUGUAUUAGAUUGGGUCUGCAUGGAGACGCUGAAUGCUCCCCAUGGAGACGCUGACUGGCCAUGCAGCUUUUUGCCACACGUGCACAAUAGCCUCCCAUUGACUUCAAAAUUUACAGCUGGGCAACAACAUACAUUCAUCAUUUCAGUCCCAUUACAAAACUUUUCUUAAUGUAUCAAGGUAGUUGGACUGAUUAAAAUAAAUUCGCUCUUUUAUUUACUUUGAAGCCUUACGAGGGUGACUACAUCCAGUGUCAGGCAACUUUUUUAAAAUUGUACUUUUGGAAAUAAACCAAAGUUUCUAUGAAAACUUAUUUUUUUUUUUCGAGCCACUUAAAUCUUGGUUUAUUUGGCCCGUGUUAGCCUUUGAGUUUGACAUGCUUGGUGUACUGCAUAGAGAAGUGAAGGAUAAUGCGAAGAAUCCUGUUUUUUGUCAGUCUCUAAACACAAUUAGAGUAAUUUAUUAUUGUUAAGGGAACAGAUAGCGACAGCGUUUUUUUCAGAGAUUUCAUUCUACAAGCAUAAACUUGGUGAUGAACUAAGUGCAACUCAGUAGCACUUUGAAUUUGCAAGAGUGUCUUGAGAGUGUGGAUGCGCCCUGGUACAAUUACAAUUUUUUAGACUGCUGGCAUUUGAAGUUAAAUUUCAUAGACACUGUACGACCAAACGUCUGUUAUUAUAUUUAAAAAUUGUAUUCAAAACUACAAAACCCAACAGAGCUUUUACAGUGAUAGAAUCUAAUGAGUUGAAGCUGUUGAGUUCCACUAGAAAACAACUUUUGAGUAGAACGCCUCAUUUAGGAACCAUUUUGGGGCUUAGAGUUUGGAGAAUCUUGGUCUGUGCACUGACCCAGAUGUUGCUGAAUUACAACUCCCAUGAUUUUCUGUCUAUUUCAUUUAAAGAAUCAUAGGAGUUGUAGUUCAACAACGAUUGGAGGGCCAGAGUUUGGAGAACCCUGGCAUAGACCAUAAAAUCGUAAUUCCCCCCUUCUCUUAUUUUGUUUGUCCCACCACCCUUAGUCCUUCAUUUGUCUUAUGGAAAUGUUUCCCGUUGCAGAAUGGUGGUCAUGCCCAUAGCCAGAGAGUUUGCCCCAGACCUUGUCCUGGUUUCAGCCGGAUUUGAUGCAGUUGAAGGACACCAGAGUCCACUGGGGGGCUACUCGGUGACAGCAAAGUGUAAGUUUGAGUGAUACUGCGAUAUUGUUUUUUUUGUUUAGUUUUGUUUGUUCCUGUAUGUCAAUAUACCAUUCUCCUACCUGUUACUAAUUGUCUGUAUCCACCUUCACCAACUCAUUUCACGCUUAUCUACCCGCUAUUGAUUGUUUGAACAUGCCUCAACUAUUCACACGUUCCUUUCUUGACAUAUACAAGUAAACCUCUCUUUUCUACAAUCCUUCCCCUUAUUUAUUGAGCCCCUAACCUAAAUCCCCGCAACCGCUAACCUAUCAUGAUCCCUUCAAGGUUUUGGACACCUCACAAAGCAGUUAAUGACUCUAUCUGGAGGACGUGUGGUCCUGGCGCUAGAGGGAGGUCAUGAUCUAACUGCCAUCUGUGAUGCCUCUGAGGCCUGUGUGUCGGCUUUGCUGGGCAUGGAGGUGAGGGCAGAAGGGGGCACUCACCAUCUGGGAGGGGACACUCAGCUGUUUUCUUCUGCCUUUUGCCCUCUUCUAUAACCUUCUCUUUUUGUCUUUAGCCUGCACCACUUGAUAACAGUGUCCUCCAACAGAGGCCUAGUGACAACGCAUUGACCACUCUAGAGAGAGUCAUCGCUAUCCAGAGUGAGUUGGAGAGGUCCUUAAGAGAAUUAAAUAAGGAAUAAUAUGAAUGUUUAUGUUGUACUGAAUCAGGGAGCUGUUAUGAGGUGUGUAUAGUUAUAAAUUAAAAUAAUGGGUGAUAAGUUAGUGAGGAAUUGUUAGAUUUUAAUAUAGUUUAUACAUUUAUGCACCAGUGCUUUGUAUGCAAAAUACUGCCGAACCCAGUUGCAAUCAUUUUGAUAUUAGAGGCCGAUAUAAAACUAAUUCAGUUAUUUGGUAUUUAUUUAUAAAAUAUUUUACCAGGAAAGAUACAUUGAGAUUUCUCUCGUUUAAGUCAUCAAUUAUAAUAGGUGUUGGAGACUUAAAGGAAGCACGGGAGAGAAAUUAUAGAGCGUUUAAUGGGUUAACAAGGAACCUGUGAGAGGAGUUAUAGAGCGGUUUGCAGUUUGAGGGCACGGUGGGUUUGAGGACACACAAUGGCCUAAUGGGAGGAGUUACAGAGAAAUUGAAAGUCAUGUAGGGAGUUUAUGGGAGGAGUUAUACCGCUGUUUGAGGACACAAAGAGAACUCCUGGGAGCCAUUAUAGAGCAGUUAGCGGACACAGAGUGAACUCAUGGGAGGAGUUAUACAGCUGUUUGAUGACAAAUAAAACUCAUGGGAGGAGUUAUACAGUUGUUUGAGGACAAAGAGAGAACUCAUGGGAGGAGUUAUAGAGCUGCUUGAUGACACCGAAAGAACGUGUGAGAGGAGUUACACAGCUUUUUAAGGACAUAGGAAACUCAUGGGAGGAGUUAUACAGCUGUCUGCGGACAUACAGUAUGCAUGUGGGAGACGUUGUAUAGCUAUUAGAAGAUGUACACAGAGCCCAUGAGAACAGAUAUAGACAGCUAAACGAUAUGCAGAGGUUCCAUAGGAAGUUAAAUAAAGCAGAGGAAACAUGUGGGAUGAGUUAAAUAGCUAUUAAAAAAUUCACACUGGGAAGCCUAUUUGAAGAUUCCUAGAAGUAAGAGGACUUACAAUGUGUGCAUGUGAGGGAGCUAAGUGCUUUAAAGGAACGAAAGAUGUAGGAACUAUAGGGCAGUUAAGGGACCCCUCAUUCAAUGUAUAUCUUUAUUUCUCCCACAGGCAAACACUGGAGCUCAUUAAAGAGCAUUGCUCUGGGACGAUCCCUCCUGGAAGUGCAGCAGGGAGAGGUGGAGGAAGCAGAAACAGUCACUGCAAUGGCAUCACUAUCUGUUGAUACAGACCAGAACCCUACAGACUCCAGGUAACCUGUCCCCCCUUAACACCCUCUCCCCUUUCACACUCACCACAUACAUGUAACUGGAUUCCAUGUGAAUGGCCUGUUGAUCCAUCAGGCUGUCUCCUGGUAAAAGAUGCCUGGUAAAAGACACUAUCUCAUAUACACCCAACUAAAACAAUUGCUACGAGUUUACUACUGGUUAGUCAUAUAGAGUGUGUGCAAAUUUGAGGAAGAAGUCAGCAUGCAGGAUCCACCACUUUUUGUCAACAAUUCUAGAUCCUGCACAGAUCUUGAUGAAGACCUUUUAAAGGUCGAAAAGUAGAUUAUUAUUUUUUUUUAAUGCAAACUUCAAUACAUUCAUUUGAUUCAUUUAAAAAUCCAGUGAAGGCUCUCAUUUUCUCGUUGGUCUAUAUAUACAAACAUCGUCAAUAAAAGCAUUCCGUGGAACCAUAAUUUUUCCUUUUUUACUUGGCAUGUUGCAAACACUACAUCAUCAGAGAAUUGAAAGAACCAUUGCUCGAUUCUUGUACAGUUGGAAAUCAGGGGCUGCUUUGCAUUCUAAAUGGCUGCUGACAUUACGUGCCGUUUCUUUUUCAGUAAAUGUCAGUGUGAAUGUGGAAAUUGUUAAAUAUUUAUAAAAUGACCAAACAAACUUUAAACUCUACAAAAUAAUUCCAGCAAAAUUUACAGUAACUUUUUUUUUUUUUAGUCCAGAAAAAUAAUCUGUUAGGGUUAUUGUCAUGAGUUGAAUUCUAAAUAAAAAACAAAUUGUGCUGGUGGCAUUUUAAAUGGAUUUCCGGAAGACCCAUGCCUCACAUGCCUGUACUCCCUCGAGAGGUGAGACUGUUCACUGUGGAACAUUGGUCACCAAAAACACAUUGAUUUUUUUCAGUGACACUUGUCCUGACACUUCCUUAUUUGCGUUGGCAGGUCAUGGCAAAGAGCCCACAUGCAGGGUUUUGUCUCCUGGAACCCCCUGUGGAGACUGAAAAUGAUCUUUCCUGCUCUAGAGUUCUGAUGUGCUUACUGGGUUAGAGAUUGAUUGGCUUACAGUCAAAUCUUAAGAACAAAACCAGACCAUUGUUUUUUUGUUUGUUUUUUAUCUUUUUUUAAUCACACUGUGAUUCUUCACACUUGUGAUGCUCUGUCCAUUAUUAAGCAAAAAAUAUAGGUUCCAUAACGUACACGAGAAGGGUACUCUUAAUACCAUAUCCACUAUAGCUCAUUGUAGUGGUUAUGGUGCAAAAAGUAUUUGGGUGACAUCCCGUUGUUUUGCAUUAAACCAAAAGCUGUUUGCAAAACCUGGGGCUGUCCACACAUCUAAUGCCCAUCCACUCUGCCACCACUGCGAUAAUAUGUACAUGUAGAUGUACAUAUACAAUUAUAUAUUCAGUGCAUGGUGGCUUUGGGCGGUCAUUUAUUUUCAAUAUGUUUGUAGAUCCAGUGUGGAAUGUGUAUAAGCCUUGCAGUUUUCCUCUAAGUUUUGUUUAAUGAUGUUGGCAAAUUCAUAUUAUGAAUCUAUUUAUUUUUCUCUUUGCUUAAUGUUCCAUUUUUAAGUACCAAUAAGAAUGAGUUAUAGCUCAUUACCAUACUGUAUAGAACAAUACAUCCUCACUAAAAGUGUGAAUUGCUGGGAAUUCAUAGCAAAUUUUUAGGCCUUAAAUUAGAAAUCAACUUUGAAUUCACAUUUCAUUGAAAUACCCUGUAAACCUUUCAUAGUCUGAACCUUGGUUAAACAGGAUGUUUUAUCUUGAAUUUCUGGCUCCUGUUUGCUAUAUUGUUGUUUGUGCUCCGAUUUGUGGUGUUUACUCUUUUUCUAUCUCCUUCUAGAUCCAUAGAAGAGCCAAUGGAAGACGAACCAGUGCCGUGAGACACUCUCCCCUACUCACCCCAGAAUCCAACACACCACAGUUCUUUUUUUCUAUUUUUUUUUUUUUUUUUCUUAGUUUUUGUUAAGGUGAUCUGUUUAUUUUUUCUAUUAAAACCGAAAAACAGGAAAGAAAAACAAAAAAAUAAUAUUACUAAAUGGGUCCGAUGUCCAGAGUCCUCACAGCCGAGGUUAGCACACUUACUACCCCAAACUGGGACCUCUCUCUUGUUAAGUCGCUCCCCAUUUCUGCUGCUGUGCUGAAUCUGGUCUCACUGCUGCCCUCAAUGGGUGGAAACACCGUAAAGACAACUGCCAACUUCUCCUCAUUCUGUGCCUGAUACAACACUAAUAUAUAAACAUAUAUAUAACUCUAUAUGGACACACACAUUAAUGCACACACAUGCCUUAUAUUUAUGUAGCACUUGAUAACUGGCCCAAAACAAGUGAAUUUGAAUUCAGAUUUCAAAGAAAUCUGGUCUGUAUUCAUCAAAGGCCAUAUUUAUUUGCUGUUUUUCCAACUAGCAAAACAAAAAUGGGAGAUUAAAACGUCGCUAUAGUCCAUAUUCGCGGCCUACUGAUAAUGCUGUGAAUGUGAGAUGCCUGGCAAAGAUUUAAAUUGAGGAAUUUUGCACAAUAAAAUAAUUUCAGGCAGCAGUUACCAAUUCAGUUUAAACUCAGGGGACUGUUCACUAAACUUAACUGGCUUUUAACCCCUUAAGGACACACGACAUGUGUGACAUGUCAUGAUUCCCUUUUAUUCCAGAAGUUUGGUCCUUAAGGGGUUAAAAUGUAAAUCGCUGAGUUGUAAAAAAAAUAAUUAAAAAUAAAAUAACAUCAGAUUUUUUUACAUUUGAUAUUAUCUAAACUCAGUUUAGUAUUUAAUGAGCCAUGAUAGUCCCGUGGCACUCAGAGUUUUGUUUGUAGAAGAACAAUAUUAAAUAAACUAGGUAUGGUUUAACCUUUUUAUGAACCAGUGAUGUUCUGUGUUGUGCAUUGCAUUAUGAGACUGUCCCAGCGCUAUAUUGCCCCUGGCUGAAUUCUAUAGAGCAAAUCGGCUAAUUUUAGGAAACCCCAGCUUAGUUGACUGCUAGCUCAGCUUUCUUUCUUUCAAUAACUUAUCACGGCAGUUUGAAUGAACAAUAAAUCUAUCACCGGAAGAUUUUUUUUAAAUGGUUAAAUUGUUUCUUACAGCUAACCUAAAGCUACAGUUUAUUAAUCUGUGAUUACCAGUUAAGGAUAGAACAGUUUUUCAGCUUGAAAUUGAUUUAUGGGUUUUAAAGCCUUUGUCAAACUGCAGUUUGUCUCCGAUGACUUUCGCAGAGACCGAUUUCACUGAAAAAGCUUCCUUAAGUAUAUGCUGUUAGCAUCCAAUUAGAACUGCUGAUUAGUUUCCUAAAAUUCCAUUCUACUAGGGUAAAUAAAUAAAACGCUAUAAUGGUCUAAUGAUGCUGUAUGACCACUAUACCAAGUGGUAAAUAACUGAAAUCUACCAGUAACCAGGUACAAACUGUUUUCAAAGUCAAAAAUGACAUUUCUGAACAAGUACCCUCUUCAAAUAUUUUUUCCCAGCAUCAGAUGCUUGCGAGACUAAUGUCAGCAGCUCACAGCAACCACUGGGAAUUCGAUUGUUUUUCCACGCUAAACACAUUUAAAAAAAAAAAAAAUUAAAUUGUGAUUACAUUGAAACAUCAUUGGUUUCUAGUGGGUUAAAUGUUUAGUUUAAUCAGAAAUCUGGUUACACCAGCAAUCUCGAAUCCCCAAAGUAAAUACCGCUUUGAUAAAGGCCAGUCUCAUUACUUCAUAACAAAAGUCAUUUUACAAUUUGCAUUUAAAAUGCUACAUUUAAAAAAAAAAAAAAAAAAAUCUAUAUAUUUUGUUUGUUUUGUCCUUUUUCUCCAGUAUGUCAUUUGAUACAUUCUACAAACACCAAAGAAAAUAUGGCAAAAACAGUAUUAAAAAAAAUACAAAAAACAGACAAAACUUAGCCUUUGAUAAACUUGCAACUAUAUGUGUGUGUUUAUAUAUAUUUAUAUAUAUCUUAACACGUGCGUAAAUUGCAUAUUUUAUCCUUCUGUAGCACUCAACUGUCCCGGACUAUUGACAUUAUAUGUACUUAAUAUUUUAUAACACUAUGUGUAUGUAAAUGAGUAUAUAUAUGUAAUCGCACGUGUGUGUAUUCUAUAUAUUGUGUAGUUGGAGAGGCAGUCCCACUAAGGACCAAAUAAAAAUAAAUCGUAAUCUUGGAUUUGAAACAUUUCAAAUAAAAAUUAAAAUAACCCAGGGGAAUGAUAUAUAUAUUGGCAGUAUUCAACACAGGGCUGGGAACAGAAUUCACUAUUCAUAUAUAUAGAUAUUCCUGCCAUGUGGGACUGCCCCUUUAUACUUUCAUCAUGGGUUGGGCAAAUGUUUUGUGAAGAAACAUUGAAAAUGUAAAGAAAUGAUGUGUUACACUGACAGAAUGGAGUUUCUUUUGGCAAUUGGGUCCAUUUUUAAUAUGUUGAGAUCUGUUAAUUGACUUAAAAAAAAAAAAAAAAAUUCCAUUGUUUUAGAGCUUAAAGGAAAAGCGCUUUUGCGUUGUUUUUUUUUUUUUUUUUACAAUUAAAAAUUAAAGAUUGAUGUGUAUAUAUCAGGGCUGUGAAUUUUCCACUAGCCUUUGGUGAGUAGAAAUGUAUCUCUAGUUACUGUGCCAUGGACUCACUAGACUUGAAGUGAAGAACAACUUUUAAGGCCUUGUUAGCAGCAUAGUACUUGAAAUUGUAAGCCCUGUAUCCAGUUUUUGUGCGUAUAUUAUUGUAAUUCAUACAUAAAAAGAAAUGCGUUUUUAGUGUAUUUCCUGGCUUACUCUUGCACUAUGGGGGCAGCCAUCUUUAAGUCCUCUUUGGUCAGAAACACUUAUUCUACCAAAGACCACACUGGCAAUUCAGAGCUGUCAUGCCAAAGCUCUAGGCAACUCAAAAAUGCAGUCUUAGCCAGUUUCCAAAUAAUUGUCUGUUUGGAUAAGCUGUGCUUCUGAACAAAGAGGACUUAAAGAUGGCUGCCCCCAUAGUGCAAGAGUUAAGGAAGGAAAUUCACAAAAAAAUAGAUAUUUACAGAUAUAUACGUAUUACAAUAUAAACAGAAACCGGCUAUAUUACAUGUAAUCGUUCACUUUUUUUAAUAUAGAAAAUAAAAUUUUUCCUUUAAGUCUAAAAUAAUUAGCCUACCUAGAAACAUUUUACAUUAUCCUUAUUGCUAAAUAGGCCUCAAAAUCUUUCAAUCCAUUGUAGGAAAAGAGAAAUCAUUUUUGUUUUAAGAUUUUCCUACAGGCAUUUUACUAUUAAUCCUAACUUUAUAACAUGGGAAGUAGCUUCAGCAUAGGUUCUCUCUUUUUUGACAUGUAUAAAAUUGUAUUCUAUGCUGUGUACGUUUUCUAUUUAAAGUUUAAUACACAGCAUUAUGGCCAUAUUGCCAAAUUCUAAAUCAGAUAUUGUUUAAUAGAGGAGGAUUAAAAAUCACAGGUUUUAUGAGCUAAAAGGGAUGUUGAAUGACUUACUUAAUAAGUUGUUAAUUUAACAAGGGAAGCUUGUGUAUGUUCAGUUUUAUGAACCGACACCUCCAGAAAGGUAAUCUAAAGCAACAAUAAUGCAACUUGUACCUAAACUUAAAGAGACACUCUAAGCACACUAAACACUACACAUUUUGCAGUGGUUAUGGUACAAGGCAUCUUUGGUUGGUGCCCCCAUUUUUAGCCUCUUGCCAGCCACUGAUAAAAUGCGAACAUUUCAGAUAAGCAGUAUAAUGUGAGUAGCAGGCAAGACCUACAUGUGGGUGCCAGGAGAACGAAACCUGUUCUCAAACUGUUCAAAAACACUUUGACAGGAAAUGAGGGGGCAGCAGCCAGAGACUCAUAGCGCCAUAACCAUUACAAUACAUUGUAGUAGUUAUGGUGUUUUAAAGUAGCCCUUUUAAAUACAUUUUGUUCAGUUUACAAAGGUAUAAAGUGGCAUUUAUCCGCCUACUCAAUGUUUUUAACUUAGACUACCUAAAGCUUGCAGGGUACCACUUACUGUUAAAAUCCUCUACAAUAAGUUUUUCCCAUAAAGAAAUGACUUGCUUUAGAGUAGAUUUUGCACAUUCAUUUUUCUGCGAUGUUCAGUUCCUUCUUUAUAUUUAUAUUAGGACUUAAAAGGCUGUAGUGAAGCGCCCACGACAUCUCCUACAACUAUAAUCAUAAUCCUUUUCCCAUCAACAUAUUAGGCAUAAUAACCUUUUUGACAUCUUGUAAAUUUAAUAGAUUAGUUUUAUUUUCAAAACAAGUUAUGUAAGUUGUUUUUAUACGAGUAAAAAAUUAGUAAAAAAUAAUAAUGUUGAUUCCAGGUCAUACAAUUAAUUAAUUAAUGGAUUCUCAACGUAUUAAAUAAGGGAAUUUGGUUUCUAACAUUGUUUACAAUUUCUUUUUCCCCUUAUGUUAAAGACCAGAAUGAAUCUGGCAGGGAAGAUAACGGGAUGGUAUGUGGUGGGUUCACCUUGUGGUGUACAUACCUGCACAUUAUUAUAAGAUGCAUAGCAAAAAAAAGAAAGAAAGAAAAUGCAUAGUGCAGAGUUGCAUAGCAACAAUGUAGACCCUGCCUAUGUUUUGAAGGUCUUCUCUUAUUAAAGCAGGGUUAGCAAUCUCUGUCACUCCAUCUGUUAUGAUUUCUAUAAAGUCCACGUCCUCUGACGCUAAACCAACAUUGUGGAGUGCAAGACGUUGUCGAACUUGAUAUCCAAUGAUAGGUCUAUUUCACCUUUAAAUGAUGUCUUAAGGCUUAAACCCCUCUCACCAUCACAUGCAGUGGACUUGUGCAACUGUCUCGUAAUUUGUUGUGUAAAUAAAUAUAUAUAUUUUUUUCUAAAUUAAUAAAAAACCUCACAUGUUGUUCGACAGUAUUAUGUGCAGAGUUAGGGAUCAGGGUGGACACAUUGAAAGGCAGGUCCGCUGUAAGCUCCCCUUUUGUGCGUCUGUGUCUCCCUCACACGCUGUGGGUAUGAAUUUUCAUCUGAGUAUUUUGUAAUAUGUCCUGUUUGUCCUUGUGUAAAUAAAAAUGUGCUCAGACUUGCGAAAAAA